UGAGCAAAUGACGUAUGACGCUCCCCGAACCUUCUCCAGCCUAUGCCGCGCGCUGCCACCCUGGGAGUUGUAGUUCGCUUUCACAAAACACGUACUUCUCAUGCGCAGGAAACUGCAACUACCAUCAUGCUCCGGGGCUGCGCCCAUCCAUUGACAAAGUAAGAGGCAGAGCAGGAAGAGCGGUGUGUGUGCUGCAUUUCGCGGGAAUUUCUAUACAAGUUACAGUCGCUUGUCGUGGGGGCAGACCCCUGGUUACAUUCAAUAGGUUUCCUGUUGUUUGGGAUUGUUGACAGAUUAGUGAAGGGGUGGGGUGUCAGCUAGGUGACCGGUGUCUGUGAAGGAUUACAGCGCCUCAUGGUCAUUAUAUUGAUAUGAGCAGUCUGUUAUAGGGUCCUGGAGUCUACAUUGAAUUAAUAAUAGUUACUGUCCCAUGACUGUGUAAAUACUGUGUGUGGCAGUCCCCCUUGUUUAGCAGUAUUGGUGAUUAAUAUUAUAAGGAGUGCUAUCAAGACCACUGACUGCUUGGGUUUGGGCUUGUUGUGUUAUGUUUUCAUUAUUCAGCCCACCUUUGUAGUUUUUUUUUUUCUUUCCCACAGAGUUCAUAAAUCUUCUGCCCCUGUAGGUGUGAAAGGUUAUCAUGGAUGAUGCUAUAGGAACACCGACAGAUGACAGCACAGAUAAAUUGGUACACUGUCCAGUAUGUGACCUGGAAUUAUUAGCUACAGCUAUCAACUCCCACCUUGAUAACUGCCUGCAAGUAAAGCCCAUAGGGGGGGUGGCAGGUAAGAAAAGACGCCUCUCCUCCCCUGAGGAUUCAGGGAUGUCUGAAAGUACCCAACCUCUUAAGAGGCUCUCAAAUGCACCCAACUUUCCUCUCUUUCACAAACCUAAAUCUUCUGAUGGACCGUCUGAAGAACCUUCCUUUGCUGCUCAAUCUUCCAGAACACCAGAUUCAAAAAAUAAACAUGCAGAAUCACAUAUGCCCUCUAAUUCAGACUGUCCACAAAAACAAGGGAACUGGCUGCUGCAAUCUACUAGCUUAAUCCAGGGAGACCAACCCAAGGAAAAGAGCUUGGCAGAGAAAUUGGAUGGCAAACCAUUGGCAGACAAAAUGAGACCUUGCAGUCUGCAAGAUUAUAUGGGGCAAAAUAAGGUUCUAGGAGAAAAUACAAUGCUCAGGACUCUGCUACAGUCCAAUGAAAUUCCGUCUAUUAUACUUUGGGGGCCUCCAGGAUGUGGAAAGGUGGGUGCUCUCUCAACAGGUUUUUGUUUUGUGCCAGUAAAUCAACAAAUGUACUCAAUUGUACAUUGAGUACAAAAGUUGUAAUGUGUUAAAUUGACUGCUAAAGCAGAUUUAUGCAUUUUGCUUUUAUAAAAGCUGGUAAUAUGCAGUAUCGUUGCCUUGCUGCUAAAGGGAUUCUCCAAGCACCAAAACAACUUUACCUUAAUUAAACCGUUUUGGUGCAUAGAUCAUGCCACUGUAUUUUCACUGCUCAGUUCUCUAUUUAGGAGUUAAAUCACUUUGUUUAGGAAGACCUAGACCCAACUCUUCUGGCUGUUCCUCACAGCAUCCCAUACAAAGUUUAAUUUUCAAACCAAUCUCAUUUAUUUUAUAAGAUUUCCUGCUUUAAAAAAAAAAAAAAUAAUUAUAUAUUUUUUGUAAAUGGAAGUAUAAUCGUGCACAGGAGACUGCAGCAGGUUUCAACAGAGAAUGAACAGAGCAGGAGAUACGUUCUAAAUUAAAGGGACACUAUUGUCACCAGAACAACUAAAGCUUAUUGUAGUUGUUCUAAGUAUAGUCCCUGCAGGCUUUUUAAUGUAAACGCUGUCUUUUCAAAGAGAAGACAGUGUUGACUUUUCUGCCUAGGGACACCUCCAGUGGCCACUCCUCAUUAUAAUACAAUUCACCAUUUUAAAACACUUAUAUUUGUGUUCAGCGAAGUUUCCCGAGCAAAACUGUAUGCCCCAUGUACAGGUUUUAUGGUGUCUUGGAAAGUGACAGGGUUAACUAUAGUUCUUGCGAAUUAAAGGACCACUAUAGGCACCCAGACCACUUCAGCUCAAUUAAGUGGUCUGGGUGCCAGGUCCCUCUAGGGUUAACCCUGCCUGCUGUAAAAAUAGCAGUUUCAGAGAAACUCCUAUGUUUACAUAUGGGUUAAUCCAGCCUCUAGUGGCUGUCUCAUUGACAGCCGCUAGAGGCGCUUCCACGCUCCUCACUGUGAUUUUCAUGCCGAGGUAGCAUGGCGCUGGAGAAAGGUGUGAGUAUUUAACCCCUUCCUCCCCCUUCAGCCCGGCGGGAGGGGGACCAUGAGGGUGGGGGGGACCUAUUAAUACUAUAGUGCCAGGAAAACGAGUUUGUUUUUUUUCUGGCACUAUAGUGAUCCUUUAAAUUCUCUACACUUUCUGCCUUGGUUGUCAGGCACGUCAAUCAAGUAGUGCAAGGCUGCGCCAAAGUAUAUCAAUGAGGACUAGAGAUAGUAAAAAGCAUAUAGAUGAAACAUAUAUAUAUAUAUAUAUAUAUAAGUGCAAACAAAUAGUAAUUGGGAUGUUGCUAUUGCAUAUAAAAUAGUCCAAAAUGGUUAAAAGUUGCACUGUGGCUAUAAAUGUCUUAUAGGGUGCUUUUGGUGAUGGGGUGUCCUCACUGUUUAUAGUUGCCCGAUUGUUCUCAUAAUAUGGAAGGCACAAGAUGAAAGACCGAUCGGAUAGAAUGUAUGGGUCAAUAUAUGUGAGAAGAGAUAUAUAUAUAUAUAUAUAUAUAUAUAUAUAUAUUCGACUCACAUUUAGAAGAGCUUUAGCCAGCUCAGGUAUGACAGGCGUACAGCGGUAUGAUACCUGCUUACGGGAUAUAUGGAUGAUUGUCUUCUGUAGGUAAUGAUGUCCAUCUCUUGGGAAAGGGAUAUAUAAAAACAGCUAAUAGUGCUCUCUGUUCUAACAGGGUAUAGAAUUAGCAUAAAAAUGAAAAUGUACUUACAAGUAUAGUGCAGGCCAUCUGCACUAUGGUAACAGCGUUGGUGGUGUGAUCCCCACCUCGGAUAAACUUGUAAGUACGCAAUAAAAUCGAUAAGAUUGAUAAAAAGCCAGGUAAAAAAUAGAGAAUGUGUGUAAAAAGAUAGUUGGCACAAAAUAGUAACCAAAAAACCUUUUAAUUAGAUAAAAUACACAUAUAAUAAAACCAUUUACGCUUUUCGCCACUAGGGCUUUUUGAAAAUGGGAUAAGAUAAACAACCUGGCUGAUAGGAGUAUAUAUAGGUACACAAUAAAUAAAAAAUUGGUGCCAAAAAAAACAUAAUUUUGUCAAUAGUGAAUAGAAAGAGUCAAACAUCACAUAUUGUAUAAAUGAAAAUAAGGUUUACAUUAAUGACAUUACACAGGGUCUUAUGUAGUUAAAAUUACUUAAAAACGAGGUGUAGGAGCAUAGAAAUGCUUGGAUUAAGCGAGUUACAUGAUUCGCGUGGAAUACAAGUGUGCAUGGCAUUUUGGGAAAUUUAGUUGUUAGAUGCGCGAGUCUGCAACAUUGCUCGCUUUCUCCACACACUGCCACCUAUGAUUACACCAGUCAUGUGACUCGCUUUUUAAGUAACUUUUACUACAUAAGACCCUGUAUAAUGUGGGGUAUGUUUAGUCUUUUUUUAGUAGCCACCUAGUCACAGACACUUGCCAAAUAUUAGUUUUAUGCUUUUUUCACACAAAAACAAAUAUGAACGCUAACUCUGGCCAGUGUUUGUGACUAAGUGGCUACUAAAAAAGACUGCGCAUACACCACUUGCAAUACCUUGGGUUGUCUACUUUUGCAAAUAGUACGCCAUCGUGGGGGUAAUUCUCAUUCCUGUGCUAUCAUACGGUCUCAAAGGUAACAUUACUAAACUGACAAAUUUCAAUUUAAAAAAAACUAAAAAAGGAAAUAUGCUUUAUUUCACCCUGUAACUUUCAAAAAGUAAAACCUGUUAAUGGGGGGUGCUGUUUUACUCGUGAGACAUUGCUGAAUACAAAUAAGUGCAUCUUAUUGCAGUAAAAGCUAAUAGUAUUAUGAUAUGUACAGCUAAAAUGCGGAACUACAAAUUAUUUAAAAAAUCUUAAUUACUCAUAAGAAGAGUUCAUGCGAAAUUAAAGCCCUGUUUCUCCUGAACAAAAUGAUACAUAAUAAGUGUAGAUGCACUUAAUAUGAAAGAGGUGAAUUAUGGUUGAACAGACAUAUAGCGCAAAUUCCAGUUUUUGUUUACAUUUUGUUUUGAUCAGAACGUGUACUGUUGACUCCGUCCUGAAGGUGUUAAGGGGUUAAUAUCUUACCUGGGGUCAUGCAGAGCUGCUCUGCACUACAGCUAAGUAAGAGACACAGCGCCAACUUUAUACUCCUUGCUGCCGCAAGGACAGUUUCCUAAGUGUACCCCACGACCAUCUCUCUCUCUCAUUGUUUCAUUGAUGUAUGAUCCAUGGAGGCCCACCUCACAAACCUCACAACAACAACAUUCUUGCUGUUGUCCCGAGCCCUCUCUGCUUGAGUUAAGCUCCAUUGUGAGCUUACAUUCUAAAGGGAAAUAUGUGUUGAGACAAAAGGUAGCAGACGAGAAAAACAAGAUGAUGGGUAUCAUAGAAAAAAAUUGCCGUGGGCUAUUGAAUACUUGGUGAAAUAAUUGGUGACUUGACAAAAUUAAGUAUGGUAGGCCCUGGUGGUGGGGAACAUGUACAAUGUAUGUUGAUCUCUAUGAGGAAUUUUUAUUUUUAAUUUUUUUUAAUUCAGCCAUGCUUCUGUUAAAGGGACACUAUAGUCACCCAGACCACUUCAGCUCAAUGAAGUGGUCUGGGUGCCAGGUCCCCCAGGUUUUAACCCUUCAGAUGUAAACAUAGCAGUUUCAGAGAAACUAUGUUUACAUUGCAGGGUUAAUCCAACCUCUAGUGGCUGUCUUCUUGACAGCCGCUAGAGGCGCUUCUGCGAUGCAAAAUUUGCAUCUAGCGUGCAGAACGUCUAUAGGAAAGCAUUGAUAUAUGCUUUUCUAUAGGCUGUUUGCGCGCGCGCCUCUUGCCGCGCAUGUGCAUUCCGCUCCACUCGGGAACUGACGGCCGCGGGGGAGGAGAGGUUACUUAAAGGUAAGUAACUGAGGGGGUUUUAACCCCUUCAGCACCAAUGGAGGGUGACCCUGAGGGUGGGGGGUAGGGGGGUCUUAAGGAUGAAAUUAGUUUGUUUUCCUGACACUAUAGUGAUCCUUUAACAAUUUUAAUGAGUAGUACUUGGUAUAGGAGAAAAAUAAAACGAUGGUAAGAAAGGAAUAACCUUCCACCAGGGUUUCAAUGGUUGUGGGACACCCAGGGCAUAACCCAAAAUAAACAUAGAAAGAAGGACUGGAAGGGGUAAUCUAAAUAAACAAACCCACUAACAGACCUACUGCCCUUAUAGAAACUGCUCUAUCAUUGAUAGGUUAAGUAAUUUAGAGCAAAAAAAGAAAGAAACUAUAAUAUUAUUAAACCCUAAUGAGGCAAUAACUAAACAAAUCUAAAUAACAAUGUGAAUAAUAAAGUGUUAAAAAAACAAACUAAUAAAUAAAAAUGAAAAAAUAAGUGGUUAAAAUAAGACCAACCGUUGUAUCAAUUAGAUCUAACAGUACAGACGGAGACUGAUAUUUUAUAGAAUGUUACAAAUCAGUACAACAAAGUUGCUUGUCUCUGUCUUAUACUGAAUUUGAUCUUAAUCUGUGGGGUAUAUUGGUAAAGGUUAGUGCUUGAUUAUGGGACAGAUAGAGAGCAUCAUCCUGAGUAAGGUCAUAAGUGACUUAAGGUAGAGGUGUCUCAAGUUACCCAUGUAAAUAUCAAACAUAUCCCUUGGAGGAUGAUAGGUAGGUACAUAAAAAUAAAAUUAAAGAGAUAUUUAGGGAAGUUUGUAGCAGCAAACCCCAGAUUGAAUGUUGAAUCAACUGGGAAGCUAGAAGUUAAAUUACAUUAAUAAACUCUUCCCCAAUUAUAAUAUCCCAGUGAGUAAUGUUCCCAGCAAAUGAUAUUGUGAAGAAAUCCCCCUUUUGUACAAUAUUUCUUCCCUAUUUCAUUCGGUAGAUUUAACUACCGAACAAAGACCACCCCCUGGCUCAUUAAACUUCAAAGACUGCUUCAAUUAAUCCCUCUAUCUGUGCGGCCAGCGUUCGUACUACCGAACGCCACGUGGCUGAGAAAACCGUGGCCAUCUUUGUUCAUGCGAACAAAGGCAGCGGGACUUGGUAGUCGAGUGUCUGGAACUAAAAUCGGACACUCGACUUCCCGAACACCGGUCUCAAACAGACGAACGCUGGAACUCUAAUUACCGAAUAGCUAGAAGAGCGCUAUUCGGUACUUUGGUGCAUUCGACAGAGGGGAACAAUCGCUGCUGAGAGCCAGGGGGAUCCAUUCGGUACUUGAUUCGCUUUUUCCCUUUUACUAAAGUGACCGGCAAAACCCACCAAACCCAUGGAACUGUUUUGGGCAGCCAGCCCAGGGUAAGCCGGUCACAGAAGACUUCCACAGUUUUUGAGAACCCCUGAACCGAUCUGGGUGAAAUUUGAAUAUGUUUGUCACCCAGAUCAGGGCUAUCAUGGGACAUGUUUGUGGGGAUACCUCAAGUAUAAAGGGGUGUUUCAGAUAUUGGGGAAAAAUUUGAUUUUUCUGCCUGGAGAUAAUCAAGUUUGUACUUUAUCAGACUUAUCUCCAGGGCUAGGGGAGGGAAUUGUGGGUGUGUUAUGUUUUUACGGUACCUGAUUGGUUAAUCUUUGUCCCUCCCUGGGGGAUGUCCCCUUGUAUGGGGACUUGCAUAAAAGCCAGUGUGCACUCAUUAAAAGCUAGUUCAGUUGAACCCUUCUUCUUGACUUCGGCUGAUGUUUGGGGAUUCGUGUGUUUCAUUAAGGGAAUUAUCUUAUGAAACUACGGGGAUUACUAUACGAUUCGUCUACUUUAUCUACCGAACGGAGAGCUAUAAUCACUAAUCCUCUGGCGGUUCGGGAGGAAACUACCGAAUGAGGUUUAAAUAUACUUGGUUUCCUUACAACUGGUGGCAAGCGGAGGAAUUCAAAUCCCGAAUGGACGCCCUGAACCAAGCAAGGGAAUGAAUGGCUCAGCAAUACCAGCUACUUAAGAGAACCACGGUAAAGGAUUUACUGGAAGCUCGAGGCGUAGUGGCAAGUAACAAGAUAAAAGCCACGUUAAUUGCAGAAUUAAUACAGAGCGACAGAACCAGCAAUACAGAGAUGGAGCAUGAGGAAGAAACCGAGAUGCAGAAAGAUAUCAGAUGGAUGCUCCGUGUAUUGGGACCCAAUCCAUCAACAGAAGCGGUUCUGCAGGUCAUGGCACAAGCCAGGCAAGCGCAAAAAGAGCGAGAGGACCGAGACAGACCGUUACAGAGAGAUUUGCUACACUCCCCAGGAAGUACCAAUGACCUACCAAAGAAGGUAAAUUAUGCAGCAUUUAAAAGUUUUAAUGACAAUGAAAUGGAAAUUGACAGUUAUUUGCAAGACUUUGAACGUCAAUGUGCGCUGGAGGGAUUAGACUCCACAAAAUGGGCUGCAGUACUUAGCAGCAAGCUGUCCGGCAGAGCAGCCGAAGCAUGGAGAGCAGUGCCUGAUGGGGACAUACAUAAUUAUGACAAAGUAAAAGACAUUUUGUUGGCCAGAUACGCUGUAACCCCUGAGGCAUACCGGAAAAAGUUUCGGGAACUUUGAAAGACAGGGAGAGAUUCUCACACUGAAUGGGCUUUUCGGCUACACAGGGCAGCCCGUAAUUGGAUGCAGGGCUGUCAAGCAACUACCCUGGAGGAUGCCUUACAACUUAUGCUGCUGGAACAAUUCUUUAACUGCACUGCAGAUGAUAUCAAAGAUUGGGUAAAGGACAGAAAACCUAAAACAGUGGAGGAAGCCGCCAGACUAGCGGAUGAAUACCAAGACAACGGGGGGAGCAAACCCAUGUUUAAGCCCAACUACCCGGCUCCAGCACCAACUGCCACCCCUAGAGCCACCAUAAGCAACACACCACAAGGCCCAGCAGCAACACCUUGACCCCCUGCAGUGUGUCAUUACUGUAAGCAGCCAGGACAUUACUAGAACUAGUGUCCUCGUUUAAACAGAGGAAGCUGGGAAAGGCAACCACCACAACAACCCAGGGCAGUCGCCCAUUGUGUGCAACAGGAAAGUUUUACCAGCGCACCUAACCAAGAAGAGCAGUGGAGUGUGUUACAUGAGGUCAAUCCAGUGCAAGCUGGGGGCGACAACUGGGGCCACCACCGCCAAUGGAUUACAGUGAAUGGCAUGGGGUCCCGAGCUCUGAGAGACUCUGGGGCCACUCUAACGGUGGUACAACCACACACGGUCAAGACGCACACUCGCACUGGUCGCACCGUAGCCGUAAGGGUGGCUGGGGGUGCCAUACACAAGCUACUUCUGGGUCCAAACAGUUGGAGGUCGGCAUCAUGUAGGAACUGCCAGCUGAGGUCUUAUUGGGAAAUGACGUCGGCUGUUUAACCUCUCAACUAACCCGGGACACUACUGUGGAAGCCUACCCCGUUACCACCCGUGCCCAAGCCAGACUGGAAGCACCGCAGCAAUCUGAGGACAACCAGGUAGGGUAUAGAAAGGCCGUAGAGGUCCCUAAGGGGGACACCCCCCACGAAAAGUUUGAAUGGUAUAAGGGAUUGUUGUACCGAGUGACAGAAGGGGUGGGACGCGGGGCCACGCAAGUCACUAAAAGACAACUGGUAGUACCCCGUAAAUUUCGAGCCGAGUUAUUAAAACUCAGUCAUGAUAUCCACCUAGCAGGACAUCUAGGGGUCAAAAAGACGAGGGACCGUUUGACCCAAACGUUCUUCUGGCCUAGGAUCACGCAAGACCUUAAGUAUUAUUGUAGGACGUGUGACAUAUGUCAAAGAAUAGGCAAGAGAGGUGACCACCAGAAAGCCAAACACCACCCUUUACCCAUUAUAGAGGAACCCUUCCACCGAGUAGCAGUGGACUUAAUAGGACCUCUCAGCCGACCCUGUCAGUCCGGCAAGAAACUCAUUUUAACUGUAGUGGACUACGCCACUAGAUACCCGGAAGCAGUAGCCCUCGCAAACAUAGAGGCCGAGACUGUGGCAGAGGCCCUAGUUAAAAUAUUCUCCUGGGUAGGUUUUCCCCAGGAGAUCCUGUCCGAAAGAGGAACUCCGUUCACAGCCCUCCUGACCCAGCAAUUGUGGCAGAGCUGCGGAGUAAAAGCCCUAUUCAGCACCCCCUAUUAUUCCUUACAGGUAUCUAUAUGUAGCAAUGUGUAGUGAACUGUAAAGGGUAACUCACUCAGUGGUAUAUGCCGCUUAGGGUAGAGGUCUAUUGGUAUGUAAUCAGGGGAUGUGACUUUUGUGGGGAUAUGUUGUAUUUUGGGGUUUGUAAAAAUGUAUGUUUUUUCUGUUUAGAGUUAGUUGAGUUAGCCCAUUGUCUUUGUUAAUUGUAUCACAGGCAGAGGGGAGGGAUUGUGUAGUUCAAGUGGGAGUGUCGUACAUUGUUGUGUUGUAUUCUGAUUGGUUUGUCCUUUGUGUGCCUGUGUUCCAUCAGGUCCAGGGGGUGUGCCUCUGGUCUGAGGAAUUGUAUAUAAGCGAACCUGUACCAAUAAAGCCUGAGACUUGUUCUACCCUUCAUGAAGUCUUGGCUCAUGUUUGGGGGAUUGGAGAACUACACUUAGCGGAUUGCUAUAAUCACUAUACUCCCCCGAGUAUAAUCACUAGCUCUUGUAAGAGCUGUUCCUGCUCUCUGGAUUACAAGAGAGGUCUACUGGAAGCUGGAUCCUGGUCUUGGGUCCAGACUGGGUGGACGACGUCGAGACCCCAACCAAGCUGCGGCAGUUCGUAGGGUCUGUGAUGGUUGUGGUGUCUAGUGGAUUGCCUGGAGUCUUUGGGAAGCACUAGGAGCAUCCGUCAAAUGGAGGUACCCAGUCGGGGUGCCAGGCGAUCCGUUGCAGUGGUGGGAUGGCGUCCUAGUGCUCGGAGUAGCAGCUCGGAGACACCGGUAUCGAAUGAACUCUAAUUGAGGGCAACACUAGCAUCCGUACAGCACCCCUGGCUACAGCAGUAUGGAAUUCCGCAUAGCGUUCCAUGAUGAGGAGGAGGAGGCCGCGGACUACAGGGAUGCAGAGAGAAAGGAAGUCUGGUAUGAUGCCCUGGAAGAUGCCCAGCAGCGGCGAGGUGAGAGUCUCCCCAGUGAUGAGCAGCGGCUACAGAAGCGUGUGGCGAUGCGGAUGUAUCUAUUGGGAGAGCAGCCCCUGGAUAAGUGGGUGACAAGACUAGAGACCCUGGUAUGGCGAGAGAUUUGGCUAGACAACGCAUACCAGGUCCUAUGGUGGCAUACCGUUCAACAUACCCCCUGGACGGCCGAGCACAACUUACCCGAAGGUGAUGGUUAUGAUGGCCCUGGUUUACUAUGGGAUGUCUUGGAGGAGGACAUCUACGACUACCGGAUGGGCGUGCAUGUUUGACGACUGCUAGGUGAGCAAAGACAUGACCCACCUGGUAACAAGGGAGUGGGAGCUGGAGGAGGACUACAAACACCUGCUCAGCUUCGUGCAGCCCCAACCUACUUGACAAACAGAACCAGACCUACCACCCUACAGCUGGAAAGACCUGACUGAGGUAUCCCCUGCUUCCCUACCAGCUAUCGAAGUGGGGGACCUCAUCGACUGGUUCUGGGAUGACCUCGAGAUGGUAGGUGGAGAUAGGACCGAGGUCUCUCCACCGGCCCUACAGGGAUGCUGGGCAGACGGCCCAGAUCCCCAGCUACAGCCGGAGCUUACCGGGAGAGGAGACGGUCGGUCUCCCUCCCCAGCAGCAGGGCAUCUCACAGGGAGAGGAGACAACCGGUCUCUCUCCCCAGCGGCAGGGUGAAUUACAAGGAGUCGGGACAGUUGGUCCUACUCCACAGCGGCAGUGUACCAUACAGGGAGAGGAGACAACCGGUCUCUCUCCCCAACAGCAGGGAGAGGAGAUGGUCGGUCCCUCAUUCCAGCAGCAGCAGGGUGUUAAGCACCAAGCAGUGUUACCAGGAGUCGAGACAGUUGGUCCGACUCCACAGCGGCAGCUUGCCUCACAGGGAGAUGAGACAACCGGUCUCUCUCCCCAGCGGCAGACAGUAUUACAGGGAGAGGAGAUUCUAGCCCUCGGGAAGCACUAGGAGCAUCCGUCAAAUGGAGGUACCCAGUCGGGGUACCAGGAGAUCCGUUUCAGUACAUUUCUAACAUUCUUAGCGGUUUCUGCAAAGACUGCCUGCUGCAGAUCUGCAUAUUGCAGAUGCCACUGAAAGAAUGUCUGGCUGUUCAGAUUAUUUCUUAUUAACACCUUCUCUGAAAUUUAAUUAUCAACAGCAGUUGCUCUAGAGCCAAGCAACUAAAAUUCUUGUGGCUCUUUCAAUAAUUUCUGAGGGUUUAAAGACGUAGAUAAGGAGACUCUUAAGAGACCCAAAUAAACCAGAGAAAUGAUAACAGGUGUUGCUAUGUACUUUUUGAGGACCGGAACAAGAUCAGUUGAGAGGAGAGGACUUUCAGUCUCAAUGCUCUGAACGUAAUUCCAUCCUGCAGCAUAUCUCCGCUAUUCACAACAAUCCUUUACUGCUCCUUGUAUCACUGUUCAGAUUAAAGCAGCGUUGGUGGUGUUAAUAGACGUCUCUCAUGACCUUUGGACAUUUAAUGUGCAUUUCACAGUCAGACCAAUAUAUCAUGAUGUUAUAAGCCUGCAUUGCUUUCACGUGUGGGAAAUCUUAACAUUUUCAGUACAGUUUUCAGAGAAUGAAAACAGGAUAAAUUGUAACCUAGCACUUAAAAACCUACACUGUCGAAGUAAUCAUAUCCUUUUAAACAUUGCUGAUGCCAUUGGUUUCUUUUAAAACCAUAUGUUUCAGUUUCUUUUUAAUCUUUUCUCCCUGUCUAUAUGUUUGUCUGCUGUUCUAAAAUAAACAAAAAAUUUAACCCCCCCCCCCCCAAAGAAAAUACUCUGAUUUCAUGAGUAUUUGUACAGUGAAUCUAAAGACUAUUUAUUUUUAAACCAGACUAGAAACAUAGCUGCCUCUUUUCAGGUAUCAUAUAAUUUCCUUUUCACCGUGGACUUCUUUUUGUGAACCUCUAUAGAAAAGAACCUCGGGAUUCUGGGCAGCAUUGAAUAUUCCCUUGAAGGAUUCAAGCAAUUGUUUCAGAAGAAGCAGUUUACAUAGGAUAUUUCUCUUGAAAUAUUCUCUUUAGACCACAAGUGCAAUUUCCAUUGGCUUCUAACUGAAGGUCCUGAGUGGACAUACAUUUUCAGCGCAAGGUCUCUUUAGGUAGUUAGGGUGAACGAUUGUUGAUGUGUAAUUCAUAUGUCAUAAUUACCUCAUAAAAUCAUGUGUUGAUUACCUAUGUACUGGGGGCCUCUAUUAACUGCUGGGCAAGGUGUCCCCUCUGUAAAUCUGUUAGUAUUUGGAAAUGGUACUGUUAGGUGAUAUCCAUGACAACUAGUGAACAUAUUGAUAAAUUAUUUUAAACUGCUUCCUUUUACAAUCCGACGUAGAAGAAGUUUAGAUCUUUCAGCUAGCAUUUUAUGUGCCCUUUCUUUUGUGCCGUGACUUAUAGCAAUUUGAUGGUCUCAGCCAGUCCAAUGCUUUCUUGUAUGAAAUUCAUUGGAAGGCUACUGCACAUGCGCAGCAAAAUGCCGCACUGUUCCAAUCCGCAUCUCCUCAUUUAAAUGCCUUGAGCACCUCUGCCACUAGAGGUGUUCCUAGGCAGUAAUGUAUACACUGCCUUUUAACUGAAAUUACUGUAAUUCCAUUAAAAUGCCUACAGGGACAUGCUAUAGACACCAGAACAACUUAAUUAAGCUGUAAUGUAAUUACAGUUCAUUUUCUGUUAUUGAUGAAACUCUGAACAAUUUAAUGUAUCCAUGCAAGAACACCCAAAACUAGUUGUGUUUUUUUUUAAUUUAUUUUUUUAUACACUUGUCUGAAAGGUCGUGUGGGUUUUUGUGUUUGGUUUUUAUCUUGCACACAAUUUUGUAAGUUCCAGAUUCCUUUCUGGCAGAUUCAAACUACUCAAGCAAGAAAUUAAAGGAACUGUCAAAUUACCAUAAUUUCUAUAAUGCAUGUGUAUGCUGUACACAUAUUUUCUAAUGAGGAAGUAAAGUUUAUUAUGAUAUCACUUACAGAGAGGUGGACUUUUUAGUGCUGGGGAAUCCUGUGGACUUUAUUUUUUUAAACUUUCUCCAAACCACUUGAAUAUCACCCGACUGAAAAACAGAGAAUGUUAUAUCGGUUAUUGUUCAUUCAGUGUCCCUUAAAUAAAUGGUGAGGCAAAAUAUUGACAAAACUUACAUCAGGUAAAUUCAUAGGGCAGUAACCAAGGUGGGCACUCUUUCCUGAAGAAAAAAAAAAGCUUUCGUUGAGACCUAAAUAACCGAAGCAAAUUUUAUCUGCAAACGGUUACUUGAUGCCUGCACAGUUUAGAGCUGACUCAUAAAGGCUCUAAAAGUUGAGUUUUUCCAAUAAUCUUCCCUUUUAAAGGACCACUCUAGGCACCCAGACCACUUCAGCUUAAUGAAGUGGUCUGGGUGCCAGGUCCCUCUAGGAUUAACCCUUUUUUAAAUAAACAUAGCAGUUUCAGAGAAACUGCUAUGUUUAUAAAUGGGUUAAUCCAGCCUCUAAAGCCUCUAGUGGCUGUCUCAUUGACAGCCGCUAGAGGCGUUUGCGUGCUUCUCACUGUGUAAAUCACAGUGAGAAGACGCCAGCGUCCAUAGGAAAGCAUUAUGAAGCCAGCUCCUGCCGCGCAUGCGCAUUCAGCCGAAGAGGAGGAUCGGAGGCGGAUAGGUGGAGGAGAGCUCCCCGCCCGGCGCUGGAAUAAAAGGUAAGUUUAACCCCUUUCCUCUCCCCAGAGCCCGGCAGGAGGGGGUCCCUGAAGGUGGGGGCACCCUCAGGGCACUAUAGUGCCAGGAAAACGAGUAUGUUUUCCUGGCACUAUAGUGGUCCUUUAAGGUUUUAUUUUGAUAUACUGCACUAUUUUGUUUUUCUUUGAUAUCAUAUAGGUAUUUUAUUAUGUAACAGGAGGUAACUAUGAUCACUUUGUGCGCUUCACCUCUUUUUCAUCUCUUUUACGUUGUUUGUAUCCUUUAUAAUAUAUUUUGGAAAACAAAUUCCUCACUACCUGAACAAGGGCUGUUCAUCAACCAACACCUCACAUGCUGCCAAUGUAGAGAAUGACUGAAGCUUGUGUAAUCAUGUGCACAAACUAGGUGAUGUGGGUGUAUGUAUACUUGAAAGAAGUUAUUUUUUUAAAUUUAUAAUAUAUUAUAAAUAUACUUUUUUUUUAUUUUUAUUUGUAGUCUAUAGGGAUAGUAAUAGAACAACUGGGUGAUUAUUAUUAAAUAUAAGAAAAAAUUCAUGAAGCUUAAUACUGUUUCUUCUAUUAGUACCAUUGUAAACCUAGUAAAUUUAUUUCCUGUUUAGACCACUCUCGCUCAUAUUAUUGCCAAGAAUGCCAAGAACAACAACAAUCGAUUUGUGACAUUAUCGGCAACAAGUGCUUCGACAAAUGAUGUUCGAGAAGUCAUUAAACAAGCCCAAAAUGAACAAAGGUUUUGCAAGAGGAAAACGAUCCUUUUUGUGGAUGAGAUUCAUCGUUUCAAUAAGACGCAGCAGGUAUGUAGUUCUUUUAUAUAAUGCCAUUUAUAUGCAUUAAAACUUUAAGGACUCUUACAGCUAUGCUAAAUAUAUCAGUGGUAUAAUGACAUUUAUAAUAUUCUUAGUAAAUUGAGGCUAUUUUAAGAAAUACAGAAGAAAUUUAAUCAGAUCUAGAUUCAUCUAAUCAUGGAUAAUAUUACAGUUAAAAAAAAAAAAACAGCACUACAUAAUGCCAUAUGUUAAAACUGCAUUGGUAACAUUGUUUUGAGACUAUUUGUUCAAAAGAAGCUUGGGCACACCCAUUAGUUUCCUCAAAUAGGCAAACUUAUUUAGUAACAAUGCACAACAAUGUUUCGAGCCUCAAAUGAGCCUUUGUCAAGGCUUGUGAAAGGCCCAUUUGAAGGCCGAAAUGUCAGGAGAGUCAGACAUAUAAAAUGUCAGAUCCCAAAAUGCAGAUAUAAGUGAAAAAUAGUGAAGAUUAAUUACUGGCCCUUACAGAUAGAAGAGGUUAACAGUGAUCCUAAGAGUCAGAAUAUGAAUAUCAGGCAAGUGGUUACUAAUUUCAUAAAUAGAAACAAACACUUCGCUAGGAUCAGCAAAACAGAAAUCAGAGUAAACUGAGAACUAGCCAAGUCACUACGGAAAUCAGAAAACACAAGCACACACAGAUGAAAGGGCCUGUUGCUUGUAACAUGUUCAUAAAUCCUUUCCCAUGUUAGGCCAAUAUUUGGUUAUAGAGUGGGCAUAUGUAUGCAAUGGGCAAUGUUGGGCUGCUUAAUUGCUUACAAUGGGGCUUUUUAGUGAAUUGCUGCCACUAACCUGUCAAUAUCAAAUCACAAACCAUUUAGCUUUUAUGCUAACUAACUCAAAGUUUGAUUUACUUCAGUUGGAACUCAAGCUGAAGUUGAUAAAGUUGCUGCAGAGUUCUUCACAAGUCCAGCAAUCAGGUGUAACUCCACUGGGGGCUUGUCUUUGGAAUCGCAGCGUACGUCAUAAAGCAACACAAGUCUUGUUAUUUUUGAAUGACAGUGUUUCAUGAAAUGUUAUUAUGGAUAAGAGAGCAGAAGAUACUUUAAUAAACUAUGUUGAUAGAUUACAGGUCAUGUUCCAGAUUUAGAAUUGAACUGCAACUGCCCCCACCAGCCAGUGUUUUAGUCAAACAAAUGUUGGCUGAGAAUCAUGGGAGUUUACAUAUACAUUUAAUGAACAAUGGAGUAUUGCCUAUUGGCUACUCCUGCAGCAGAUUGUUUAAAGGGACUCUGUAGUCACCAUAACACUACAACUGAUUAAACACAACUGGAUUCUGUGGGUCUUGCAUCCUUAAAGGGAUCCUAUAGUGCCAAGAAAAAAAACCCAUUUUCCUGGCACUAUAGGCUCCUAUAGUGCCCCCCUCCCUCGGGGCCCCCCUUCUGCAGGGCUGAAAGGGCUAAAAUCCUAUUGGGCAAACUAGAUGGGCCAAAUGGUUCUUAUCUGCCGUCACAUUCUAUGUUUCUAACCCCUUAAGCCACUUACCUGAAUCCAGUGCCGGAUACCCUCGGCACUGGGUCAGGCUCUUCCAUGAGGACGUCCAGCAUCAGAUAACGGACCAAAAGUCUGUUUAGGUUCCGAAAGCCCUCUAGUGGCUGUCUGUUAGACAGCCACAGAGGGCAGACUUAGAGCUGCAAUGUAAACAUUGCAGUUCUCUGGACCUGCAAUGUUGAACAUUGCAGCACUAAGUGCAAAAGGUACACAGCUCCCAGACCACUUCAAUGAGCUAAAGUGAUCUGGGUGCCGACAGUGUCCCUUUAAUCACUGCUAAAUGGUUUACUCACCAUUUAGCAUAGAUGCUUGGUAGACUGCAGUCUGGCCUCCAAUGACGACAUGGUGAAGUCAGAGCUAUGCUUCGCUUCAAGCUAUACCAGGGGUAGCAUAGGCUGAAAGUGUCAGCCACUGGAGGCUCUUUCAUAGGGUCACUUGAUGCAGUGCCCUAUCAGAUUUUAUGUGGUGAAAAAUGUAUUUUCAGUAGAUUCUUUUUCUGAAGUGGUGGGUGGUAAUCCCCCAAACAUUUUGGGGGAAAAAUUAGUGUUUUCAUUCCGUAUUCGGUUUCAGCUCUGCAGGGCCCCUCGCUCCUCAUUGAUAGCUGUCUGGAGAAUCUUACUUGAGAGCAUCUAGGCAGGUUGGUUUGAAACUUGCCCAGUUUCAGCAUUUUGCACAUGCGUUGUCUCCUUUAAGAAGGAUUUUCUGGAAUUUUCAUUGAGUUGCCAUUUGGGCAGAGACAUGCUAUUGGCUUCUCUAUUCAGGGGCCAUCAUUGGAUCAUAGCACAAAGGGGUGGGGCUACAGUUCCCACAGUAGAGAGAAGCAGGAAGCCAUCCUGGAAGUAGCGCAGGGAGAGCGCAGCAGCACCUGCUGGCCCCUGCCAUAUGUAAGUGUAUAAUAUCUUUUUCUGUUCCCCAAGAGUGCCAGUGGCUACCCGAGGGCUGAUUAAUCAAGGGAAUUUACUCAAAUAUAGAAUUAAUAUAUAUAAAGCUAGAGAAGAGUGAUAAGGGGAGGGGGACAAUUCUGACACACACCACUAUGCUGCCUGUCACUAAUAGUUUUAAUAACUCCUACUGCACAUACACUCCUUCUUUAAAGUUCUCAGUCACUCUACUACAGAGACCUGAGACACUCAUCUUGUUGUUUGUUGUGUAGCUUCAAACUGCAGUACUGAGGCUGUGACUCUCAGGACUGGUCUGUUUCUGAUUUCAAUCUGUUUUAAUUUAUUAUGGUUAUUUCUUCUGUUAAACAUUUCAGCUACAUCUUGGUUCCCUAUUACCGCUGCAGAUAAUUGUUUCCAGCUGCAAGGUAAUAAUGAGUCUAUCCAGCAAUGUAAUUACCACGAGGCUAACAAGGCAUUUGCCUUGGGCGGCACUUUCCAGUGGGUGGCAAAGAACACUGCCUGCAAAUGCCCAGGCAAAUGCUUUGUAAACCUCAUUUGAUGGGGGCCCCAAAAGCUGGCUAGUUGGCCAGCUUUGGGCCCCCCUGGGAUGAGCAGCCAGUUGUGUUCCAGGCGGGUGGCGAAUGGAGCGAAGCAGGAAGAGCUCACAUAUCAUUGCUCCUUCACCACCCGUCUGGAACACAAAUGGCUGCCUCACACGGGGGUCCCAAGCUCUUCCUGUUUGGCUCCCUCGUGCUCCCUAUAUAGCAUUAUAUAUAGAUAUACCUUCUGUAUCUGUAUUGCAGCUCUGUGUAAUCCAUCGCAGUGAUCCUGGCUAAAUGGGAUAUUUAUUGCUUUCUCCUUAUUGUGCUGAGCUCUGUGCAUUCUUUCUCUGUAUUUUACUCUGCUCUCCCUGUUAUAUGGGUAUCUCUGUAGUCUACACAGCACUGUGUAUUGUAUAGGUAUCUUGGUAUUGUGCCAAGCUCUGUGUAUUAUAUCUCUAUUUUUUUUCUCAGCUCUGUUUGUAGUAUGGUUAUCUCUGUAUUGUUCUCAGCUCGGUGUUUUGUAUAUGUAUCUUUAUGUUGUGCCCAGCUUGUCUUAUGUAUGAGUAUCUCUGUAUUAUGCUUAACACUAUGUACUGUAUAGGGAAGAGUAAAAUUUUGCCGGGAGGAUUCUAGUGACCCACCAUUAUAAAACUUAAAAUGGUAAUCGGUUUAGCAGAGUUACAGGACCUGACACCACAACCACAAACACACGCUUACAGGACUUUUUGCAGGCAGCUCCUUUCCUAUGGAAUAGCCUGCCUACCAUCAUUAGACUCUCCCCUAGUCUUCAAUCAUUUAAGAAGUGCCUUAAAACCCGUCUCUUCAGGAAAGCGUAUGACCUCCCAGAGUAAGCUCUACCAUACAUGCCUGUCCCUUGCUCUCUCCUGAAGGGCAGCACUCUGCUUCACUACCACCUUGUUUGAUUGCCAUUUCCUGUACUAUUGUGUUUUAUACCCCACCUCCUCUACACUGUAAGCUUAUUUGAGUAGUGUCUUCUUUAACCUAUUUUUCCUGUGAGUUUUUAUAAUUGUCUCAUUUAUUGUAUAAAUGCCAAUAAUAAAUAAAUACUUUGAUAAGUUGAAAUGGUUAUGGUGCUUACAAAUUCCUGUAAUCAAAUGCAGACCUUUAUGUGAAUAAUCUAUAUUUUACCACAGUUAUUAAUACUCUGCAUACUUUAUGAACUGGCACACAUUUUAAAGGGACACAGUUGGCACAGCUAAUUGAAGUGGUCUGGGUACAGUAUCCCUUUUGCACCUAGUGCUGCAAUGUAAAAAAUUGCAUUUCCAUAGAAACUGCAAUGUUUUAUAGUCUAUAUGACAGCUACUAGAGGGCUUCCUGGAUUGAAACGGACCUUUGGUCCGGUAUCUGACACUGGACAUCCUCACGCUCUGCAUGAGGGGUUUAAUCAUCAGAUUUUUCUCCAUAGGAAAGCAUUAAUUCAUAUGGGGAGAUCUGUGUUAUCACAACAGCUUUGUAUUAUUGACACUAUAGUAUCCCUUUAACAUGAGAUUGAGAAAACCGAAGUGUUUCAAAGAAGUCGUCCCUGUUAACAAGUCGUUUAAGCUUUAAUGUCUAGAACCAGAUUCAACUAAAUAUUCAACCAUGUAAGUAUACCUUGUACUUGUAUAACUUUAUAAUGUGAAUAUUCCAGCAAACUCUGUUCUAGAAAGAAAACAAAUAGGAUUACUUAGUUCUUGUGAUAUCCUACUGCCUGUUCCCUGAUAACAUACCGUAUAUACUCGAGUAUAAGUCGACCCGAAUAUAAGUCGAGACCCCUAAUUUUACCCCCCAAAACUGGGAAAACUUAUUGACUCGAGUAUAAGACUAGGGUGGGAAAUGCAGCAGCUACUGGAAAAUUUCUAAAUAAAAUUAGAUCCCCCAAAGAUUAUAUUAAUUGAAUAUUUAUUUACAGUGUGUGUAUAUAAUGAAUGCAGUGUGUGUGUAUAAUGCAGUGUGUAUGAGCGCAGUGUGUGUAUGUGAUGCAGAGCCUUGGUGGGGGGGUGGGCAUUUUUAUUAUUUUCUUUUUUUUUUUUAUUAUUAUUUUUUUUAAUUUUAAUAUUAUUACAUUCUUUUAUUUAUAUAUUUUUUUUGUCCUCCCUCACUGCUUGUUAGAUGGCCAGGGAGGGGGGCUCUCAUCCCCUGGUGGUCCAGUGGUGUGCAUUGUAUAGGAGGGGGGAUGGCAGCGAACUGUAAUUUACCUUUCCUGCAGCUCCUGUCAGCUCCCUUCUCUCUCCUCCGGUCCGGUCAGCUCCCUUCUCCUCCACUGUAAGUCUAGCGGCUGCGCGGAGUGUUCCCUGCGGCUCUCGCGAGAUUUACAGGGGAGCUGACUGGACCGGAGGAGAGAGAAGGGAGCUGACAGGAGCUGCAGGAAAGGUAAGUAACAGCUCUCUGCCAGCCCCAAACAGGACCGCCGGGCUUGUAAUGAGCCCAGCGGUCCUGGUCUGUAUUAUGGCAAUGUUAGUUGCCAUAAUACAGACAUUAACUCGAGUACAAGUCGAGUGGGGGUUUUUCAGCACAAAAAAUGUGCUGAAAAACUCAACUUCUACUCGAGUAUAUACGGUACCUAUUUUUUGUUUGGAAAAUAUUGCCUUGAUAACCAGUUUGUUCCAUCUAUGUAAAUUGUGUGUAUGUAGGUGUCCCUUUUAUAAGCAAAAUAACACUUUAUUUAAUGAUCCUAUAAUUUUUUUGGAGGGUUUCUGUGAAAAAUUGGGGGUUUGUAAAAAGCUGCUUAGAAGCAGUUUUAAAACCAACAUCAUAAAAAUAGUUGAUAAUUUAUGUAAUUGUACCUCCAUUUUUACCUUGUCGCAUAUAUUUUCUCUUUAACAUGCAGUAAUGCUUUUUUACACAUGUUAAAAUCUGACAAUGGCUCUUGGAUACUGUAUCUCACACCAUUCCUUGUAUGUCAACCUCUAAGGGUUGAUUUCAGCCUACCUCAAACUGAAUAGUAUAAUACUGUAUAUCUAAAGACACGGGUGAUAUCAAUCAGCUGCAGUUUCCUUGCCCAGUAAAGCAAGGAUUCAGAGUUUAAAAAAUAAAAUAACCUUAAUCUUAUUAAAAUAAACAAGCUGAAGACUCAAUAUUAUGAUGGAUUAACAUACAUUCUUUUUAAAUAUAGUUUGAUACUGUUAGUGCUUUAUUGUUUAAAUUGAAAGCGAUCCCGAAUAUCCAGUUAAAGUGCUACCUCAAAUGUGUAAGUUUUAUGUACAAAUAGAAAUCUCAUUAUACCAAUGUUUACCAUUAAUACAAUUAAAACAUUUGCUUUUGUUAAAAGUCUGUUAGCCAAAGGCUAGUUAAUACUUCUGUAUAGUUGGAGGGGAGGGGUUACAAUACAGAAAUUAAAAUAUUAAAAUCACGCAAAUAUCGAAUCCCAUAAGAAGGGUUUAACUGCAUUUUCGCUAUAAGAAUAGCAGUUGUGUAUAAUUUUUAGCUUGCAUGCUUUUUAAUUUUUAAAAAUAAGUUUCAGCUAGCUAUUAAUAUCGCAUUUCAUAUUUAUUAUAUCAUUAUGUGUCUCUAAUAUUUUUCAUUAGACUGACAGAAUUUAAAGGUUACUCUAUUAGAGCUAAAAUGGUUUGAUUUAAAAACAAAACUAAAAAGAAAACCCAACAAAACUGGAACUAUAAUGUUCUAUAGUAAUGCUUUAUCAGGUGUUAUCCAGAAUAGGCAUAUAUAUAGCUCUGUUUUAUCUUACUGAUACUCAGCCACUUAAAAUCCCUCUGUUUGUCUUUUCUAGAAUCCACAGUAUUUGGAGGGGGGUGAUUGGAGGUGUACAUGUCAAAUCUAAUUUCAGGACCAAGAAUAUGUUAGGACUGUCUCAAAAACAAAGAAUUUGCCUUUUUACUUUCACAUGAAGGGUUUUAUGUGUUUUGUGUAGCUUUUAUUUUCAGUUUAUAUUUGUAUGUGCAGUUGCUAUCCUUUCCUGGAUAUAUUUAUAUUGCUAAAAUUUGUCGCUAGAAAGCUUCUUUGUUUCAGUCAGACUCCCCUAUGUGUGCAUUAUUGCUACUAUUAAGCAUUGCGGGGAGUCUUUCAUUGGUAGUUAUGCAAUCCUUACACACUGAAUGCAGUGUUACACUAAACGAGUAAGUACCUUUCUUAAAAUCUUACUCUACAUAAGAAAAAGUUCAUUUAAAGUGCAUAUAUAUGUUUGAAUAUGCUUACUCAGAAUGUUUCAGGUGCUCCUUCUGCUUUCCUCCCAUUCCCAGGACACGUUCCUGCCCCACGUGGAGUGUGGAACGAUAACCCUUAUUGGGGCCACAACAGAAAACCCGUCUUUCCAGAUAAAUAAUGCUCUUUUGAGCCGCUGUCGGGUAAUUGUCCUGGAGAAGCUGUCUGUGGAAGCGAUGGAGGCUAUUUUGAUGCGAGCUGUAGAGUCUUUGGGAAUCAGAGUCCUAAGUGAGGAUCAACAGCCUGGCUGCAGUGGCAGCAAUGUUUCAGAGUAAGUAAUAGUGUUGCAGUUGUUGGUACACAAAAAAAGAAGGGUCAGAUCUGUCAUAUAGCCAAGAGAGGGGAGGGAGUUGAUGUUGAAGGUGGGGCGCGACCUGGGAUAGCAAACAAAGAUUAAAUCAGCACUCAGUGUCUUAUAUUGCUCUCAGCUGUGUUGUGAAAAUUACUUUAUUAAAUAAAUGUUAUUCUUCACAAACUGUAUUUUCAUAUAUUGCACAAUUUUUUAUAUUAACUUUUAUUUUUAUUUUUUUGUUCUUGGUACAUAAACUAUUUUUGUAUGUGAUUAAAUGUCACACUACCCAUUUUUUUUUAAUGCUUAUAAUAAUCUGUAUAGGUAUCCUGGACAGUCUAAAAUCCAGUAUCUUAAACCAGGGAGGGCAAACAUGAUAACAGAUGAACUACAUUACUGAUGUUUCAUUAUUGUUAAUAUUUCAGAAAAUUAGAGCACCCUCUGAGUUCAGAGGGCUGAGUAAGUUCAUAAGUGAUAAUCCCUUUUUAUUGCAGUCUAACACAUCUCUGCUGGGGAAGUCUGUGCAAGUGUUUCUGUGGAAACAUGUGCUGCACAAAAUGUUAUUGAAUGUGAGGGGAUCAUGUUUCUGUAUGUUCAAUGAGGGAUUCCCUUUUCUCCUUGAGAAACUGUCCCCGCAGCCUCUGCAUCUGCCAGUACUCAUUGUGUCAAUCGUUUUAGUAUAUUUAAAGAAAUAUUAAUUUAACCUCAAAGGACAGAAUGUGAACUGCAUAUGUUUUUGUUUUGUUAUAUGAGAGUAGGUUAACAUUUUCAGCCUUGUGUGACCGACAAUUUUACUUGGUCACACUCACUUCAGAAAGCAAAAGCACUUUCUGAGCCCAAUGGUGCUUAUUCAGUUGAGGCUAUUUAUUUGUUUUUAAUAUUGGCUCAACUGAAAGUAUUGGGGAAAAAUAGAUUGUUGCAAAACUACGACCCCUGUGAUGCUUUACCUAUAUAAGGCUGUCAAUAUAGUAUGAGAAUUGUAGUUCUGCAGCAGCUGGGUAUCUUUUUGUUUGUUUUGGCACCUCUAUACACAGGGAGAGAAGCAAAAUGACACAGUAUUGUGUAUUUACCUGCUGUAGGCUUAUUUAUAUCAUUGCACCGUAACUUCAAAUCAAUACCUAUCCAUGCUCUUGCUUAACAAAAGUUGUUAGUGAUGUGUAUGUAAUUUGUAUAAUGCAUAUCUAUGUUAUGUACACUAUUUUUGUAAUGUAUGUCUGAUGUUUAAUGUAUGUAUAUGAUGUAUGUAAUGUAUGUGCUGUAGGACAGGAAAGAAAACAGGGAAUGUCGGAAUAGGGAAUUAGAGGUAACUGCUGCCAAGACAUUAUAGCAGUUAUAUCACAUGGAGAGCUCCUUGAUGGCUAUACCUGUAGCAGAGCCUGUCUCUAAUCCACAGCUUUCCAAACUAUGUGUGAGACACAUUAGUGUGUUAGCUACACAGUGUAAUUGUGUCAUGCAGAGUUGUCCGAUAGGUAGGGGAGCACAUUGCACAGCGCUCUCCUCCUCCUGGUCACUCCAUGUAGCGUGGCUGAGCAGGCAGACCUUGGUAGAGUAGCUUCUGCUCCCCUACCCGAUUUGACAAGAAGUGAUCAUGUUUCUGUAUGUUCAAUGAGGGAUUCCCUUUUCUCUUUGAGAAAUUGUGUCAAUUGUUUUAGUAUAUAAGCGCACAGAACUGCUUCCUGUCAGACCGGGUGGGGGAAAAGGCUACUCUACCACGUUCUGCCUGCUCGGCCACGCUACAUGGAGUGAGGUGGGCCGUAUAGGCAGAGGAGGGGGAAUAGAAGAAGGACACGGGAGGAGGGGGAAUAGAAGAAGGACACGGGAGGAGGGGGGAAUAGAAGAAGGACACGGGAGGAAGGGGGACAUAAGAAGGACAUGGGAGGGACAGAAGAAGGGCACGGGAGGAGGGAGGUCAGAAGAAGGGCACGUGAGCAGGGGGGACAGAAGAAGGGCACGGGAGGAGGUUGGGACAGAAGAAGGGCAUGGGAGAGGAGGGGGAAGACACACAGGGGCUUCGGGGUGGCUGAAGGGGGAAAUAAGACCCACAGUAUGCAUGUGUGUCUGUAUGUGUAUGUGUUUUUCUGCAGGUGUGUCUGUAUGUGUGUCAGUGUGUGCCCCUAUGUAUCUGUAUGUGUGUCACUGUUUGUAUCUGUAUGAGUGUCAUUCUGUGUAUGUCUGUGGAUCUGUCUGUAUGUGUGUCUGUGUCAGUGCGUGUCUGUGUAUCUGUAUGUGUGUCAGUGUUUGUAUCUGUAGAAGUGUCAUUCUGUGUAUCUGAAUGUGUCAUUCUGUGUAUUGGCGUGUGUGUGCACAUGUAUCUGUAUGUUUUUUGUGAGUGUGUGUGUGUGUGUAUAUAUAUUAUAUUCUUUAACAUUGAAGAGUGAACACGGUAUACGAUAAGUAACAUGUAUCAUUACUUAUCGCAAUAUAGUUGAGUUUUAGGUCAAAAACCUCAGAAUUAAGUUAUUCAGCAAUGUAUAUUUUAUAUUUAGAAUAAAAUAACCCCCCACCCAAAAAAAAAAAGUAUUCCUCUUUCCUUUUAAUAUAUGCCUUCCAGGGGUCCGAGACUUUACUAAAAGUAUAGUGGUAACUCUUGCGGAUAGAUCAUCCAUAAUACAAUUUUCUUGAAUUUUUAAAUCAACCCCUCUUAGAUGGUGGUUCUGAUUUUAGCCAGUCGGCAACUAUACAUCUACAUGCUGCCAAUGUGAUAAGAUAUAAUAGUUUCUGCGAAAGAUUGGGUAGGCCAGUUAUUGAUUUAGAUAAUAAAAAUAUCCAAGGGUUUAUUUCUAUAUUCUCCUGUAGUAUCGUUGACACCAUUUUUUUUUUUUUUAUUUCUUCCCAAAGGCUUAAACUUUUGGGCAUUCCCACCACAUAUGAUAUUUCCUUGUUGACCACAUCCCCGCCAACAUAGAUCGGUCAGGUUUUUACCAAUUUUAUAAUAAAAGACACUAAACAAUAUUUUAAACAUCUGCUCUUGAGAUAUCACGAAUAUCGAUAUUUUAGAUGCUGUUUCCCAGAUAUCUAUCAAUUCAUUAGGUUCCAAAGAUUUUCCUAGGUCUGCCUUACAGCAGCAGUAGCUUAGUAUCCAACAGCUUAAAAUACAUAGUAAAAACAAAGAGAACGUUACCUGCGCUCUGGCCUAAUUCCCCAUGUACAUUUAAACAAAUUAGAGGCUCUUUAGCUUUAACCCCUUCAGCACCCUGGGAUGGGGGGUGGGAGAGAGAGAGAGGACCUCCAGUUUUCCUGGCAUUGGAGUGUCCCUUUAGCUGGUUUUAAAAAUCAGAUAUGAGACCUCUCUAUCUUUCCUAUUUUACAAACUUUUUCAAAAUUGGUAAGGGGGAACUGAAUUGCCAUUUUUACUUCAGUCGAGUAAGCAAAAUCUCUAAUCUGAAGAUAGCGAAAAAAGUGUCCUAUCCUCAACUCCGUUCUGGCCGUUAAACUAGAAAAUGAAACCACCUCUCCUUCUGACAAGAGAUCAGCAAAUCUAUGAAUUCCCCUAAUUUUAAGUUUUGAAAAUUAUGUUCUCCCAUUCCUGGAAAAAAUGAUGUUCCAAAAACCGGUGUCAUAGGACAAGGGAGGUUAGUUAGGCCAUGUUUUAGCUUAAGUUUAUCCCAAAUAUAUAAGGAGUUUAACGUGGAUGGGCAGCUUUGUUUUAGAGCUGGUCUUGAGACCUUAUUUAACCACAUAUACAUUGCCGGUGAGUCUGGGUUCAUCAAGUCAGUCUCCAUGUCUGCCCAUCUACAUUUCCCUUGAGAUGAAUUCCAUCCAAUAAUUUGUGCCAAUAGGGCAGCGUAGUAGUAGAUAAGUAAAUUGGGGAGACCUAGUCCCCUUUUGUCUCUAGGUCUAUACAAGAGAUUUCUAUCUACACUGCGACAUUUACCCUGCCAUAUAAAUGUAUCUAUAGCUUUCUGAAUGUUCUCUAAAUCCCCAUUACACACCUGAAGAGGCAGAGCUUGAAAUAAGAAUAAAAGCCUCGGUAAAAUUUUAAUUUUUAUGGAAUGGAUUUGGCCGAUCCACAAGAUUGGUUUAUCAUGCCAAUUCCCUAUUCCUUUUUCAAGUUUUUUUUUAUUAAAGGUAACUAAUUAUCUAUAAAUAAUGUGUUAUAGAAGCGUCCAAUUUUAAUACCUGAAUAGCAUAGGGACUUACCUACAGACAUAUCAAAUUUAGAUUGUAACUGAUCUUGUUCUAACCCUGAUAGAUGUAAGGUCACUCCGCAGGAUUUAUUAUAGUUUACUUUAUAACCUGAAAAUGCCCCAAAUUGUUCUAUCAAAUUGAACACCACGGGAAUGGAUUCAAACAGGUUAGCUAUUGAAAUUAAUAUAUCGUCGGCACAUGCCACUGUUUUAUAAAGUUCCAGCAUAAGGGGAACAGGAUUGGGGAGAGAGGGUAACCCUGGCGUGUGCCAUUGUAUAUUCCAAACGGAGUCUUAUCUGAGCCAGGAAAUUGUAGUAGUGCCUGAGGGUUAGAGUAUAAGGCUCGAAUUGUAGUGAUAAUAAAAUUUAAAAAAAAAAAUGUUGUAGUAGAUAAAAUAAAUAUGGCCAGACUACCCUGUCAAAUGCUCUCUCUGCAUCUAGUGACAGAAGUAUCGAUGGCUUCCUCCCUGUUUCCAUAUACCACGCAAGAUCUACAGCUCCGUGCGUGUUCUCAUAAAGCUGCCUUCCAGGAACAAAACCUACUUGAUGUGAAUGAAUCAGAAAGGGGAGGAGCGGAGAAAGUUGUAGGGCUAAAACUUUAGCUAUUAUCUUUAUAUCCACAUUUAUUAACAAUAUUGGUCUAUAAUUUCAAACCUCCUUUUUUUUGUGAGGAGAACAAUUUUGGCCAUCGUAAUAUCUACUGGGAGACUUCCACUUUGGCAUAUUUCAUCAAUAACCUCCUGCAGAUAUGGAAGAAGGGUUUGUUGAAAGAUAUUGUUAUAGCUUCCGCUAAAACCAUCUGGAUAGAUCAUCCAUAAUACAAUUUUCUUGAAUUUUUAAAUCAACCCCUCUUAGAUGGUGGUUCUGAUUUUAGCCAGUCGGCAACUAUACAUCUACAUGCUGCCAAUGUGAUAAGAUAUAAUAGUUUCUGCGAAAGAUUGGGUAGGCCAGUUUAAUAGAUUUAAAAAAAAAAAAAAGCAGUUUUAAUCUCUUCUAUAGAUAUUCUUGUAUUUAAUGAUUCUAAAGCUCUUUCAGGGAUGGGGGUAGGUUCAUCCUGCCUAGAUAUUCUCUCAAUCUUAUCUCUUGAUCCGGAUCACCCCAUUCCCAUCCGUAAAUUGGUUAUAAAGUCUUGAGAAAUAUUCCUGGAAGAUGACAUAAAUCUCAUCCACUGUCCAAACCAGAGAUCCAGAGGCAUUUCUAAUGGCUAAUAUGGGUUUAGAAUGUGUACAUGGUUUCAAACACUUGGCCAACAGAGCAUCUAUCCUGUUUGCUCUCUAGUAGAAGUAUCUACGUGUUGAUUUUAACUGCCAUGCAGCUUCAUCUAAUUUAAUCUAUUAAUUUUCAGGUCCUGUAGUGUUUGUUCUGACUGGGUUGUUUUUAUGUUUUUGUUCCCGCUUGUGUACAUAUUUCUUUAACUUAAACCAUGAUUCUGAUUUUAUCUUUUUCUUAUACAAGGCUAUUUUAGUCAAUUCUUCUCAUUACAGUUUUAUGAGCUGCCCAUAAAGUGGUUUUACUAAUUUCGGGUGUAUUAUUUUCUAAAAAAUAAUUUGAGUGCCUUUGUAAUAUCUGCUCUAUCUGAGAGGUCCCUCAAGAGAGAAGUAUUAAGGCGCCAUGAGUAGGUGGGUUUGACUGAUACUCAUUACUUAAGACCACAAUAUUGGCGUGAUCUGACCAGGUAAUAUUAUUAAUUUGUGAGUUAUAUAGAUAAGGAGCAAGUACUCUAGAUUUGCCAUAAACCUAUUUAUUCUGGAGUAUGUAUCAUGUGGAUAAGAAUAAAAAGUGAAAUCCGGUAUGUCGGGGUGGUGAGCCCUCCACACGUCAAUAAGUUUAUGGGCAGAAAUAAACUGAAAAAACAAUCUAUCCUGUCCUCCCCGUCCCUGAGACCGAACUGCUCCAGGCCUAGAACUGUCUAUUGCAGGACAUGGAACUGCGUUAUAAUACCCACCUAUCAAAAGUCAGUCUGACGAAGUAGAUUUAAUAAUUUGGCUUAGCAUCUGGGACAUUUGGGGCAUAUAAAUUCAGUAGGUGUAGUUUACGGGGACCCAUCAUUGCAGAUACCAAAAUAUACCCACCUUCUUUAUCCUGCAACGUGUUUAAUACUUUAAACUGGCAUAGUUUAUGGCUCAAGAUAGCAACUCCAUUAUGUUUACAAAUGGCAUUCGAGCUGUAAGCUCUAUCAUUUAUCUGAUAGUGAUAGUACAUGAGAUCUAAUAAGGUGAGUUUCUUGUAAAAAAAAAAAAAAAAAAGCUAUAUCAGCCUGCAUUCUUUUUAAUUCUUUAUACGUCCGCUUUCUUUUUGCAGGUGAAUUGAGGCCUUUUUACAUUCAAGGGAACUAUGUUAUCAGCCAUAAUAAUUUGUGCAGUAUCAAAGCCAGAGUUUUUGCACAAUAAGUUCUGAUAAAUUUAGUAAUCAUAUGGGAAUAGUCCAUACCAUGACAGAAAGAUAGGGGGGGGGAGGGAAAUCCCACUCCCUCCCCCAUAACAAAAGUAUAUACAAAAGAUACCUCCUGGACUUACCAGAUGCAAUUAAUUAAUGAAUUGGAGAAGUGAGAGCCAAGCAUCUUGUGUUGAAUUUACCAGUACCAGUACCUAGGUAGAGCGGGUGGUAAGGUCUUUUGUUGAAAUAAGGGUGGUACGCCAUCUGGGGUAUCCAGGCCCAUUGUCUGGAAGAAUCUGCCUGAAUCCCCCGAUGGUAAUAAAGCUCUGUUUUGGUCAUUAUGGAACUCAAGUAGUUUAAAGGGAUGACCCCAAGCAAAAGGUAUAUGAUUAAGUCGCAAAUGUUCAAUGAUUGGUUUCCAUUGCCGUCUGUUUAAGAGAGUAGUGGGAGAUAGAUCUUGGAAUAUCUGAAGUGCUUUCUCCCUAGAUGUAACCUCCAUCCCUCUGCAUUUACACACUAUAGCAUCCUUAGUGCUAUGGUAGUGAAAUCUUACUGUUAUGUCUCUAGGGCUUUAUCAUUUCUACGUAGUGCACCUGCUGAACGAUGUGCCCAUCCAAUCUCUCACCUGUUCAGGUAUAUCUGGUAAUAGGGGUUUGAAAAUCUCUAAUACAGGACCCUCAUCUCUUGUUUCAGGUAUCCUUCUAAUUUUGAUAUUAUUGCAUAUGGACCGAUUUAGAAGGUCUUCAAAAGCCACUUCCAAAGCAUCUAGCCUUGUACCCCAUUCAAAGCUCUGUAACAAAAGAGCGUUGUGUGCUUUCGCCACAGCCUCUACCCUCACCUCUAGAGUGGCAGUCCGAGUUCCAAUUGCCUGAAUUUCCAUCCUAAUCUCCCGGGCGCUCCUCUCUAUUUCCCCAGUAAGGAACAUUCUAUCCUCCUUCAUUUAUGCCAAGAUACAUUGUAUUCCUUCCAGCCCUGUGACAUCAGUUGCAGAAUCAGCUGAUCGAGGGAUUUUAAUUGAAGCUCCUUCUUCCGGAUCUAUACUACUGUCAUGGCUUUCCGGCACCUCCACACCGGUGUUCGCAGUAUUUGCGACCAUCGGCUUUGCUGCGUUUGCGACGUCUUCAUUUAUAUCCGUGGAUCUCGAGGCCAACUGGAACAUGGUGUGGAGUACGCUACCCCUGGGGUUUGGCUUGGACCCCUUCCGGGAGGAUUUCAUAAGUGGUGAGUUAAUGCUCAGGGAGACAUAGUAGUUAAUUAGUUACGGAUGGCAAGAAGUAAAAAAAAAAAGGCAAAAGUAGAUAAAAGAGCGUAACAGUGUAGUGGCAGGCAAGCAAAAAGUAAGAAGCCUACUGUCUUUGCUAAAGCCAAUAAGUGCCGAAAUAAAGGCAGAGGAGAGGAAGGCUGUACAGGCAUAUAUUAGGUGAUUAUUUCUCUAGAUAUAUAUUUUAUAUAUAUUUUUUGGCAUCCUAUAAGUGCUUUUUUGAGGCUUCAUUGACAGAGCUCUCAACCUGAGCAUCUACCUACUUUGAUGGUCAGGCCACACCCCUAUAUUAUACAAAUGGAGGGGUGGGGGGAAGGUAGGAGGGGAGAUGCAUUGUAGGGCCCCAGGGCAAUUUUUGCACCGGGGCCCUGUGGUUUCUAGUUACACCUCUACACAGAGGGGAAGGGGACCAAGAGACGCACAGAGAGGCUCGGGAAGAAGGAGGCCUGCCAACCAGCCACACCAGUCUGCCAGCCACAGUAGCUAGCCAGAGCAUCCAUACAGUCGCAGCAGACAGCCACAGUAAAUAAGGUGAGAAGAGCCAACUUGGGCUGGAAAUGUUAUAUUACUAUAUUGUGAAUAGGUGCCAUUGUGUUAGAGACAUUCAAGGGAUCAUACAUGUAUACUGCGCAUGCAUAGCAUGCAGAAUCAUGUUGAAGCUGCACCUGAAGUAACAUGUUCAAGAAAUAGAACACCAUUUUGACCACCGCUGUGUUGCUAAAUGAUGCAUGUCUGAAAAGUGUGUCCCUAACAUGAAAUAUUUGGAAAGCUCUGCUCUAAUCUAUAGUAGGAAUGUAUGGAUACUGUAAUGCUUAGCUACACAUUACAAAUCAUUCAUAAAAACUGACCGAUGUGGAGAUGAUUUCCACUUGAAAUGUACUAUUCCAGGCUUCCUUGACCAGUAUAUCUAUCGAUGUGAGAGUGAUUCUGCAGUGCUCUACUCAUGUACAAUUCUGGUUUGGACUGUUUGGCAAGUAGUGUGCCAAACUUAAACACCCCUUUUUUGUGCAUGCCUUCCGAACAUGUUAGAAGUAAUGUUUGUUGCAUCACUGACACACCCAUUCCUUCCUGCUUUCAUAGCUUAGCUGCUGGGGAAAUGCUACUAUAGAGCAAUGUUUCCCACCCCAGCCCUUGAAGUGCUACUCCUAGCAUCAUAACCACCACAGUCCACUGUACAGUACAUGCCAGGAGGAGCUGGCUUCCAUUUUGCAACGGUUUCCAUUUACCUGGAUCUCGCCAGGUGCCAAGCCUUUCUUAAAGCUGGCAGAACUGCAUCUAAUUUCUGCAGAGCUGAAGAAGCUGGAUGCUGAUUUUGCCAUUCAUUAAAAGUGCUCAGUUGAUGAUCUCAGCCAAUUAAUGAAAGUUUAUGCAAGGGAUAUACAAAGAAUUGACAUUAGCCAUCAAGAAACUCUGUCUUGGCUGACUAAUAAUGCUGUUGGGUGGAGUUACACUUCUGGCAACUAGCCUAGAUAUCUUCAUAUGUGUAGCAUUUCAUAAUGAAAUACUGCACACACUGGCUCCUUGCACCAUGACUACUUCAAAACACGGAAGUGGUCAUCAUGCUUGGAGCCAUUUAGGAGAAACUUAUGCCCAGUUUGUCAGCAUCCAGCAAACCAGUAAUAUAAAACCAUUUUUUUCUUGGAACACUUACUCCAGGUUGUACCCGUUUUGUGGAUAGGGAUUAUAAAGAAAAGUAUGUCCUGAGUCUUGUACAUACAGUCAUGGAAAAAAUACUUGUUGUUCAUCUACGUUUGUGUUUACUUAAUUUAAAACCUGCUAAGGAACAGAUGAUUAUGUCCUGAUAUGUAAAACCAUCGAACUCAAAGAGAUGGUGUUCUUUUUUCCAUGACUGUAUCCCUUUUAGAGUUCAGGAGAGUAUUUAGAAUUUACAUUUAGGGAUAUAUAGAAGUUAGGGGUAAUAUAUUGAUUGAUAGGGAAAUUAGUUGUGAUGUAAUUAAGUUUGGGGCAAAUAUGUAGGAUUAGGGUCUGUGUUAACAAUGUAUUAUAAAGAUAUAAUUAACCGUUGUGUUUUGGUUACAUAUAGACCGCACACAAAUAUUGGGUGGCGAGUAAAAAAAAAAAAAGAAGCUGAUAAGAGAAUUGGAAAAGAUGUAAGAACCAGUUGAAAAAACUUUACAAAUAGAGAUGACAAGUCCAAUGAAAAGACAGAAGAAAAACCAAGCAAGAGAAGAAAACCUAAAGACAGCAUGGGAAUAGAUAUAUGUAAGGAGGGUGGGGAGCAAUGUGAAAACCAAGACUUCCAGAUAUGGACGUUUCCGCAUUGUCAGUCAUAAAAGCUGCACCUUUGCUUCAGUCCUUGGUGUGCCUCAGUCCAUCCAGUACCCUUACUACUGGAGCAGCAGAAUGCAGUGAUGACAGCCUUAGUUUGUUACACUACAUCUUCUAUAAUCCCUUUGCUGAACUGAAGGCUGCAUCAAACAACUUAGAAUGUGGUGGCAUAGCAGGGUUUGCUUAAUUUAAUCAGCAAAUCCUGCUAUACGCUACCAACUCUUGAAUCUUGUGUAGCACUACUGGCUCUUACAAUAACACCACUUACGAUCACCCUGCAUCUGUAAUGGCACCAGCAAGAGCCCUGGAGAAAUUGAGGAGAGAUCUACAUAAUACAGCUCUUUUAGUUGUCUGCGUCUUGGUUAUUCAUAUUAUGGCAAAAUGCCCUAAUGCAAUAGUGUCCAUGCCCCCUCUAUCCUCUUCAUAGCAUAUCAGACAGCUAGAUGGCAAUUGGUAUAGAUCUCGUAUGUGAAAUUAUAUUCUUGCCUUUGUCUGUAUUAAAGAGCCAUGUCCUCUCCCGCAAGGCUUGGUGUCUAAUUUAUGCAAUAGCAGCAUACACUUAUGCACCCAUACACUUUCAGCGACAAUCAGUCACUUGGAAGUUGUAUAAAUAGUACCUAUUGUCAUAAUGUUAUACCUGGCAUGUGUUUUCAUAUAUUGUGGACAAACAAAUGUUGGAUCAGCGCUUAGUGGCCAACUAGAAGUUAGAAUACAAUGAGAGUAGGCAGCAACCUAAAGGUAUGAGGUUCCCUCACAAACCAUCAAAGAUAGUAGACAAUAAAAAUAGAAUUAGGUUGCGCCACAGUAAAAACACUGAAAUAAUCUAGUACCAGUAAUGUACUUACACACAGAAGUCAAAAUGAGAUCUAAAACAGUCCGGGUUUUAAGACAUAUAAAUGAAAGUCCAACUUAUUUGAGGCACUUGGGUAUGGUGUUGAUCUGUGUGUAUUGAGAAUCCUGAGAUAGUGGGAUUUCUGAGUUCCGUUUGAGCAUGCAAAUGAGAAAAGAAACUCCAAUAGUGUAAUCUGUAUCAAGCAACCAAAAAGGGAACUUCACAGCAGUAAUACUCCUACUCACCUAUUAGAGAGCUAGUACAAGCUCAGGUGUAACUAGCCUUCAGUGGCGUUGAUCCCCAACUGGUAGGAUAUAGGUGGUAUUGAUAAGUUGCUAGAAGUGAAGGUUUCUCGGCAUAAGGAGAGAGAUAAAACAGAAAUAGUGCUCUCUAUAAAUAAUAAAUAGACGGGUACAUAUAGAAGGUAUUGUACUCACAUUUGCGUGAGCAGGAUAUAAUUACACCCCUACAUGGACAAACAUGCUCUAUACAAAAACAUGUUUACAUUCAAAUUCACAAAUACAAUCCUGCAAUGAUGGACAAACAUUUGAUCCCUAGCUGGCAGAGCAUCGUGGGAGUUGUACUACAGACAAAGAUCUAUCUUUUCGUCCCUCUUGCCCUAGAGGGGGGCCUAAAGGUUUUCUUGCAUCAGUGCCCUCUCUGCAUUGGUGUUAACACCAAGCAUGGUGUGUUAAUACAUUUCUAUUAUUUGGUCACCUAGCAUAUAGCCUUUCAUGGUUUUAGCUAGAAAAGUGUGCCAAUAUAUAUUUUUUGGGGUGUGUGUGAUCUAUCCACAAAAUGUUUAUCAACUUUGUUAAAUCUAGAGCCAUGAAAGCUGCAAGAGUUGGGACCUGUUCAAACAUUUACAAGAUGAAUUUUGUACAGCAUCUAGAGCUUGAUUUAGCAACAACUGACAAGUAUAAUGCCUGCAAAAAUAUGAGUUUGAAAUGAGAUCUUGUGAACCUUGUGUGCACCUUUUAGGUGUGUUUUGUACAUCCAUUAUUAGAUAUCUUAUGAUUUUUGGAUAUAAAGAAAAAAGAUCCAAAAAGAAAUCCCAUUCUGAUUUAUUCAAUAUAUUAACAACAAUUGUUUGGUGCCAAAUACUAUGAGCAUUAUCAGUCCCCAAUUUAUAUGGUGGCACUAUAAUUAGAAGUUGUUUUCCUUUAUUUGACCUAUGCUGAUAAUUUAUCUUGUUUUGUCAGCAUAGUGUUGUCAGUAGCAUGUGUGCUCUGUAGCUAAACAUGGACAGUACUACAUUUUUCAAGUGGUUUCCUUUUUAGAGAACAAAAUCAAUCUUUUGGCGUAGCUAACAGUAUAAACCCUAAGCACUUUUUCCCUUUGACAUUCAUUGCAAUGUUAUAAUUACUGUGGGGAGUGAGAAAUCUGUAUUAAGGUCUUCUCAUAUUUCUAUAUUUAUCUCUAUACUUUUCAGAUAAAAUUAAACUAUACAUUUGUAUUUUAGGAUGGGAACACUGUAAGCACUAUAAACUCCACAUCUUAUUGCAUCCAAGCCCAAGACCAUCUGCUGCUGCUGCCAACGUAAUUUGGAAAUUAUACUUUUAUCCAUAUUGAUUCAAAUUUGUACUGCAAUAAUGGUCUGUAAGCACUGCAAAACUGUUUUCCUCAAUGGAUUUGCACAGAAAAUGCUGACCUGUUUUAUUGUUUCUUGCAAUUGUUUGGUUCCAAGCUUUUGUGAACUCUUCAACCACAUUAUUUUCUACUACUUCUGUUGGUAGACUGUUCCAAGCAUUUACAACUUUUCCCCAACUUAGGCCUUUAUUUAAUACUGUUGCAUAAGCUUUUAAAUUUAUUUAAUAUUUUUGGUUAAUUAUUUAUUCAUCUUUUUUAAAUAUUAAAUAUUCUAUUAAAACAAUAUAUCAAAAUUAGUACUUUAUAAAGAUAGAAUCUUUAUGAAAUACCCAUAUUGACAAUGUUGGAAUUUCACUGAAAUUCUAACCCAGUCAAGAAAUAUACAGAGACAAAGUAUGGACUUUGUCUUUGUACACUAGACACUGCUAGAUGUCUAAAAGUGUCAAUUCUCUCAGCCAUCACCAUUGGUGACUAAAGGGAAUUGACUUCAUCUAUGGAGGAUCCUGCGGUCUUGCAGGAUCCUUCAAAGGCCUCAUUGCUGUGCAUGUGCGAGAGUACAGUAGUGAUGUCAGCUCCUGGCACUUCAACUAAAGAGGACGCUUAAGUAGAUUAAGGCGCCCCCGUAUGGGAGAGGUUCAGGUAAGCAGAGGUCACGGUCUCCUGCUCACCCAAAUUCUGCAAAGUCCCCUUAUGGUAAAAAUGCACUUUAAAUGUAUUUUAACAUUUUAUCCAAAAACGCUCGCGCUCGCUCUCUCUCUCAAUCUCUCUCUCUUUCUCUCUCUCUCUCUCAACAGCCCACAUACAUACGUAUCACACACAAUGCCACAAACUGUUUCUGUGAAUACACAAUAUAAAACAACCCACAUACUCACAAAUAAAAUCCUGCAAAGUAAAUGCAGCAUCUAUACAUAUCACAAAUAUGGCAACAUAUAUGCACACGUUAAGUUAAAAAAAAAAAUAGGACUGCCAGCCCAAGGAACUUCAAAGUCAUGUUUUGGCACAGUGUUUCUAAAAGUUUGACGUCCCCUGUACUAGCCAUACCAAUUCAUACCAGCAAUGGGUGCUGUGAUAGGCUGCCGGCCAUAGCUGCCCAUUGCUGCUAAUGCUGUCCCCUUAGCCAAAGCAAGAGGGGAUGUCUGCUUGGUUUAAUACUAAAUGGAGGGACAGCGCUGGGAACUUCAGACACUAUAACCACUUUAAUGAGAUAAAGCAGUUACAGUGCCUACAGUAUUACUUUAAUAGUUCUCCAACUGAUGUUCAUACUCUUAACCGCUUUAAAAACAACAACAAAGUCUACACUGUCUUAACAGCCUAUUCUUCUAGGAUAUUCCCAAAUGGAAUUACUUGCUGAAUAAAUGACUGCAUUGCAUCAACAUUCUGUAAUUUCACAAGUAAUAUAACCAUCAUUUUGGAGGAUUUACAGAAAUAAAAAUAAAGGGAGGGCUGCCAAUGCUUGUACUGAUGUCAAACUAACUUGACAACUACUCUGUGAAGAGUCAGUCAAUAUAAUGUCUCCUAUUAUAGUUGCUGUUUUAAAUUACUGCUCAUCUUAAAGGGAAAGUUUCUAAGUUAAAAUAUGCAUAUUGUUAGGCUGUUGAACAAAGCGCAUAAAAAUUAGUUUGAUGUGGUGCUGAUGGUUCCAGGAGUGCCCUAGUGCCCUUCCAGUGUAAUUUGUCAAACCAUUUUAGAACGGUUUGAUAGCUUACCUGGGUCACACCCAUGACUCAAGGCCAAUCCUUCCAGAUUCUCCUUGCUGGAGAUUCAUUUUUCCUCCACUGAAUUAAGCAGAGCCAUACUCCUUUGUUGAGUGUCAGCUGAACGCACUCAGCCAAUAAGUGCAGUUCUGUACCGGCCACUUAGACGCAAUAGAGCGAUCAGGCCAUUUGUGGCUCUGGAGCACGGGGGACACCGAUACGUUGUUGUGGUGUUUGUAGUGUUCCUUUUAAAACAAUAUUUUUUAGAUUGUUCUAAAUUCAUUUAUUACAAGUUAUUAAGAUAUAAUUGCAUAAUCUUAGUUCUGUUGUACGUACCAAAAUUAUUUUUUCUGAUAGAUCAGGCAAGUUUGCAGCUUUGGAAUAAUUCUUGUUUAUUCCUAUGAUGGUCUUUCUUUGUCUAAAUUGAACACACACAGGAUGUUGAUUUCCACUAGCAGCCAAUUAAAAGUGGAGGAGAUAACUUUUAAAGUAUACAAGCAUAUUGUAUACAAACAAUGCCUUUUCUGGUUGGGGUCCUGAUAAGAACUCUCAACAUGGAGAUACCAAAUGCUCAUCCUAAAGAUGCAUUAUUCCAAUGUGUCUUUAUAAGGAGUUACAUAGUUACAUAGCUGAAAAGAGACUUGCGUCCAUCAAGUUCAGCCUUCCUCACAAAUGUUGUUGCUGUUGAUCCAAAAGAAGGCAAAAAACCUGGUCUGAAGCGCUUCCAAUUUUGCCACAAACUAGGAAAUAAUUCCUUCUUGACCCCAAAAUAGCAGUCAGAUGUCUCCUUGGAUCAAACAGCUACUAAUUAGAAAUUAUAUCCCUGUAUGUUAUGUUUUUGUAAGUAUUUAUCCAAUUUCAGUUUAAACAUCUGUAUGGACGCUGACAAAACCACCUCUUCAGUCAGAGAAUUUCAUAUCCUUAUUGUUCUUACUGUAAAAAAACCUUUUCUUUGCCUUAGAUGAAAUCUCCUUUCUUCCAGCCUAAAUGUGUGACCUCGUGUCCUAUGUAUAGCCCUGUUUAUGAAUAGAUUUCCAGAUAAAGGUUUGUACUGGCCCAGAAUAUAUUUGUAUAAAGUUAUCAUAUCCCCUCUCAGGCGCCGUUUUUCCAAACUAAACAUUUAAUUUUUUUUAACCUUUCUUCAUAACUAAAAUGCUCCAUUCCUUUUAUCAAUUUUGUAGCUUGUCUCUGGACCCUCUCCAGUGCCAUGAUAUCCUUCUUUAGAACAGGCACCCAAAAUUGCACAGCAUAUUCAAGGUGUGGUCUUACCAGCGAUUUAUAAAGAGGCAAAAUAAUAUUUUUAUGCCCCUAUUUAUACAUGACAAAAUCUUACUGGCCUUAGCAACUGCAGAUUGACAUUGCAUAUUGCUGCCUAAUUUGUUUUCUAUAACAAUUCCCAAAUCCUUCUCUUGUGUGGUUAUCCCUAAUUCACUACCAUUUAGUGUGUAAGUUGCUUGUGCAUUCUUAACCCUGAAGUGCAUAACUUUGCAUUUCUCUAUGUUAAAUGUCAUCUGCCAUUUUAGUGCCCAGUCCCCCAAUCUAUCCAAAUCUCUCUGCAGCAAAGCAAUAUCCUGCUCACAUUUUAUUACUUUACAAAGUUUUGUGUCAUCUGCAAACACUGAUACAUGGCUUUCAAUGCCUAUUUCAAGAUCAUUUAUAAAUAUGUUAAAUUGAAGUGGUCCCAAAACAGAACCACUUACCACUUUUGUCCAGCCUGAAAAUUUACCAUUAAUUACAACUCGUUGUACUCUAUCCUUAAGCCAGUGUUCUACCCAAGAACAAGAAUAUUCAUCUAGACCAAUUUCUUUUAGUUUGAAGACUAACCUAUUGUGAGGAACCGUAUCAAAUGCCUUGGCAAAAUCCAAGUAGAUCACAUCCACUGCAACACCCUGAUCUAUACUUCUACUUACUUCUUCGUAGAAUGCAAUUAGGUUAGUUUGACAUGACCUAUGUUUCAUAAAACCAUGCUGAUUAUUGCUAAUAACAAAGUUCUUCCCAAUGAAUUCCUGAAUAUUAUCCCUUAAUAGCCCUUCAAAUAUUUUCCCAGUUACAGAAGUUAAGCUCACAGGUCUAUAAUUUCCAGGCAAGGAUUUUGAACCCUUUUUAAAUAUAGGAACAACAUCUGCCUUCCUCCAAUCCUCCGGUACAACACCUGAAACAAAAGAAUCUUGAAAAAAUAAAUACAGAGGUUCACUUAUUUCCCCACUUAGCUCCUUAAGUAUUCAUGGGUGAAUACCGUCAGGCCCCGGAGCUUUAUUUACAUUCAUUUUCUUUAAUAGCUGUAGCACCUUGUCUCGAGUUAUCCAAUCACAAGUUAUUUGCAAGUUUUUUGCAACAAUCAUUUGCAUAUCUCUUGCCAUAUGAUCCUCAUUAAUAUAUACUGAAGAAAAAGUUAUUUAAAAUUUCUGCUUUUUCCUGGUCUUCAUUAGUUAAUAAACCCAACUCUGUUUCAAGUGUACCUACACUCAUUUUUUGUUUUUUUUUAGAAUUGAUGUACUUGAAAAAAAUGUUGGGGUUGGUUUUGCAUUCUUUAGCUAUCAAUUUCUCAUUUUCUAGUUUAGCCACUUUAAUUGCCUUUUUGCAAGCGUUAUUGGCUUCCUUAUAUCUUAAAUAGGAUGCCUUUGAUUUGUCUGAUUUAAAUGCUUUAAAUGCCCUUUUCUUAUUUUUAAUCUCUUGUUUUACUUCUCUACUAAGCCACAUUGGUUUUAAUUUGUUUCUUUUAUAUUUAUUACGCAAUGGUACAUACUGAGAAAUGUACCUUUCUAAUAUUUGUUUGAAUAGUUUCCAUUUAUCCUCAGUAUUUUUAAUCACUAAGGAGUUUAUGCCAGUCGAUAUGUUGUAGAGCUGCCCUAAUCCUAUUGAAAUUGGCUUUUUUUAAAUUAUAUGUUUUAGUAUACCCCACUUGCUUUUGCUUUUUUGAGUUUAUUUCAAAAUUUACCAUAUUGUGAUCACUAUUUCCCAAAUGCUCCCCUACUUGAAUGUUGGUUAAAAAAUCAACAUUGUUUGUUAUGAUCCAGACAAGCAUCCUUUCUAGUUGGUGCUUGUACCAGUUGUGACAUAAAGGUGUCAUUUAACACAUUCAAAAACCUGAUGCCCCUUGCUGAAGUACUAGUCCCUCUUUCCCAAUUUAUGUCUGGAUAAUUAAAAUCUCCAAUAAUUUACGUGUUACCUCGAUUUGCAGAUUUCUCAAUUUGUUCUAACAGCUGUUCUUCCUCAAUAAUAUUUACAUUAGGUGGUUUAUAACAUAUCCCAACCAAUAAUUGAUUUCCCUUUGUUUGCCCCUAGCAGAUAUCUACCCAUAAAGCCGCCACCUUUUCCUCGUCACACGCCACAUGCCUAAGAUUUGACUUUAACUCAUGGUUGACAUAUAAACAUACCCCACCACCCUUCUUGUUUUUCCUAUCCUUCCUAAAUAACGUGUACCCAUUUAAAUGAACUGCCCAGUCAUGUGUCUCAUCCCACCAUGUUUCUGUUAUGCCUAUUAUAUCAUAUUGUUUAGUGUAUGCUAUUGCCUCUAGUUCCCCCAUUUUGUUAUAUAGGCUCCUUGCAUUAGUAAGCAUACAUGUAAUUUUAUCAUGAGUCUUUUGUACUUUUUGUGAAUUAUCAAUAUGCGAUUGCCACGCAUGCGCACUGGUGGCGUACGUUACUAUCUUCUACUCUUGCAGGCAGUGCUGGGUGUAUGCCUGUAAGGGAAUGCUCUGCCCUCCUCCCUGCAUUUUGUACAAUUCCCUAUUUUCUUUUCUUUUUUUUUUCUUUUUUUAUUAAUUAUAAAACCCACCCUUCCUGACUCAGAGCACAUGCGUGCUCUCUGAUCCUGGAGAAUGAUUUAGUCACAUGCUUCUGUAUAAGAAGCAUUUGAUUAGACCUUGGAGUGAUGGGGGUGGAAAUACUGAAGUCAAGUUUUUUUUUUUGUUGUUGUUUUUUUUAAUUUCCUUAUUUGAUUUAUAUUAAUGUGACUAAAGUAAAUAAAAGGAGUAAAAUAUACUAUUAACUUAUCUAAAAAUUUAAAAAACAAACUCACUUUUAACUUCUUUCAGAAAUAUUUCAAAGGAAAUUUAAAUGGCCAGUCAGUAAAAAAAAUAAAAAAUAAAAAAUAACACCAAACAACCUUUCAACCAAGGGAUUAGUGAAUUGCUUUAAUGCCAGAGGAUUCUACAUUCUCAGAAGCAGCUCACAUGGAGACACUGGGGACUUGCUGUGCUUCCUCUGAUUUCACUAGUGUGAAUGUACUUCUAACGUGAACCCUGACUGGGUCUAGGAAUAUUAUUUGUACAUUUGUCUCCGGUACAGUGGACAUACAAAAUAAAGAAUUCUGAGGUCAUUUGAGCCCAACUCAAAUGAAUUUACAACCUAAAAUAUGUAGGAUAAAAACAAUGUAUCCAAGGAGAAUGAAUGCAGUGUGAAUGUAUUUCCUUUCAGAAAAUAUGAACCUUAGUCAAACUUCUAUGUUGGUUUGUGAACCCAUGAAAAACAUUAAGAUUAACAUUAAUUAAGAUUACCUGUCAAGAUUCUGAUAAGAUGAAAUGCAAAAUGUGGGAAAUUUACAGCAUGCAUGUUAGGCAAGUAUUCUUACAUUGAGCAAUAAAAUAUGCAUUUAAUCUGUCUAGUUACAUUGUGUCCCUUUAAACUUGGUAACAGAGUUUGGUGGCAGACUCAAACACUAUACUUAGACACUCUAGGCAACACAACAACUAUAGCGCAUACCCGACUUCAGGAUUGCAUAUUGGUUGCGAGCCAUCCACUGAUACUCCCUUCCAAUAAUCAAGCUCUAAUCCUUGUAUGACUUGGUAUGAUAAUACAAAACUAUGAACUUCUGCUUUAUCAGACCAACUCAAACUGAAAGUACUGCGGGUGCUGGACACAGGAUACUAAGACAUAUAUUACCGGUGGAUGGUGCUCGGGGACUAUAGGCACCAUACUUACUACAGUGCUCUAAAGGGGUUCUGGUGGCCAUCGUCUCCCCUUCAAUUAAAGUUCUUGUUGCUAGACAGCAUGAGACCCUGUUUCUGCUCCCCAAUAGAUAAAAGCAUAAAUUCUCAGCAAUCUUCCAAUAAUUUCAAGUGAUGUAUUUAUUGAACCAUCAAAAUGUCAAGGGAGGAAUGUUUUGACACUGAUCAUUGUCUUUCUCCAGCCUGUUAAGUUUGUUGUAUUUCAGUAUAUUAAAUAAUUCACAGCACUUAUAAAAUUCUACAGAACUACAUACUAGACAAACAUUUACACAUUAAAGUGACUUUUAAACUAAUUAGUAAAUUGCAUGCUUAUGUAUUGGUAGCAUUGUUGAAACAAAUAUCCGAUUAAGCAAACAAGUAAAAUGCUUACUUACUAAUUCAUCUGCAGAUGAUGCAUUUUCUUCUUUUACAUUGUAAAUGUUAGUUUAUUUAUAUUAAAGUUGCAUUUUCUAAUUAUUUUUCCUGUUUAAACAUGCACUAUAACAUAACUGACAAUUGCUGAGUCCUUGACAAGUCUCUUGACAUAAUGCGGUUACAUCUGUCUCUGUAUAGUGACGCACGUAGGAGACUUUCCAUCUACUUGGUUUUCUCUGUGUUGUGGUUUUCCUUUCUUAACCUAAUACGAUUUCUCAAGACUGGGAGAAGCUUUACCAGCUGGUACAAGCAGUCACACCCAAUUUAGCACUUUACAUUUGGAAUUAAUCUUGAGCACUGUUUCUCAAAAACGUAAGCAAAGUUUUAUGCAAGCCAAAUUCUUCUCAUUGGUGCCUUUAUCACCAAGAGGUGUUGGCCAUUUAUCCUGUCAUUAUGUAUCAACAGCUUAUGUUUAAACUUUUGACAACUUAUAGUGGGUAAGUUCUGGGAAAGGGACUGAGUUUUUAAUUUUACUGUGCACUCUCCUAUUGUUCGUGAAAUGUUAUAUUGUCACAAAUACUACACCAAUUAAACUAAUUGUUUGCUUUCAUUUAGCUAGUAGUUGGAAUUUUUUAUUUGGCUGUUGCAUUUUGUAUGAUCAAUAUUGUUAUUCCAAUAUGCUUUUGAUAAAAAAAUAUUACUAUAGAGUAAGACCCUGUCACCUUCUGGGACAUUUAUAUAUUGUGUAAAUGCUGGAAGAUGCAACUGACAUGCUCAUGUGUGCUUGAGAGUACUGUACAGAGUGACUGAUUUCCACAGCUAUCCCUUAAAUUAUCUGCUGGGGUCUAUGAGACCCCAGCAUCUAAUAUCAGCCAUUGCUAAUUAAUGCUGAAUGGAUGUCUACAGGUCCUCUUCAUUCCCAGUAACAGGUAGCUGGCGUGAGAUUUUCUUGUCUAUUGCCAAUCAUGGGUUGACCAAAACCUCUGGGCCUAUUAUAGACAGGAGUAGGUGUUCGGGCCUAAUCUCUUAGCCACCAAUAUAUACCCUACCUACCUCCUCACUCUGACAAGUAUUAUUCAGAAGGGCUGCAUAGUAAAAUGAAAACAAAACAAACAAAAAGUUACAAUUAUUGUUACAGAUCUAAUUUUUAAAUGACUUUCAAAUAAUUAUUACUGCCCGAUGCUUUAGUUUUAAGAGGAGAAUUCCAAUUGUUUCUUAAAAUAAAAUAAAAAAGUCUAAAUUAUUACCUACAGCACAAUUUAGGUAAAGUUAUUUGUAGAUGUAAUAUAUUAUAUAUCCUAACUCCAAUUCUGUUUGAUUUCUGUAAGAUAAAUGGAAAGCAUUUAUUUCUAUUAAAGGACCACUCUAGGCACCCAGACCACUUCAGCUUUAUGAAGUGGUCUGGGUGCCAGGUACCUCUAGGAUUAACCCUUUUUUUUUAUAAACAUAGCAGUUUCAGAGAAACUGCUAUGUUUAUACUGAGGGUUAAUCCAGCCUCCAGAGCCUCUAGUGGCUGUCUCAUUGACAGCCGCUAGAAGCGCUUGCGUGCUUCUCACUGUGAAAAUCACAGUGAGAGCACGCAAGCGUCCAUAGGAAAGCAUUGUAAAUGCUUUCCUAUGCGACCGGCUGAAUGCGCGCGUGGCUCCUGCGUGCAUGCGCAUUCAGCCGAUGACAUCGCGAGCAAGGAGGAGAGGAGGAGUACAGCUCCCCGCCCGGCGCUGGAGAAAGGUAAGUGUUUAACCCCUUCCUCUCUCCAGAGCCCGGCGGGAGGGGGUCCCUGAGGGUGGGGGCACCCUCAGGGCACUAUAGUGCCAGGAAAAAGAGUAUGUUUUCCUGGCACUAUAGUGGUCCUUUAACCCCUUAAGGACCAAACUUCUGGAAUAAAAGGGAAUCAUGACGUGUCACACAUGUCAUGUGUCCUUAAGGGGUUAAAGGGACACUGUAGGCACCCAGCCCACUUCAGCUCAUUGAGGUGGUCUGGGUGCUGUGACCCUUUUGCACUUGGUCCUGCAACAGAGGACUGUAAUGUUUACAUUCAAGCUUUGUCUGCCCGCAGGCAGCCACUGGGGGAGCUUCCGGAAUCCAAACAGACUUUUGGUCCGUUAUCUGACGCUGGACGUCCUCACGGACCUCCAGCAUCGGAUUUUCCCCAUAGGAAAGCAUGCGCAGUAGGUCUCCCCCGCCGGCUGACAUUGGCGGGGGAGUAGCGUGGGUGGUGCCUGACCCAGGGAUUCAGGUAAGUGUCUUUAACCCUGCUGGAGGGGGAUGCGCGAGGGAGGGGGGGGGACCUAUUAACCCUAUAGUGCCAGGAAAACUGGUUUGUUUUCCUGGCACUAUAGGAUACCUUUAACCAAUAAAACCUAUAUUAUACAGUGUUGUAUCAUAUACCCUUUAGCUGUGUGACUGCAUUGCUCAUCAAUAGGGCUGUCUUAGGUUACACAACUGGCUGUUUGCACAUUGGCAUUUUUAAGCCCGUCCCAGUUAAUCACACUUUGAGUCUUUUCAAAUUGACAUACUCACUAUUUGAGUUGUUUUAUUUCAGAACAGCAAUGUAUGUGGAGCAGAAAGCUUUAACUACUCUAGCCCACCUCUGUGAUGGGGAUGCCAGGACAGGACUAAACGGCCUUCAGCUGUCCGUGCAAGCCAGGCUUGCAGCAGGAAAAGAUGCUUCUAAUCAUGACAUGGUUAUCAAGGAAGAACAUAUUAAGGAAGGAUUACAGCGCUCACACAUCCUCUAUGAUCGGGCUGGUGAGUGUUCAAAACAACUCUUCUUAAUAAGGGUGUUCUGGAGAUUACAUUUGAGCUGGUGAUAUUAAAGUUGUCAGAAAAUUGACUUUGAAAUGACUUUCAGCUUAGUAUGUAAGAAGAGAUGUUCAAAUGCAGAUCUUAUUUUAAGAGAAGCCACAUCUGUGAUAUUGACCAAUAAAGCACAUUUUGUAGCUAUACAUGUACUCUGUCAACAUUUUUAAAAUCUCAUGUGUGUAAUGGGUUUUUGUAUCAAGAAGUCCUUACAUAGUUACAUAGCUGAAAAGAGACUUGCGUCCAUCAAGUUCAGCCUUUUUCUCAUAUGUUUUGCUGUUGAUCCAAGAGAAGGCAAAAAACCCAGUCUGAAGCACUUCCAAUUUUGCAACAAACUAGGAAACGAUUCCUUCUUGAUGCCAAAAUGGCAGUCAGAUAUCUCCUUGGAUCUAGAAGCUAUUACCCCACUAAUUAGAAAUCAUUUCGCUGUAUAUUAUGUUUUUUGCCAGUAUUUAUCCAAUUGCUGUUUAAACAUCUGUAUGGACUCCGUUAAAACCACCUCUUCAGGCAGAGAAUUCCAUUUCCUUAUUGUUCUUACUGUAAAAAAAACUUUUCUUUGCGUUAGACCAAAUCUCCUGUCUUUCAGCCUAAAGGCAUGACCUUGUAUCCCAUGUAUAGCUCUCUUUAUUAAUAGAUUUCCAGACAAUGGCUUGUAUUGGCCCGAUUAUAUUUGUAUAAUGUUGUUCUAGCCCCUCUGAGAAGCUGUUUUUCCAAACUAAAGAGAUUUACAUUUUUUAAUCUUUCUUCAUAUCUAAAAUGCUCCAUUCUUUUUAUCAAUUUUGUAGCCCAUCGCUGCACUUUUUCUAGAGCCAUGAUAUCGUUCUUUAGAACGGGUGCCCAAAAUUUCACAGCAUAUUAAAGGUGUAGCAUUACCAGUUGUAUAUAAAACCCCCCCCCCCACAAAAUUAUAUCUUCAUCCCGAGAAUUUAUGCCCCUAUUUAUACAUGACAAAUCCUUACUGGCCUUAGCAACUAUCGAUUGACAUUGCAUAUUGCUGCUUAAUUUGUUGUCUUUAACAAUUCCCUAAUCCUUCUCGUGUGUUGUUAUCCCUAAUUCACUAUUAUUUAAGGUGUAAGUUGCUUGUACAUUCUUUACCCUGAAGUGCAUAACUUUGCAUUUCUGUACAUUAAAUUUAAUUUGCUAUUUGAGUGCCCAGUCCCCAAACCUAUCUAAAUCCCUCUGCAGCAAAGCAAUAUCCUGCUCACAUUUUAUUACUUUACAAAGUUUUGUGUCAUCUGCAAACACUGAAACAUGGCUUUCAAUGCCUAUUUCAAGAUCAUUUAUAAAUAUGUUAAAUAGAAGCAGCCCCAAAACAGAACCCAGAGGGACACCACUUACCAUUGGCUAUCAAUUUCUCAUUUUCUGGUUUAGCCACUUUAAUAGCCAUUUUGCAAGCAUUAUUGGCUUCCUUAUAGUUUGUAUACAAGGAUAUAUAUCCUUCGUAUAGCUAUUUUGUGCUGGGUGCCACCAUCUUUUUCUCCUCUGUCCUACCAUUUUGUUCUCCUCUGUGUAAAAUGUCUGCAAUUUUGGAUUGUUUUGAUUCUUUUGAUGGAUUGUGUGUAAAUCAGUUUAGCAGCAAAAUUAACUUUGCAUAAAGAGUUACUUCAACCAUUAUAGGAAAAUGUUUGGUAUUUAAUUAAAUAUACCCUAUAGGCAUAUUCUCAUAGAGAAGCCUGUGAUUUUACUGUUUGCAGGCUCAGAGCGCGUGGGCGGGAUUUGAGAGUGAGCGGGGGGAUUCAUGAUAGUUAAAAAAUAAAUAAAAUAAAAGUGGAAAGGAGGGUGGAGAAAACGAUCUUUCCCCUUUCAUGCGUUCGUCUGUCUGCAGCAUGCAGCGUGUGCUGAUCAAAGAUGUAACAUAUUCACAGAAUUCACAUUAGGCAGCCUGGAACAGUGUUUUGGGCUGCUUAAGUCACGUAAGCUGGUGGUGCAACUAGCAUCCAGCAGACAAUUAAAAGGAACUCUACAUGUGUAGUGGUUCAAGCUGAAACAUUGCACAACCAAACUUAAACCAUCAUGACCACUUCAAAAAGCAGAAGUGGUUAUGGUGGUUGGAGUAACCCUUUAGGCUUCACAUUUGUUUAGCAGCUAAAAUGGUAUUUUUUUGCUAAAAGGACAACUGUCACAUCAACAAUAUAUAUUUUUAAAAAUUAUUUUCAACAUAAUGAUCUUCACGUUUUGAAAGGAAAUCAAUUAUUUGUUAAAUUAAGUAUAUGUACAAAAUGAUGGUAUAUGUAUAUAACAGGGUCCUUCAGUCAUAUACACGCACCUUGGGUCAUACAGUGUUUGAAAACAGAAAGUUAAAUGGUCCUGUCGCCUCGAACUUACCUUCCUGCUAUUGUUUCCUCUUCUCUUCCUCUUUCAGAAUCUGCUCUUCUUUACCUCACUUUUGAUCUAUUUCUCAGUGGUUUUCCCUGCAGUGACAAGCAUCGAACCGAUUUUCAAACUCUAACACUGUCUGAACCAAGGUGCAUGUAUAUGGCUGAAGGAUCCUUUCAUAUACUAAAGGUAGGGAUGAGUUUUUAUUAUUUUUUUUAUUGUCAAAGGUCACCCUUCCCAUGAGAAAAAACAGUCCCUAUGUCUUCUUUUGUAUAACUAGAAAACAAAGGUAAAUUUAGAAAUUGGAAAAAGAAAAAAGAUUCAUUUUAAAGCAAAACCAGUAAAAUGACAGAGCCACUUUACAGUUGAGAGGAUAUAGGGCAGUGAUGGCGAACCUAUGCCACGCGUGCCACAGGUGGCACGCCGAGCCCCCUCUGUGGGCACGCGGCCAUAGGUCGCCGGAGGGACGGUGCACUCCGCCGGCGCAUCCAUAAGGCAGCACAAGUGGCUGCCUUAGGGCGCACUGGCCUGGCAGGAGGUGAGCACAUAGCGUUCCCUCCUGCCAGGCACUCUGUGUAGCGUGGCCGAGCGCACCGCGGUACAGGAACUUAUGUUUCCUGUACCCGGGCGGACGGAAAUGAAGUGCUCACAGAGAGAGCACUUCCUGUCCGCCAGGUACAGGAAACUGAGCUCCGCGGUGCGCUCGGCCACGCUACAAGGUAGGAGAUCAAGGAGGGGGUGGGGGGUGGAACUGAGUGGGAGAGAGAUGGGGGGAACUGAGUGGGAGAGAGAUGGGGGAACGAGUGGGAGAGAGAUGGGGGAACUGAGUGGGAGAGAGAUGGGGAACUGAGGGGAGAGAGGGGGCUAAACUGAGUGGGGAGAGAUGGUGGCUACACCAAUGGGGAGAGAGAUGGGGCUACACCCAGUGGGAGAGAGAUGGGGGGGAACUGGAGUGGAGAGAGAGAUGGGGAGAACUGAGUGGGAGAGAGAUGGAGGGAGAACUGCGUGGGAGAGAGAUGGAGGGAGAACUGCGUGGGAGAGAGAUGGAGGGAGAACUGAGUGGGAGAGAGAUGGAGGGAGAACUGAGUGGGAAAGAGAUGGAGGGAGAACUGAGUGGGAGAGAGAUGGAGGGAGAACUGAGUGGGAGAGAGAUGGAGGGAGAACUGAGUGGGAGAGAGAUGGAGGGAGAACUGAGUGGGAGAGAGAUGGAGGGAGAACUGAGUGGGAGAGAGAUGGAGGGAGAACUGAGUGGGAGAGAGAUGGGGGGAGAACUGAGUGGGAGAGAGAUGGAGGGAGAACUGAGUGGGAGAGAGAUGGGAGGGAGAACUGAGUGGGAGAGAGAUGGGGGGGAAACUGAGUGGGAGAGAUAUUGGGGGGGAAAAAACGGAGUGUGGGACGGGGGAGAGGGGGGACGACAUACACACAGCACCCCUGCCCUACACACAUCACCCCACACAAAGACACCCACACAUCACCCUACCCACACAAACACAUCACCCCACACACACAAACACAUACAAUGUACCCCUCAAUGCAGUGUGUGUACACUCGGCAGUCUGUCUGUGUGUGUACACUCGGCAGUCUGUCUGUGUGUGUACACUCGGCAGUCUGUCUGUGUGUGUACACUCGGCAGUCUGUCUGUGUGUGUACACUCGGCAGUCUGUCUGUGUGUGUACACUCGGCAGUCUGUCUGUGUGUGUACACUCGGCAGUCUGUCUGUGUGUGUUCACUCGGCAGUCUGUCUGUGUGUGUACACUCGGCAGUCUGUCUGUGUGUGUACACUCGGCAGUCUGUCUGUGUGUGUACACUCGGCAGUCUGUCUGUAUGUGUACACUCGGCCGUGUGUGUACACUCGGCCGUGUGUGUGUGUGUGUGUACACUCAGCAGUGUGUGUGUGUGUGUAUUUAGCAGUCUGUCUGUGUGUGUGUGUGUAUUUAGCAGUCUGUGUACUCAGCAGUCUGUGUGUGUAUUCAGCAGUCUGCUAAAUACAGACAAACUGCUAAGUACACACAGACAGACUGCUAAAUACACACACACAGAUGUUAAUUAGUUCGGACAACUGUAUGAGUUGUUUUUUCUAAACUUAAACCUCAGUAUUCAGGUUUAAUUGCCGUUUUGGCACUUUGAGAGAAAAAAAAUUGGCAUGUAUUACGGUUUGGGCACUCGGGCUCAAAAAGGUUCGCCAUCACUGAUAUAGGGAAUCUAUUGGUGGAUGGGUAAUUAAAGAGAACGGAAAUGAUCAGCUGUGUACUCUACAUCUCAUCAACUGUCCUGUUUCAGUACUUUCUUUUCCUUUGAGGUAUCCCCCACAAAUCAUGUAUUUAUUUCAGCCUACUUUACACUGUCAAAGUUUAUAACAUGGUGUUUGCUAUAAAAGGAUCAUUUAAAAGAUCUAUCACAGAAAACAAGUUUUCAUAUUUCCUAUAUACACACACAUCAUUAAGAAAAGUGUAUUUUAAUAUUAAUAUAUAUAUAUAUUUGAAUGACGUUGAUUUUAUAUAUAUAUAUAUAUAUAUAUAUAUAUAUAUAUAUAUAUAUAUAUAUAUAAACAAGGGGGGGUUGGCUGCACUCACCUGAACAUGCAUAAAUGGGGGUGCUGCUGGGGGCCAGUGUGUGUAUAUGUGUGUGUAUAUAUAUAUAUAUAUAUAUAUACACAUAAAAAAUAUAUAAAAUAAAAAUAAUAAAUACAUUGAAUAAAAAUUAAAAAAAAUUAUAUACCAGUUUUAAUUUGUUCUAACUGUAUUUUGAUAUUAAUAUACGUAUAUAUUAAAUUCAAAAUACAUUUAGAAUGACGAUAUAAAUACGUGUGUAUGUAUGUAUGUGUGUAUAUAUAUAUAUAUAUAUAUAUAUAUUUAAAUUCUACAAAUAUAUUUAUAUAAUAUUUUUACAUAAUCAAGUCGUUUAUUACAAUCUGAGGGACCUGUCCGAACGUCCAGAGAAUUUGGCUCGCAAGCCCUAUAUUUAACCCUGUAAAUUUCCAGGACACCAUAAAACCUGUACGUGGGGGGUACUGUUUUUCCAAGAUGACUUCGCUGAACACAAAUAUUAAUGUUUAAAAACAGUAAAACAUAUCACAACAAUGAUAUCGUCAGUAAAAAUUCAGUUUUUUGCAUUUUUCGUAUACAAACAGUACUUUCACUGACUAUAUUGUUGUGAUACGUUUUACUAUUUUGAAACACUAAUAUUUGUGUUCGGCGAAGUCUCCCGAGUAUAACAGUACCCCCCCCCAUUUAUAGGUUUUAUGGAGUUUUCAAAAGUUACUGAGUCAAAUAUAAGGCUUGAAUUUCCUUUUUUUUUCACAUUGAAAUUAGCCCGAUUGGUUAUGUUUCCUUUGAGACCAUGUGGUAGCCCAGGAAUGAGAAUUACCCCCAUGAUGACGUACCAUUUGCAAGUGGGGUGUGUCCAGUCUUUUCUAGUAGCCACUUAUUUACAACACUGGCCAAAAUUAGCGUUCAAUUUAGUUUUCUGCAUUUUUCACACAAAAAUAUGAGCGCUAACUUUGGACAGUGUUUGUGACGAAGUGGCUACUAGAAAAGACUGCAGAUACCCCAUUUGUAAUACCUUGGGUUGUCUACUUUUGCAAAUGGUAUGUCAUCGUGGGGGUAGUUUUCAUUCCUGGGCUACCAUACAAGGUCUUAAAGGCAACGUAGCCAAUCUGACAAAUUUCAGUGUGUAUAAACUGAAAAGUGUAAUGUGCUAUAUUUGACCCUGUAACUUUCCAAAACACAAUAAAACCUGUACAUUGGGGGUACUGUUUUACCUGUGAGACAUCGCUGAAUAAAAAUGUGUACUUUAUUGCAGUAACAGCUAACAGUAUUGUGACAUUCACAGUUAAAAUGCCAUGCAGAACUAAUUUUUUUUUUUUAAAUUCUUAAUUUCUCAUUUUUAAAAAAUAUUUUAUUCAUAUUAAAUUGUUUAAUAUACAAAUAUUUGAUGUGACAUGAAAGCCCUGUUUCUGCUGAAGAAAAUGAUAUAUGAGAAGUGUGGGUGCACAUAAUAUGAAAGAGGUCAAUUACACCUGAACAGACUUAUAGCGCCAAUUCAAGGUUUUGUUUCCGUUUUGCUUUGAUCACAACUUGUACAAUUGGCUCAGUCCUUAAGGGGUUAAGAAUAACACUGGACUCAAUCAUUACAUUUUUUUAAAAAUUUUUUUAUAGAAAUGCAGACAACAUGAAGUAUUUCUUUAUCCAGGGUUAGUCAGUGUUCCGAAUCCCCAUAUUUCUCUGUGGUACAUAGAUGGAAAAAUAAAGUGACAAAUACAGUGUAAAACUGUGUUAUAAUAAAAACAGUAACUUUAAUAAUAUUGCAUUCACAAAUUUCCAAAUAGUAUAAGGCACAUCAAGAUAUACUUGUAAGAAGGGUCCACAGCAACACGGGAACUUCUCCCGAGCGAUGUUCCUGGUCGUAAGUCACUUAGGAGGUCCCAGCAUGCAGUGGCAGCACUUGGGAAUCCCUGCCUGUUUAGGAAUUUUUCCUGCCUGCUUAAUACCUACGUUUGUGAGUUAAAUCCACCCCCUUUUUAUAUGGUGUUUUAAACUUUAUUAAAAUAUAUGUGAUGUUUAUGUUGUAGAUUUUGUGGUUUAUAUGUGUCAGUGAAGACAGAGAGGACUCUUCUAUCUACAGUUAAUAAGUGGAAAGGGUAAUUUAUUUUAUAUUUCUGUCCCUACUACUACCUUAUCACCAUUGGUGUGUUAUUUUGUAUUACAACCUGAAGUAUUUGUCUUUGGACAGCAGGAAAAAAAGCUAUAUCAUUGGUCCAAACAUAUGAAUUAUUCCAGACAAGCACUGGAGUGACCCAAACAUUGUUUGAAAUGGAAAAACAAACCAAAAAAUUGUCCAAACUGCUACCUUCCAAAUAACAGCUAGCCCACACUAAGGGAACUCCCACAUGCAAGAAACAAAACAAUAGUAAACUAGUAUUCCCCUGAAAAAAAUCGGAGAAAAUUCUCUUCCAUGGAAAAGCAAAUCCGUACAGAAAGAAAUAAUAAAAAAUAUAUAUAAUUUAGUAAAACAAAAUAUUUGCAGUGUGUGAAAAUUAAAAUGGCAGACAUUAAAAGGAAAAAGUUGGGUGAGCAAGGUUCAUUACCUAUAAAUAAGUACCUCAGCUGGCAUUUCCUGUUUAGGUUUUUAUUUUCAUGCUGCUCUAACUUUUAUUUUAUUAAAUUAUGUUUGUGUUUUUUUGCCUUAAGGAGUUUUGUUUGCUAUCAGGGGAAGGUCAACUUAAUAUUUCUUUUUUUUCCUGUGUUUGGGUUGAGAGAUCGGGACUUGUUGUUAUUUAAAGUUUGUUUUUGUUUUUUAGUUUUUUGGGUUUUUUUGCUUUUCGUUUUUAAACUUUUUCUAUCACUCCAGUGUUUCUCCAGAAUAUUUAUCUCUUUAUUUUUGGACCAUUGAUAUUGUGAUCUAUCCAAAAGGAUACAUAACAUCUGCUCAUUAUUAUUCCUGCAAGACGGGGCUAGCUGAAAAUAAAUUACUUUUUAUGCAGAAUUUUGAUUGUAUUGACUUUCAAAAGUUGGUUUCCUUUCAUACUGAUAUAGAUUACACUAUUACUUACUUUGUUUCUCUUAAAAUGGUCAGUAGCAAGCAAAGAAAAUAAAUGUUCAAAAACGAAUAAUCAAGUGCAUUUGUGACGUUCCGCUAUUAUUAGAGAAGCAAAUCAAAACACAAACGUUUUGGAUGUCCUGUAUUUUUACAGUGUAAAAUGCCCUAAUUUUUAUGGUCCGGUAAAUGUAUCCAGAUCCCACAAAAGAGUAAAGAAUAAUGUGUUGCGACAAAUUUCAUAUAGCGUUAUUCACUAAAUUCUCAAUUUUACCGGACUUAAAACCUAAUUGCAAAAUAACUAAUAAAAAAAAAAAUGUCCAGUUCAAUUAUAUUCAAAUUUUUUAACUUUAAUUUCAGUCCUGUGCAAUUCAUUUUUUGUGAAAAGCCUAUGUAACUACAUCAUGUACUACUGCUUACUUUAAGAUAAACAAUUGCAGCCAUGAUGCUUGCUGGAUUGUGUUUGUUCACAUUGUUUAUGUAUAUUUGCUUUUUAUGUGUUUUUUGGGUGUUUUUGUUUUAUUCAUGUCUGUUUAUAUCCAUGCUUGGGAAAAAAAAUGUUCAAACGUGACAGUGGAUGUAUGGUUUGUAAGAGAGAAAGUCAGGGAGAGAUAAGCAGCUUUCAUCUUCUUCCUUUUUUUUUGUUUAAUCUAUGAACUUGCAUAUGCACUUUUUUUAUCCUAGUAUUAUUGCUUUUUUUUUUCUUUUUUUUUUACAAUUGUUAUCAACUGCAAAAUCCUUUGGGAGAAAAAAGCAUUUAGAAAAAUCAGCAAGAGAAAUAAAAAGUGGUGGAAAGAAGGGGGCGUGGCUUAGCGGCGAAUGAGAGCGGUCGCCUGAGCACGGAGCUCUCCCGCCGACGGGUGCAACAGCGUGGAAAUACAGCGUUUCAACACCGGCAACCGAGCCCAAAACGAGGGUACGCCUUCAUAACAACAUGUCCACUAAAAUCGCCAAAAAAUUCAAGCAGAAAACGCUCCAGUUACAAGUGGCAGCGUCGCCGAAAAGUGCAACAGAAGAACAAAAUGGCGCCGGCCGACCUCAAUCCCCAGCUGCGUGUACAACAGUGGGUGAGCUUACUCACACUACAGACAGCAUGCAAACUCCGGUCACCAAUGCCUCUGCAUAACAUGCUUUCAGGCUUUCAAAACACCUUUAAAACAGAUUUACAGCAAGUUGCUGCAGAAAUCAGGGCAGACAUCCAAACAAUGGGUGAAAGAACAGCUCGCCUGGAGGAACAGGCAGAGGAAAUAAUUGACGCACAUAAUGGUCUAUCUGAAGCCCACACAGCACUAAGUGAGAAAGUUCAACGCCUAGAAGCUAAAAUUGCAGACCACGAAGAUAGAGACCGACGUAAUAACAUACGGAUCCGGGGAAUACCAGAGUCUAUCAGUCCCCAGGAGCUGACCCAAUAUGUGCAAGAUCUCUUUAAGGCAUAUGUCCCUACUCUGAUUGACAGCGAAUUACUUCUGGACAGAACACACCGUCUCCCCAAACCUAAGCACCUACCAACAACAACACCGAGAGAUGUUAUUACGCGCAUACAUUAUUUUACCACAAAAGAACGCAUUAUGCAAGCAUCCAGACGCCAGGCCCAACCUCCAGGUCAAUUCUCCCAAGUUAAACUAUUUAUUGAUUUAUCCUCUGCAACCAUGAUCAAAAGGCGCUCCUUUGCGCAUAUCACAGCGGCCCUAAGGGCAGCGGAGGUGCAAUAUAAAUGGGGCUUCCCGACUAAAUUGCUGGUCAAACGUAAUGGCAUAGAAUGCCCGAUCCUCGAUCCGGAAUUGGGCAAGAAACAGCUGCAAGAAUGGAACAUUCCUCUACCCGAGGUCCACCUCCAAUCCACAGAAAGCGGAUCUGCAAUCAAACUACACAACGAGUGGCAGAAAAGACCACGCUCCACGGGCACACACAGCUACAACAAGAAGAUCCAGGACACCUAACUGCCCGUGGACUGUACUACAUGUAUAAAGGACAGGUCGUAUGCAUAAAAUGCACUCACACCUACCCCUCCUUUAGUUUACCAUGCCGGACUCAUAGCUUACUCGCACCUGUCGAGAGCUAACCUAAGACAUUUAGCAACCGUUUUACCGUUGUUGCUUUUAAAACCGGUAUACAGAAUUCUUUACCCACCCCCAAGUGGCUGCAAUUCAGAGCCACUAGAGAAUCCGUUAUACUCGACACUGCACUACCGGGGCGCAGUGAACGGAAUAAUGUAUAUAGUUGACUUACGGUCCAAUUGUUCUAUUGCUUUUUUUUCCUUUUCCAUAUUAUUUUCUUUAAAAAUCAGACCCACGGAUAAUAAGUCCCAUACCACUACCACCAGCUGGCACCAUCCUAAUGGUUAUGCUACCAGAAUGAAGCCACAACCAAACCCACCACCUAGAUGGCACUCAAAAUAUGCUCCCUGAAUGCCAAGGGGUUAAACUCCCCUCAUAAACGCCGCUUAGCCUUACGCGAAGCCAAAUCACUAGGUGCCCACGUAAUGCUAUACCAAGAAACACAUUUCUUGUGGAGUAAACGACCGAAAUUUAAUUCCCCGCAGUAUCCUAUAGAUUUCCACUCCUGCUACUCCGCAAAAAAGAGAGGAGUAUCUAUCCUCAUCAGUAAAGAGGUAGCCUUCUCCUUAAUACGCAAAAUCGGGGAUAAACAGGGACGCUAUCUUAUUCUACAAUGCUCUUUGAAUAAUAAUGUAUACACUAUAAUUAAUGUUUAUGGUCCUAAUGCUAACCAAGGUGAUUUUGUCGAUGCUUUGAUGGGAUUGAUGUCUGCUCACUCGCUAGGGGAUGUAAUAAUUGGGGGUGACACGAACUUCUUGUUAGAUAGCGACUUAGACUCUUCGGGAGGCUCGAACCUGACCGCACAAACACUAAAGAGCAGAUCCAAACUGACCACGGCAAUACGCAACAAACUAAAUGCACACAACCUCGUAGAUCCGUGGCGAAUUACUCAUCCCACGGAAAGGGACUAUACAUGUCACACCGCAGCUCACAAUAGCUACUCAAGAAUUGAUAGAUUCCUAUUACACUCUACCUCCCUUAUGAAAGUUGAACGUACUGAUAUAGGAUUAAUCACUUGGUCCGAUCAUGCCCCUAUUACGUUACAUUUCAGAGAACAAUUCCCAAACUCAGGAAGGACCAACUGGAGACUAAAUGAACGACUACUAACAGACCCUGACAUAGUUAAACAAAUAGAACGAGAUCUACAGUUUUAUUUUAAAGAGAACAAAACUCCGGACUCUCCUCUCCCCCAAAUCUGGCUGGCACACAAGGCCUUCAUAAGAGGCUGUUUGAUAAAGCAUGCUAGCUUUGCAAAAAAAAAAGAGGCUCGAAGCAUACACGGCCAUACUUUCCGAAUUAACCGUUCUAACCCACGCGAACAAGCACUCCCCCACGACAACCAUCCACACUAAAUUAUUAUCAUUACAAUCACAACUACGGGAUCUAGAAUUGGAAAAAACGACUUUCCUCACACAUAGGUACAAGCAUGGCUUUUUUGCAGCUGGCAAUAAAGCUGGAGCCAAGCUGGCCGCCCAAUUAAAACAGAGGGCUGCUAGCUCCAAGAUCGCAUCCAUCAAAAAUUCCAAAGGCGCCACCAUCCUAGACCCAAAAGGAAUAGUAGACGAAUUCGCACACUAUUAUGAAAAACUUUACAAUCUGAAAGAUGACCAACAGUCCAUUUGCCCCUCCAAAGCAGACAUUGAAACCUUCCUAUUGGGAAUGGACCUUCCAACUCUAUCUACUGCAGACGCAGAACAGCUUGAUAAGCCUUUCACAUUAGAGGAGAUCACUUCAGUGGUCUCUACACUUCCACCACACAAAUCCCCAGGUCCUGAUGGUCUAUCUAAUAUAUAUUACCGUACCUUCCUACCAACGCUAAUUCAGCCUCUACAGGCAAUAUUCAAUCAUUGCAAGAGGGAAGGAGCAUUGCCAGAAGAAGUUACAAUGGCACACGUAUCCGCACUCCCUAAGCCAGGCAAAAGCAAAGACCAUUGUAAAAACUUCAGGCCCAUUUCACUGCUUAAUAGUGAUGCCAAAAUAUAUGCAAAACUGUUCAGCGAAAGGCUAGCACCGCUCCUACAAAAAUUAGUUCACAAUGACCAGUCGGGAUUCGUGAGGGGUAGACAGGGCUCCGACAACUCGAGGACAAUACUAAAUAUCAUAGCGGGGAUGGAGAAGGGGCGCCUCGAGGGUCUUUUCCUAGCGCUAGACGCUGAAAAGGCCUUCGAUAGGCUAAACUGGCAGUACAUGACAGAGGUUCUGCGCAAAUACCAAUUCCCCGAAGGGGCUAUAAGAGGGAUAAUGGCGCUCUACGCGAAACCCAGUGCUAGAGUCUCUCAUGGAGGCUUCCUGUCGCGAAUCUUUCACAUUACAAAUGGGACACGCCAGGGAUGCCCAUUGUCCCCCCUACUAUACAUCCUUUCCCUAGAACCAUUAGCUUGGAAGAUAAGACAACACCAAUCCAUAUCCGGCAUCAAACUGAGAGACAGGGAAUACUGUCUGGCGAUGUUCGCGGCAUCUUUGUCUCUCUAUCACACCCUGAAAAAUCACUACCCCAACUGCUGACAUUACUGACCGACUACGGUACAGUUUCUUACUACCGCCUCAACAAAGAAAAAACACAAGCCUUACCGAUCAAUUUGCCAGGCCCGACCGUGACUGCACUUAAAAACUCCUUUGACCUAGAUUGGAGAACGACAUCCAUAACAUACCUAGGAGUUACGAUCGCCACCCCAAUUAGCAACAUCAUAAAACUCAAUUACAAACCCCUCAUACAUAUGUGUAUUACAGAAUUACACAAAUGGAAGAACGCAAAAAUGUCAUGGCUAGGCCGUGUAAAUGCUUAUAAGAUGAUGCUCCUACCGAAGUUACUGUAUAUAUUCCGCAUGCUCACAAUAGAGGUCCCAACUGAAAUUUUUAAAGUACUGCAAGCCACAUGUAGCUCCUUCAUUUGGGGAGGCAAAAGACCCAGGUUACCCCUGGGCCUUUUACAGCAGACGACAAAGAUGGGAGGAAUAGGACUACCUAACAUUGGACUUUAUUACAAAGCCUCUCUACUUGCAACGAACAUACACCUACACGCCCAACGAGGAACAACACAGUGGGUAGAUAUGGAACAAGACCAGCUCCAGCACACAUCCCUAACUAAUUACAUGUGGACACCACACUCUCUAAGAGGCCCUAAAGUAGAGCUAUACCCCACCACGAGCGCAUCACUCAGAGUAUGGGAUAACUACAUGUCCUCCCUAGGCUGGAAGAAGCUCUUCCAUCCAGAAGCUCCCUUAACCGCACUGCAAGCGGUGAACCCCACGAUCCCACUGGCUAGAUGGACGCGUUUGGGCAUAUCCCAAAUUCCUAAAAUGGUAAAGGUCAACAAGUCAUGGACUUCCCCGAUAUUCAAGCCAAAUGGGGAAUCCCAGAAAAGGAUAUCUUCCCCUACUUACAGCUAAAACACACUAUUACAGCCCACGUUCAGACUGCAUCACCCACUAUACCUGCCACUAAGAUUGCAGCCAGAUUAAUACCUCACAGAUGCUGGACUGCCCCAAUGAAACCCAAAGCCCUCUCACUUUGCUAUAAGGCAUUACUAGAAUUAGCCCCACAGAAACCACUGACAUGCAAACAACAUUGGGAAUCAGAGAGGGGAACCGCAUUAACAGAGGAGGAGUGGCUUAUUGCCCUAAAUGGGAUUAAAAAAUGGACCAAGUGCUAUUCACAUAUUGAAGCGCACCGCAAAUUGCUUUAUAGGUGGUAUAUGACCCCCGAUAGACUACACAAAAUAUACCCAGAUGUCUCACCCAAAUGUUGGAGAUGCGAGGUAGAGGAAGGGACUCUGCCACACGUAUGGUGGAAUUGUGGGGGGAUACAACCGCUUUGGGGAGAUGUUCAGACUCUACUAAAAGAACUCGCAAUCCCCAACUUCCCCAUGGACAUCACGUCCUGCUUGCUAUUGCGAUUCCCCGAAAACACACACCAGAUCCACAUCCAACUAGUAGGAAUAAUCCUCAUGGCUGCCAGACACCUAAUUGCCUUAAAUUGGAAAUCACACAGGUGCCCGAAUAAACAACAACUAAUAGACAAAGUCCAACAAUUCUAUAUAUAUGAGAAAAUGUCCACUGAGACCGCUAAGGCCACAGAUAGACUUAGAGAUGUAUGGGAAGUUUGGAAUAAGUGGUACAGGGGAGGGAAGGGGAACUAAAGAAGGAUUGGAGCACGAUAGGGACUUUCAUACAAUGACAUGAAACGACAUAGGUAACAGCGUUCAAUAUGAAUUUCCGUGGUUGUCGGAAACUUUGUUUGUGUAAAUACAUUUGUUGAGUUAAUAUUGCAUGAGACCACAUAUCAUACUGAAGGAAGAAUAGACCACCAAGUGAAAUGAGAGUGAAAUGUUAACGUGAGCAUUUAAACAGAUGCAAACAGUGUGUUACUUUACGUUACUUUAUUAACUACUGUUAAAACAAAACCUCUUGUCUAUUGCAUACUCAGUUAUGUUUGUUAUGUGAAUCAACUAUGUACUGGAUUCAUAACCUUGAAAACCUUCAAUAAAAACUAAGUAUAAAAAAAAAAAAAAGUGGUGGAAAGAUGGCUAUUUUGUCGUUUUACAGAAAUGGCAGACAAAAAGGUGUGAAUGUGUAAAGGACAAGGUAAACUGACUGAUACAUAAGAUGGCUCGUGCAUAUGUGAAAGCAAACAACAAUGUUUCUACAUAAGCCCCCGUUUUUUUAAUUAGUCCACAGUGGUAUCAUUGUGUUGCUUAAACAGUAAUAUCCAAUAUUUAGCACUAAAACUGUGUGAAGUUUUACAACUAAACCAUUUAUAUAAGGUAAGGGAAUAAUUAUGAGCAUUGUUUAGACUAGUCCCAGAUCUGAGGACCUGCAUAUACAGACUUAUAUUUGUGGCCACCAAUAUGGAUAUUCUCAUGUCCUCUGACAACCUCUGACUUACAUCUUGCUUGCAGGGGGACCUGAGAAUAGGUAUGACAAAUGAUUGAUUUAGUUUGAACAAUGAAGUUGGAAGUCAAACAGAGAAUUCCUGCGGUUAGCACUGAUGAGAGUCUGAUCAAGUGUUAGAAUGACAGGCGUGCAUUCCCUGAUUGUUUUGUUUUACGUCUGUGAAAAUAUAAAUCUGCCAGUCUACAUUCUCAUCCUUGCAGGGGAUAAUUACCAGCUUUAUUCAUGGACCAUUACUGCUUGUAAUUCGUGUUGGCAGAGCCAGGUGUGUGUCUGGCGAUGGAAUCCUUAUCUAUCUGCAAUGUAAUACCUUGCCCACUUGGAACAUAAACAAGACUUAUAAGCCUGACCAUUCCACAGUGCAAAAUGUAUUCUGUUACACAGCUUUUUUUGGUGAUCUCUAUUUGGAGAUCAUGACUCUGCCAUUGGGCCAGUGCAUGAACAUAUCACAAUAUACAACAGCCUGUAAUAAAUUUUCUUUCCUAAUGCAAAAUCAUCUUUUAAGACCUAAAAUCUACAUGUUCUACAAUACUGGCACAAAAGCUGACUAAGCUCCGCAGAACUUGAUUCUAUUGCAUUACUUUCGAGGAGUUGAUUUUAAAUUUUUUAUUUUUUAUUUUGGUGUUUGAUUGCUCUGACACAUCUCAUGUGUCACUUGGAAGGGAUAACUUGUGCAAUCCAAUAUUUAGCAGCUUUUGCUUUGGAUGGGCCUGCAGUGCUGUAUAUUUCUAGAAAGGUCUUCUGAUGUUAUCAUUUUAAACAGAUUAAGCGUAAUCUGAGAUUAUUAACUUCUACUCUAUCAUAAGAAACCAAUAGAAUGCAGUGAUUGGGGUGAGAGGUCUAAUGUUAUAAAUGGCAGGGAUAUUUCAGAAUUCUUCUCUAAAUAUGGAAUUAUUUCUCUGUUUACCUCUAUCAUUGCAUAUCUUCAAUGUUAUUGCCAGCAAUUUGGAGUACCAUUCAGAGCUGGAUAGAUGUGGAUUGAUAUUAUCUCAGAAUGUGUUUAUUAAAGGGAAUAUGCAUAUUUAAAAUAAUUUUUUAAUACAAUGCAACCUUUUCUAACCAUGGGUACCGUUAAACUUGUUUGUUGGUUUAGCAAUCUGAGUCCUAGAAAUUUCAUUCCUGUUUUUGAUGAAGGGAAACUUGUUUGGCUUGCAGCCAUAGGAAAUCUCCCCAGAGCCUCCGUCAAUAAUUUUUAAGAAUAUUGGGGAUUUCAGCUGAGCAAGGAUUCUAGCACAUACAAAAACCCAUUUAGGGUGUAAGCUCACAUAAGCAGGACACCUAUUAUCUUAUCUUAUUGUGCAUCAAAGUGUGCUGCUGGAAAUCAUUACAAAAGGUCAAAGUAAAAUCUUUUUAUUGAAAGGGUGAUUAGAAUACAACUUAUUAAAAUAAAAUAUAGAUUUAGUAUCGCACAAUUGAAUAUCCUAUUUUCUAUAUAUAUAUAUAUAUAUAUAUAUAUAUAUAUAUAUAUAUAUAUAUAUAUAUAUAUAUAUAUAUAUAUAUAUAUAUAUAUAUAUAUACUCUCCAUUGAGGUCACAUGUAGCAGUCAGGAGUUUCCGGGUUGUUUUCGUUAUUACUUUUAUUAUUUAUAAGGCACUGAAAUAUGCCACAACAGAACUAUUGCCUGAUCGUGUUUGUUUAUCAUGGUGUGUACUUUAACCAAAGUAGUUUAUUUAUUUUUUGUAUAUUUGUUUUAGACAGUCUUUCAUAAAAUUAACUCUUUUUGCAUGUCUUUGACGUGUAUAGAAAUUACAAAUAAUAUAAACAGUACAUUAACUGGUGAUUGAAUAUUAUGGCUUUCCGGGAAUGCCAACCUCUACAAUGUAAUAGGAACAUUCCAAGCCAGACAUUUUUGUAAUGCACACUGUAAAUAAAUAAUACAUAAAAAUAUGCACAACUCUGACAUUCAUGCUUGUUUGCUGCAAAUUGACAGUUUCUGCAGUGAGCUCUAAGCAGGCAAAUAGCAGUUGAAUAUAGGGGAUUAUAGUUAUCAAAACCGAUUUUAUUGGAAUACAAUAUUCUACUUGGUAAAAUAACUAUUAUUUUCUGUUGAUCUUCAUUACAUGAGUAUGUGGAGUAUGUGCCUGAAAGUAUAAUAUCCAUUUACCAGUGCUCCAGGCCUGCCUCAUAAAGUGUGUUCCAUCUGCAACUAAAGGAGAUAUGACAGAUAUGUCCCUAUGACAGAAUUCUGUAAAGGUUUCCAAUUUGCUACAAACAGUACCAUAUUAAUUUGGCAGAGGUGAUUGUGCUUUGGUGUUGAUAAGGGUGGUAUUCGUUUUCCCAUACUAUAUACAAGUGAACGGUUCAAACCAGUGGUGGUCUUCUAAUUUAUUUAUUUUUAACAUGAAUUGCCUUUGUAAGUUGAAUAUAUUGUUUGUCACAGUACUUUUCCUUAUAGUUUAUAAUUUGGCAUUCAAGUUGUGCAGCUCAGAUGUCUUUGGGUGUCCUUGACCAAGAUUGUGUUCCUAUGAGCAUUAGUCAUCUGAUGACCCAUUUUAAGUAUAUUUGAGUUUUUCUAAGGUACUUUGGGGUUCCACAAAGGUGGGGUAGACCAAAUUUAACUUAAAUAGGCAUGAUAGUCACCAAAACAACUUUAGCUUAAUGAAGCAGUCUUUGUGUAUAGUUUAUGCCCCUGCAAUCUCACUGCUCAAUUCUUUCGCAAUUUAGGAGUUACAUCACUGUUUUGGUUUAUCCAGCCCUGGCUACACAUUGGCUGACUGUGACUGACAUAGUCUGCAUUAAAAGAAAAUAGAUACAUUUUUGAACAGUUGUAACUUUAAAAUAUUUUAUCCCCUGCUCUAUUAAUUGAACUUUAAUUACAUACAGGAGGCUUCUGCAGGGUCUAGCAAGCUAUUAACCGAACAGGAGAUAAGAAAUUCCAUAUUAAACACAAUUUGCAAUAAAGGUAAAGUAAGUAAACAUUAGAUGACUCUUUACAGGAGCUGUUUAGGAAGGCUGUGUGAGUCACAUGCAGGGAGGUGUGACUAGGGCUGUCUAAACAAAGUCAUUUAACUCCUAAAUGGCAGAGAAAGGAGCAGUGACACUUCAGGGGCAUGAUCUAUAAACCAAAACUGAUUAAGCUAAAGUUGUUUUGGUUCCUAUAGCAUCCCUUUCACUGCAUCUAGAGUUUAAAAUAGCUAGAGAUCUUAAAAAAAAUAGGCCUAUUUGUGUAUGAUUUGGCCUAAAGAUCCAUAUAAUUUUUAAAAGGCCAAUUUCAAUAAGAUAAGUGUGCAGUUUUACAAUGCAUUGACUGGCAUAAACUCUUUAGUUGGAAGACAAAAAAUGGAAUCGGACAGCCACUAAAGGCACUUCCUGGAUGUUAAAGGACUCCAGGUUGCCUAAAUGACAUUGGAUGUCUUCGCGCUCUGCAUUUGUCCCCCUUGUCGGAGGAGGCAGAGCCCAAACACAGUGCUGAGAGAGAUUGACGCUGGAAUCUUAUUUGCAUUCCUAAUACUACAGAUCCUUUUAAUGUAAACCAAGUCCAAGAGCCAGAUGGUAUUCACAUAUGAGUACUUAAAGGACCACUAUAGGCACCCAGACCACUUCAGCUCAAGGAAGUGGUUUGGGUGCCAGGUCCCUCUAGUUUUAACCCUGUAGCUGAAAACUUAGUGGCUGUCUCAGGUCAAUCCAGCCUCUAGUGACGUCCAUAGGAAUGCAUUGAGUAAAGCUUUCCUAUGGGCGGUUUGAAUGCGCACGCAGCUCUUGCCACUCAUGUGCAUUCGGAUCUGAUGUCGAGGGGGAGGGGAGAGGGGUCAGCAGUGCCGAGGGGGGCCCUGAGGGAAACUAAUUACCCUAUAGUGGCAGGAAAACUAGUUUGUUUUCCUGGCACUAUAGUGGUCCUUUAAGAAGCUAGUGUCAGGAUCUUACCUGAGGUGGGAGUCUGUAGCGCAGAUAUGUUUGGUCACCCUUGCAAAGAGACACAGUCUAAAGUGACCAGGGAAGAAGCCACCUGGACUGUGAAUCUGUGCACGGGGGCUGUGCAGGCAAAGUGUUCCAAAGCAGUACCGACAAGGUCACAAAUAGCAGGAUAGUCGAGGGAUAGCCAAAAUCAAAGGAUACCAGAGGUCAGGAUAAACAAAGUGUAGAAGCCGGGGUCAAUAUGGAAUACAAGUGGAGACUAGACAACAGGAACUGAACACAUACACCAAUAUCAAAGACUUAAUAAUGUUCUCAGGGAGGGCAGUUUAAAUACCCAGCAGAUGAAUGAUCAGUCUCAGAAGCACAGCAAUGGCCAUAGAAUGAGUCCAGCCCCUAGUGCUGCAGAUAUAGCCAGGAAUAAUAGGGCUAGAGCAGCUUGAAGGAGUCAGAGCCACUGCUGUGGCCCGAAGGCAGAUAGCAGGCCCAGGACAGCAAAUUACCCAGGUUCGAAUCCCCUGUUGGGCACUUAUAGAGCGGCCACGUCUGGAUGUCUCUAUUAUGCCUUUAGCAAAAAUCAGCAUCAUAUCAAAUUAAAUUGCAUUUUAUGAAGAAGUAGAAGUAUAGAUUAGGAUGUUGAACUGGAUAUUAUAUACAUGAAUAUUUUAAAUUGAAAACUAUCUUAAGAUGGAUUUUUCCUCGAAAAAGAAUGUUAACAGAAAUCAGGCAACAAUGUGCAGUGUCAAUCAGUAAGUUAUUGUCGUGCAUAAAAAAGGGGCAUUAGUUCUCGGGAUGAAAAUAUAAUUUUGACUCUUUAGAAAUCAACUAGAAGACAUCUUGAAUUUUCCAUGCUAUUUUGGGCACCUGCUCAAAGGAUGAAUAUUAUGGCACUAGAAAAGUCCAGAGGUGUGCUACAAAAUUAAUAAGAAGAAUGGAAGAUUGUAGUUAUGAAGAAAGACCUACAUUUAAAUCCAUUUUCGUUUAGAAAAACUGUGCCUUAGAGUGGAUCUGAUAGCAUCAUACAAAUAUAUUCGGGUCCAAUACGAACUAUUGUCUGGAAAUCCAUUCAUAAACAGGACUCUUUCUCAGACACAAAGUCAAGCAUUUAGACUGGAAGAAAGGAGAUUUAGUAUAAACAAAUGAGGUAGUUUGUCAGUCUAUGCAGAAUUAUAAAGAACAACUGGAUCAAUUAUUGCAAAAACGUAAUAUUAAGGGGUAUAACUUUUUAACAUGUGGGUUAACAGCUUCUUGAUACAAGAUUGGGCUGCCAUUCUGGGGUCAAAAAGGACUUUUUGCUUAAUUUGUUGCACAAUUGGAAAGCACUUCAACAUCAAGAGACCACAGACCAACGAUUUGCGGCUCUUGAAGACCUCAGACGCCGUAAUAACUUGAAAACACCAGGCGUCCCCGACGACAUACCGGCGGAGAAACUCCCGCACCUCGGGCUUAUCAGAGCUCUGCUAAUGCUGAAACAGGCUGAGAAUGCAAGUUUUUAGGCGGUCUUCCAGGUCCCCAAACCACGGGGAGCCCAAGCUACGGCCUCAAGGGAUCUAGUGGUGAGAUUUCGCUCUGGCGCAGACAAAGCAGCUUUUCUUGCGGCCCUUAAAGGGAAGACUCCCUACAGUUUUGAAAAUUAAAAUCUUACCUUUUAGGCUGACUUGUCAGGGGAAACCCUGCAAUGGCGACGGUCCCAAAUGUUCACGGUGCUCCUGAGGCAGAACAACAUCCUGCCAAUGGCGCUCACCAAAUGAAAGAACAGUCUGACCCACACAGUUACAGACCUGAGGGAGCUGCGACGCUGCUGCCAACACUCUGCCUACCAGAGUGUUCUGUUACUCCUUCCGUGCAACUGGGAACAAACACCGCGGGGGACCCAGCAAGGAUCACACCAUUCUUGCCUUAAAGACAACUGCCAGAGGCUUACGCAGCAGCCCCAACUUGAACCAAUGGACUCACUCCAUACUGCCUCAUCUACCGUCCUCAGGAUAUACCCCAGUUGCGAUUCGAAGUUAUUUAUGAAUAUUUUUUUGACCCCGACUUUAGACUUUAUUUUCCGUCCUUGAAGCACCCCAGUCACACCUGAAACAGGCCGAGAAUGCAAGUUUUGAGGCGGUCUUCUAGGUCCCCAAACCACGGAGAGCCUGCUGGGUCCCAGCGGUGUUUGUUCCACUGCGCCACGUUCCUGGACUACUGGCCCAACUAUGAAGACCUCAGUACCUAAGCCUAAAUCUGCGGUCUAAUGUUGUAUAUGUUUUACCACUCCACUUGUCUAGCCGCACGUAGGCAUACUCUACAUCAUACUCCAAGACUCUCAGCCUUACAAUAGCGGCCUCAGUAUCUGUACUCUCCUAUGCGGUUCAAAGUUAUCUGUUUUUAUUUUGCUCAGCCAAACCCAGACACACAUUGCAUCAAGUUAUGAGACUCUCGGCCAAAAAAUAACUGCCUCUGUAUCUGUCCUUACCUAUGUGGCUCAACGUGAUAGCCAUUUUUCCUAAAGCUUUAUUUGCCCAGCCACACCUUUGCACUCGUUCCCUUAUAUUCCGAGACUCCCCUAUAAUUGCCUUAGUUUCUUUGCUUAAACAUAUGGUUCAAAGUUAUAUAUGUUUUUGUUAUUUUAUGUAUAUUUCUUGGUGACAACCCCUUACUAUUUACCACCACAGACGAGACUAUGCAGACACCCCAACCUUGCCCAUUGACAUACAAAGGUCCUCCUUCCCCCACCUCCAAGUCUAGACCAGACACGACUUUAAACGUUACAAGAUUCUGGACGUGCACAAACGAAUACAGUUAGACACAGAACCGGGACGAGCAACGCUACCUAUGCGGCCUGGAUACUGGCAUAGGACGCAUAAAACUAGCUGGAGACACACACAACUCCCACGAGAGAUGCCCAAGCUAGGGACCAUUCCCUUGAUAGUCCUUACACAUUUCCGCCUACGGGAUGCAGAUAACCCACAGGUUAAAACUACUUGCAUGACAGACUACCUGGGAACAAGAACCAAUUAUGACCACCCGACAUAGACCAUAAGGCACUCAUAAUAAAAAACAAAAAACCUGCUCCCAAGCACCACACCCACGCAAGAGACAGUAUAGUCACGUGUACACUACGAUGCUUGUACUGAAUAAGUAUGUCUGUAUCAUUAUUAUUCCCGCUAACCCACUCAUGCUGGUGAGCCAGUCAAAAAUAAAGAAUUUGAAAAAAAAUUGGAAAGUACCCGUAUAUACUCGUGUAUAAGUCGAUCUCAUGUAUAAGUCGAGUGCAGUUUUGUGACCAACAAUUGUGAAAUAUGCUAUGCCUCGUGGAUAAGUCGAGGGUAAAACUUGGGGCUAUGAAAUUCUGUGAUUUUUAUAAUUAUAUACACACACACUCAUACAAACACACACUCUGCAUUAAACACACACACUUAUACAAACACACUCUGCAUUAUAUAUACACACACACACUCAUACAAACACACACUCUGCAUUAUAUACACACACUCUGUGUAUAUAAUGCAGAGUGUGUGUUAGUGUAGUGUGUGUGAACUGGGUGGGGGGAGGGCAUUUUUAUUUAAAUUUUUUUUAUUUUAAUAUUAUUAUUUUUUUAUUAUUUUAAUUUUUUGUCCCCCUUCCCUGCUUGUUAACUGGUCAGGGAGGGGGGCUAUCUUAAUCCCUGGUGGUCCAGUGGCAUGGGCUGUGAAGUGGGGGGGCCGGCAGGAAGCAUUUACUUACCUUUCCUACAGCUCCUGUCAGCUCCCUUCUCCUCCGUUCCGGUCAGCUCCACUUUAAGUCUUGCGGUCUGGUUGCCGCGGGAUCGUUGCCAUGGCUCUGACGGCCGCAGCUCUCUAAUUUGCUAUAAUACAGACAGUGACUCGAGUAUAAGUCGAGUGGGGGUUUUUAAGCACAAAAAAUGUGCUGAAAAACUAGACUUAUACUCGAGUAUAUACUGUACUUCAAACACUUUUUUUUUCAUUUUUGUCUUCUUUUGGAUCAAAAGCAAAAACACAUGUGAGGCUGAACUUGAUGGACAUGAGUCUUAUUUCAGCUUAUAUAACCAUGUAAUCUUUGCUGUGCUUGUUUGGCCCUUUACCCAGUCAGAGAUGGGGAAAACCACAUAACCUUACAUUUUUUUCAGUUCUCCUCUCAGCCCAAUCCUUCUCUGCUCACAUCACUCCCCAUUGCUGCUGGGAUAGGAAUGUGGGGAGAAUGGGCAGAAGCCAGAUUUGUUCUAGGCUGCUAAUGAUGCCUAACUAAUGCUGCUGGAGGUGCUUACACCUCUGGCAGCAGAGGGAAUUAAACUCUAUAUGUGCUGAAUUUCAUUAAAAAACACUGCAUUUACAGACCCCAGAUACCAUUACAACUUCAAAUCACCAAAGUGGUCAUGGUGCUUAGAGUGACCUUUUAACCAACUAAGAGUUACUACUCCACUUAAUGCCACAUCUCUGGUGAAACUGACAUUUUCUAUCCCUUUCCUUUUUUUAUUUUAAAGCUUUGUUUAACGAUGUCAAGAUUGUAGUGAAACCGUAUUGAUCUAUUUGGUAGAGCAAAUGUUAUUUCUUUAUAUGUAUUCUCUAUUUUAUUAGGCAGAAAUCUGUAGAGGUACACCAGGAGCUGGUGUGAAUACCAUUGUUUGCAGUAGCUGAGAAUCACCCAGGGCUUUAUGUGCAGGAAAACUUGUUACCAAUGUAGAGACUUGGUGACGCCAUUUACACUGUACAUGUUCAGCUGCCUGGGUGUAUUGUUGCAGGCUUAAUCUGUGAGUUGAAAGUUUGAUAGCUAGCAUACAGAACAGGAACGUUGUUUAGCUUGGCAUGAUCAUGAGAACAUACCAUCAGGUCCUUUUGUGAAGCACAUUCUAAAAAUAGCUGCCAUCGACAUUUGCUAUAUACAAUGUUAAUCAGUAUUUUACCGUAAAGGAUACAUUAAUAUUUUAAUUUUGUUUUGUUUUUGCUUUUGUUUUUUUAUUUCUUUACUUGGUUUGGACACUUUACAGUACAUAAUAUGACAAAAGAUAAAUGAAAUGUGACAGUUCCAAUUUUACAUUGUAUAUAAAAAGAAGAAAGAAAAAAUUAAAAUAAUGUACGUAAAGGCACAUAGUAAAGCAAUGUAAAGAGUGAUUAUGUUUUAAAUUAUGGCUACAGUGUUAUUAUUUUUGGAAUUUAUAUAGUGCCAACAACCUUUACAACACUUUGCAAUAUUAUAUAAGGGGAUAUUUAAAAAUGAAUGAGACCAUCACACAAUGUUACAGGAACAAUAGGUUGAUGAGUCCCAUUGUACAGUGCUAUGGAAUUUGUUGGCGCUAUAUAAAUAAUAAAAAAAUAAUAAUAAUAAUGAGGACCCUGUCCAAACAAGGAGGAGUUGGGGUUCAAAAAUAUAAGAGGGAAUGCAUCAAGAGGGAUAGCAAUCAAACAACAAGGAGGGAAAGUAGCAGAGCUGUGGAGUGUGGCACUUUAGGAGAGAGCAAGAGACAAGUUUAUGAAAUAGCAGUUACUCAGGGAUGCUAUUGGCAUUUCUAAAUAGAUGGGUUUUGAGGGACUUCUAAAAUAAUAGAAGACUUUUUGAAAAUCUGCAGGCUGGUCCAAAGGAAAGGAGCUGUCUGUAAGAAGUCCUGUAAGUGCAAAUUAGCAGUAAGGGUUCUAACAUUAGACAGAAGAAGAUCACCAGCAGAGUGGAGAGACAGAGAAGGGUCAUACCUACAAAUUAGUGAAGAAAUGUAAGAAGGGCUAGAGUUGUUUAGCACUUAAUGGGUAAGGCUUAGUAUUUUCAAUUGAUUCCUAUAGGAUACAGGAAGCCAAUGUACUGAAUGGUAAAGUGUGAAAGAAGCAAUAGGAUAGAAAAAUCAGGCAGGUGGCAUCAUUCAUAUAUAUAUAAAUAUGGCUGCAGAAAAUCUGAAAAUGAAAAGAGAGAAAUUUUCAUGUUAUUACUUUUUAUGUUCCUUUUGGAUGAUGCAGGAGGCGAGAUGUGGAGCCAGCAUUCUGCUAAUGCCAUUUGGGCAGUGACUACAGUUUUGAAUGACCCCCGGUGCCCUGGAGGACUCUUAACCCCCUAGAUUAGACACCUAUAUGUGCUUGUCCAACACACACAAUUUUAUUUGUGUAUUCUUAAUUUUAAUGUGGAAUAGUGUUGAAUGCAUAACACCAUUAAAUCUCAGUUGAUUACAUUAAAUUCAUAUGCAGUAUUAGAACAUAUUGUAACUUAGCAGAGGAAUGUACUUCAUCGUGACCUGCUUCAGAUAGUGUUGGCAUUUCAGGAAUUAGUAUGACCAGGCUUAUUUGUGACAUUGCGACUAAACAUUCUGUCCAUGGUAUUUGACAGACAAUUAGAAUAAAUCUAUCCAAUCCACUCACAGAAGAUAUUUUAUCAUCAUGGUUGGUACAGAGCUGCCUUAUCUGUAAAAUCACAGUGAGCUUCUCCACACCAGAACUGUUGUGACAUGUGGAGUUCUGCAGGGAUCUCAUAAUUUGAACAAAAAAGGACUACUUGUUAUAUAGAGGGAAAGUUUACUUAUUGAUUAAAAUAACAGUAAGGAUAAUAAAACCACUUUAUUUAUUCAGCAUAUAAUCAUGAGUCUACAUAAAAAGAAAAAACAUCCAUGCACAUACAUAAUAAACAAUUUACAUGUACAUAACCGGGUAAAGCCUUUCUUUAAUUUUGCAAUAAUGCAAACAAGUCUGUAAUAAUAUAUAUGAACCCAUACUUCUAAACCUUCCUGGUUUUGGUUUUCUCAAAUUCAGGCUCAUUUUAGUUUCCUCUGCUUGGUCUGUGCCUAUAGACUGUUUAUUAGGUAGUGCGCUAAGUAGUUGCCCUUUAGUUUGGCAAUUACCCAUAAGGGUGUCAAUUUUAUUUAGGGAGUUAUCUACUAAACUGCUGAAAAAUCAAAAGAAAUUUUAUUUUUAUUUUGCUCUUUUUGCUGCUUAGUAGUCCCUAAAUAAAAUGUGUGCCCUUAUGUGGCAUUGUCACAUUUAAGGAUGCCUGAUUAGGGAGCUAUCUGCUAAACCCAGCAGCUUCCUAAUUUGGUACCCUUAAAUAAGAAAAUCCAACAUAAGGGUAGCAAUUUAAUGAAUUUACAAGAAGGGGCAAAUUGCCCAUCUAAGAAUUUCAACCAGUACUGAAUUGUUAAGUAAUGAAUUCCUCUGAUGUGCCAAUUGUAGAUUCUGAAUACCGACGAAUGGCCGAACAAGACUAUUUUCAUCCUAAUUGCGAUUCUUCUGAAAACGAUUGCCCAAGUCUAAAAGGCUCAAACUAAAUGUUUUUGUAAAUAUUACAUGACUUCCUCAGAGAUAUGUAGCGUUAGAAGAUUGGUGUUAAAGUUUGUAGGGUAUUAGGAUUUAGAAUUAAGAUAUUCAGUGAAAGGAGUUUUAGCAGGUAUAAAGAACUUAUCAAUAAGUCCAUCAUAUCAUUUCUUUAGCCCUUUAGAAAUUAAGACAGGGCUCCAUAUUGAAAUGGAAAAAUCAAUCAAAGUAUUGAUUAUUUCUUUGUGUAUCUGCCCCUGGCCAAAUCAAUGAAACAAUGCGUGCACGCUCCCUGAAGUAAUUCACACCAGACACAGGUUCCAGGUUGUUGAAUAACUUGAGGAAUGUUUUAUUCAGAGGGGACGGCAAGUCCCUUUUAAAGCAGAAUUACAUCAUAAGCAUUGUCAGAGAUAACAUGGAAUAAUACAUCAAUAAUUGGUUAGGUGUUAAGUGGUCGCUCUAAUGCUCUGCCUACUAUAGGUGAUGUCACCGGGGCCAUGAGGGUCUCCCACGGUUUCCCAGCGCCAUCUUGCUGCACGAGGUAGUUAGUUGGUGUUAAGAAAGGAAGGGGGAGGGAGGAGGGGUUAGAAGCUUCUAGCAGCCAUUUUGAUUAAACGUGUGCUUAGCUUUAUAAUAUAUCGCGAAAUGAGUAAAUAGACAUUUUCUCUAACUAGGAAAUAUGUGCAGACCUUAUUUCCACAACAGUCCCCCCUAAAAUGGCUAUUUACCAUAACAACUGCUACUGUCCCUAAUAUGUCCCUAACUAAUAAUAUAUCCCUAACUGCCUAUAGCUCAUCUAUCUUAGCAAGCAUCGAACGCUUCACUCCGUGGGUAACCCGCAGCGGCUUGUCCACCACAUCUCCACACGUGAGACUCGCCUGCCAAGACAGACGCUUUCCCUACACUGUCCCUACAGGAAAGCAGUUGUCUGUUUGAACUGAUGUGCUUGAAGGGGUGUAUGUGGAGUGUCAUCUUCGAGGUCUGUGAUGUCUUGAUGCAGGAAAGUAGGGGUCACGUCAUCUAUAGUCUUAUCUACCGCUUUCUGUAAGUACUUCUGAAUGCAAGGUGUAACGGACCGUUUUGCACAAAAGGGGUAAAAACCGUUUAGGCGAUCGGACCCCUUUCCAGAGAUACAGGCACAGCUACUGCAGAACACCAAACUCUUGGACUGGAUACAAAAUAGCACUCCAACUCCCGAACUGGAACCUCCCAAACAGCAGCUAGCAGACGAACAGGAAAAGCAGACAAUCAGCUUACACUCCUGGCAAUCAGUCUCUAACAGCAUACAGUGAAUCCCCCCAAGAACGAGACAAGGCUCUGUGUUGAGGGUCAAGCAGUGGUCUGAGGUGCUGGCACACCCAGCCUGGUUUUUAUUACAGUCUUGCAAAUACAGGACCGCCCACAGGGAGGUAUAAAACAACCAAUCACAUCACAGUUACAUCCACAUAUUCCCUCCCCUUAUCCUGAGAGGAAACUCAAUUACACAUACAGUUAAAACAUACUUUCUACCCAACUUUCAUAACUCUAAAACCAUACAUCACAUUCACAUAAAAUUACACAUUCACAAUCAAUCCAUUCAGGGGAACAACAUAUUAAAAAAUGGCCUGAAUCAGACCAGGGGUUCAAAAGUUAGUAAAAAGUCCUUUGUGACUAAAUGAAGCAUGGCUUUCCGGCCCAAACCAGUUUCAGAGUCUUCUAUCCUGGAGAUAAGUAAUUCAAUUAUCUCCCAGGACAGACACAAGACUCCAUUAAGCACAUGGUUGCAAAAAGACACAAAACACUUUAAAAUACAUAAAGUCACCUUUUAUACAUAAAACACAGACAUUUCACAUAUCCCCAGAUAGCUCAGGUCUGAGCGCACAUUAUUAAGUGAAUGGCGCUCAGACCACACGAAUACAGUUUAAUCGCCAUGGAGCCAAAGUCUUUACAGUCAGUUUCAUACAAAUGGGCUCCAUGGGAUUCCUAUCUGGGGUAUAACACAUUCAAACAAAUCUACCGAACCCCAGGCAGAAAAGCACGAAUUAAACUUUUCUGCAGGUAAAAAAAAGAUGUCUUUUAACAGGGGGCCAUAGUCCAAAGGCAGCAGGCGAGUAACCAGGCUUCUCCAAUGCAAUGUGGCGAGAUUGGUCUCGUCACACAAGGGAGUACACAACAGGUCAGAAAUAAGAAAAUGAUGAUCAUUAUAAGAACAGCUGCCCCUAUCUGGAAGAGGGUCUUUUGCCAACCAUUCAUCCAUCCAAACCAUCUGUCCCAAGUGUCAGUGACUCCUGAAUUUUUCUUUAGCUCGUCUGCAAGACUAUCUAGCUUCUCUAUGGCCAUAGUCACCUUACCAUUGGGUCCAGUGUUGUCUGGAAUGUAUGUGCAGCAUGUCAUGGUCUCAGGGAGGAUUUUACAUACACCCCCUUUCUCAGCUAAAAUCAUAUCUUGGGCCAUUCUGUUCUGAAAUGUCAUUUGAGUAGUGGCUUGUAACUGUUCUGCCAGGCCCUGUAGGGCAUCCCUAGUGUAAUUGACAAAGCGCUGCUGAUUAUAGUAAAUGUAGUUAAUCCAAUUGACAUUUUUGUUAGCAGUUAUCAUUGGAAUUCGGGAUUCAAAUCCUGCAGCCACUUCAUCCCUUGCUUUGAAUUCGUUAGGCACCCCCCUUGGCACACCUAUGGCAUCAAUAUACACAUGGGGGUCAAAGCUCCCUCGGAUAGGAGUCUCUCGUUUGGUUCUAGAGUGUACAUGUGUGAGGUUUAACGUGUUAUGACUACCAUCCGGAAUAAUAUGGAUAGGCAUUAUGACUUUGGUUAGGGCACACCCCCCCCACCACUGCCCAGCUAAUUGGGACCUCAAUUGUUUAUCACCACAUAACCAAUAGAUAUCACCGAUUGUCUUUGUGUGAUUCAUUAGCAGUGAUGCAGGUGGAUUAUGGUAAGUUGAGCAGUAUCCUGAUGGGAAUUUGCCCAGAUACAAACCAGUGUUCUUAGGUAUUGUAUAACAUGUGUAGUUACCUGGGUAGAUGGUGACUCCAUCAGGUGGUUUUACAUGUCCAUGAGUGAUCGGGUAGAUUCUCUUCCAUGAUUCACAUGUUGAGGAGUUAGUGAUGGAUUGUGCAUAAAGACUCAGAACACAUAAUUCUACUUCAGGAGGUAAGCUCAGAGGAACUGUGCCCAGAUGGGGCCUGGCUCCUCCACAUACAUAACAGUUAGUCUUAUUGUGUGAGUUGGCAUUAUACCUCAUCCAUUCUAGCCACAAAGUGUCUGAAAACCCAGUCUCCAGUGCCAUAGUUUCUUCAAAGGUGGGGUUGGCUAUAGCUACCAUAUCAUGUAGGGUCUUAAUAUGUGGUUUUAAUGGGUUAACAAUCAUGUGAGUGGUCCCUACCCAGUCUGGGGAGGUGAGCAUGUCUUGUAGGUAAAAUGUCCCCAAUGCAUUAUGUGAGCCACCUCCCUUCCAGUACAUUCCCAUCACAUAUUCCCCUGCGUCCCUUGGGCUGGGGUGUUCUAUAUUCAGGGUAAGUUUAAUGGGAGUUGACCCUGUGGGUUUACUUAGAGUCAUUCUAGAAAGUAGGGGCUUCCCGUCUUUAUCAAGUCUGUCCAAUGCAACCUGAGGUCUGUAGCCCCAUGGUCUACCUGUAUUCCACCCGGCAGCUUUCCAUGAACUACAAUGGUGUCCCCAAACUCCUCCAGUCACGCAAAUGUAUGGAUCCUUUUUGUUAGGUAUAUAUUUGUAUAUGGCUGCAUAUUGUGUUUGUGGAAAUGUACAAGUAACUAUGUCACAAUAAUCAAAGGUGUACGUGGCUACAUCAGUAUUAGAAGAAUUGUACCAGAAAGUGUAGACGUGAUUAUCUUUGGUUAUGGCCACUUGUUGGGCCCAAGCAAAGUGCAACACCAUAAGAAAACACAAGACACAUAAUAAAUUCAUAUUUCAACAGGAACAGCCUCUUCUGGAGCAGGCACUUUUUUGCAAUGUGAAGCGUGUAUCCAGGAACUCUUUCCAGCUAGUUUAACUGACGUUGCUGUAAUCAGGAGCACUUGAUAAGGACCAUCAAAUCUUGGUUCUAGGGUGUGUUUCCUGAGAAACUUCUUGACCAUAACCCAAUCACCAGGAAGCAGCUUGUGUGUACCUGUAUUCGACUCAGGAUCUGGAAUAGAAGAAAACACUUGGGCAUGUAUUUUGGUCAAGGCAUGUGAGAGGGCAGUCACAUAGUCUACCAUAGCGUCUGACUGAAUCUGAAGCUGUUGAGGAAAGUAGCAACCUAACCUGGGUGCUGUACCAAACAAAAUCUCAUAAGGUGACAAGCUAUAUUUUCCUCUGGGAGUGUGUCUUACACUAAAUAACGCUAGUGGGAGACUCUCGGGCCAGGGCAUGUUAGUUUCUUGUGACAUUUUAAGCAUUCUGGCUUUCAAAGUGCCAUUCAUGCGCUCUACCUUACCACUACUCUGUGGGUGAUAUGGUGUGUGGAAUGCAAGGGUCACCCCCAGUGCUGACCAGACUUCCCGUGUUAACGAGGCAGUGAAGUAGGUCCCUUGGUCACUUUCAAUUACUUCUGGAACUCCAUAGCGGCAAACAAUUUCUGUCAAAAGAUACUUGGCUGUAGUCCUCGCGGUGAGGUUAGUCACUGGGAAGGCCUCUGGCCAUCCUGAAAACAUGUCCACUAUGACCAAUGCAUAUUCAUAACAUCCACUUUUUGGCAUCUGAAUGUGAUCAAUCUGGAUCCUCUGAAAGGGAUAUUGUGGCUUGGCUAGGUGAUUAGGUGCGGUCUUUAUAAUCUUUCCAGGAUUGCAUUUAGCACAUAUAGUACAAGAUUUACAGUAAUUCUGUGUUAAGGUAGUGAUGCCUGGUGCUUCGAAAUACUUGUUAAUCAAUGAAUUCAUCAGAUGUUUUGACAGGUGGGCUGGCCCAUGGGCCCAUUGGACCACCGCUGGAUACAUAUUUCUUGGUAGGCAAAACUUGAGAUUGAUAGUGUAAACAUCAUCACGGAGUACAGCCCCUUUAUUCUUCCAACUUUGUUUCUCCUGGGGAGUAGCAGCAGCUUGUUGUUCCUUCAGAAGCCUAAGAUCUGUAGGCAAUGUUUGCAUAGUGUAGAUGGGUGAUGUAUCUGUGGCCACUCUUCUGUCCACUUCCCAUCCUUGCCGUGCUGCUUCCUUAGCUGCCUGAUCAGCUAGGUGAUUACCACGUGCUUCUUCUGUGUCUAGUCUUCCGUGGGCUUUUACUUUCAGUACUGCCACCUCUGCUGGAAGUUCCAAUGCAUCCAUCAGUUCUGCAAUGGCUGCCCCAUGUUUUACUGGGGUACCGGUGGCCGUAAGAAAUCCUCUGGUCUUCCAAAUUAAGCCGAAAUCAUGUGCUACUCCCAGGGCAUAUCUUGAAUCGGUGUAAAUGUUGACACGUAAACCUUCAGACAAUUUGCAGGCCGCAGUUAGGGCUGUUAACUCAGCUUCUUGAGCAGACUUAGUUGGUUGUAGGGCAGCUGCUUGUAAUACUUGACAUUCUGUGGUGACUGCAUACCCAGUGUGGUAUUGUCCCUGUUCAUCAGCAAAUCUUGACCCAUCCACAAAUAGUGUUUGGUCCGGGUUGAGUAAUGCAGCUUCAUAGACAGUUGGUAGGUGUGUAGUUUCCAUUUUCAUUUGUUCAAAACAAUCAUGAGGAAUAUCUAGGUCACAGUCUGUGGUGAGUGGGUCUUCACAGGCUUCUGUGUGGUACCUGGGGUACCCUGCUGUACAGUAAUUAAUAGUCUUUUUGUUGAUCCCCGUAGAAGUCAGUUGUUCUUGGGUCAUUUGACUCCAGGUUUUGGCCAUCGGGCCUAGAUCUUUCCACGAGAUGUCGGGAGGUCUGGUGAGAGAUAUGUGCGGGAUAGCUGUUUCCCAAUGAUGAUAGAGAUGUGUUACACUCUCUGGAAGGUGGACUAAGAUGAGCAUGGUACCUGUGAGGUCCCAAAAUAAGUCAGUCAGGGUAAUUUGAAUUUCUUUGAGCUGGAAUAGUUCUUCCUCAUAGUUCAUAUCAGGGCCUGGUACGUCCUUAAACCACAAAGUACAGUGAAGUAGGGCCACUGAUUGUUCAUCAUGUGGAGGUGCAAGUGCAGGCAGUUGUAAAUCUGCUCGAACCUCUGGGUUGAUAUCCAGGCUAUACCAGUGAUACACAAUUCCCCCCUUGGGAAGUGGCAGAAGAGUGGCUGGGUUCAGGGUAAGGCAUCUCUGGAGUUUCACAUUGUCAGGUAAAAGUAAGGAGGUUUGUAGACGGAGGUGGCGUUGAGAGGAAAGGUGUUUAGGUUGAACUUGUUGCAGGAUAGCAGUAAUGUCAUGAGGGGCCAACACUGUGAGGUGAUGGCCAAGAACAAAAUCAUUGGUUUUGUCCAGGAGGGCACUGGCGGCAAACACAGCUCGGAGGCAAGAGGGGCUACCCCUUGCAACAGUGUCAAGCAUGCAGGAAAAAUAGCCAAUAGGCCGUUGUCUUGACCCAUGUUUCUGGGUAAGGACUCCGGAAGCAUGUCCUGAUUUCUCAGAGACAAACAAAUUGAAAGGAAGUUGGUAGUUGGGUAGGCCCAAAGCAGGUGCAGAAGCAAUAGCUCUUUUCAGAUUGUGGAAACAGGUGAUAGUUUCUUCAGUGAGGUGAAAGGGCUCACUCCUGAGGGCAUCAUAGAGUGGCUGCAUGAGUUUUGAUGCUUCGGGUAUCCAGGACCUGCAGUAUGUGAUGAGACCCAAGAAGGCAUGAAGAGUCUGAUGUGUUGCAGGUAAUGGGAGUUGCAGAAUAGCUUGCACCCGUUGUGAGGUUAGAUGUUUGGUGCCAUGGGAAAGGCAAUGUCCCAAGAAGACCACAGAGGGCCGGCACCAUUGUAGCUUUGAUUUUGAGGCUUUGCAACCUGCUGCAGCGAGGAAACAUAGGAGAUCUUCUGAGUCACGCUCUGCAAUAAGCAAAUUAGGAGCACAGAGAAGGAGAUCAUCAACAUAUUGAAGUAGAACAACAUCCAGAUGAGAUUUCUGCCAGGGAUCCAAAACCAGAGACAUGGCAUGAGCAAACUGUGUUGGAGAGUUUUGGGCUCCCUGAGGCAUAACAGUCCAGGUGUAUUGUUGUCCUUCAUGAGUGAAGGCGAAGAGAAAGCGGCAGGAAGGGUCAAGGGGGACACUGAAGAAGGCAUUAGCUAGAUCCACUACAGUAAAUAUUGUUGAAGUUGGUGGGACUUGGGACAAGAGGGUAUGAGGGUUUGGAACAAUAGCAGUGUCCUUUAUGGUUACCUCAUUAACAGCACGGAGGUCCUGCACCAUGCGGUACUGGUCGGGUUGGCCCUUAACAGUUCGCUUUUUAACAGGGAAAAGUGGAGUGUUACAUGGAGAUGUGCACUUGAUGAGGGCACCUUUGGCAAGUAGACUUUCAACUUGUUUGGUGAUGGCUUCAGCUUGUGCUGGCUUCAGAGGAUACUGUGGUCUACGAGGAGGCAGUGCUCCAGGCAGGAGCUGGACCAAAACUGGGGGUACAUGUAAGUGCCCAAUAUCAUCCGGGCCGGUGGACCAAAGUUCUUGGGGGAUACGAUCCAGAGCACUGGGGGUGUGGGUGACCCGUGCAUUCCCUGUAUUGUCAGUUAGGUUCAACAAGAUGGGGAGUGAGCAGAGUACAGAGGUAUCUUUUUGUGAUAAGGGGGUUGUCAAUUCAACUUGGCCAUCUGCAGUAAAGGUAAUAGAAGCCUGGAGCCGAGAGAGAACAUCGGCACCUAGGAGUUUAAUGGGGCAAGUAGAGGAAACAACAAACCGGGAGAGGAUGUGUGAUCCUACGUGUAGGAGCUUAGUAAGGGGGUUACUGCGUGGUGUACCAUCCACCCCAACACAGGAGACAUCGGUGUCAGAUAAGAAGGAAGGGUCUGGCAGGUCUUGUUCCCUAAGGACACUACGGGCUGCACCUGUGUCAACUAAAAAGGUGGUUGGGUGACCCUCCACGGGGAGAACUACUGUAGCUAAAGGCCCUCCCCCAUCCCCCGCAGACACUGCCAUGGCAGGGGUUGCUGACACAGGCUUGCCAGUUACCUAUUGUAAUAAAUCCAGAUGGGCCUGGUCUGGUCCCUGGUACCGGCGGGAAGUGGAAGGAGGGUUAGCAGAAUGCAUGGGGGGACGGGAUGGACGGAUGGCAUGGCGGGGCUGUGGCUGGCUGUCUUGGAAAUCAUCGUUGUCAUACCCUUCAGCGGAGUGCGAAGUGUAUGCACGGGCUUCUGAUGCAGGGAGCCGGGCUUGGGUGUAUUCAGGAGGAGGAGGAGGAGGAGGAGGUGGGGGAGGAAGCUGAGGCAACUGUGGAUGGGGCAGGGCAGGGAGAUAACCAGUGGAGGGGAAGUUAUAGCCGGUGACAUGGGGACUUGGGUACCGGGGAGUCUGCUGGCGGAUCACUCUAGCGUGUGGGCAAUCUCUUCUAAAGUGACCUGGCUGAUUACAAUUAAAACAGGUCCGGAUUGUCGUGACAGUCCGGUCUCGGGAGAAGGGAAUUGGUGCAGGCAGUGUCUGGGGUGACUGAGUGUACUGUUGGGGGAGUAUCUGGGGAACUUGGUUAGAACCUGCAAUUGGGGUGGAGGUAGUGUACAUUAGAGGACUGGUUCUUCGCUGUGUAGGUUGCAAAACAGAUUCUAAGCCUUUGGCUACCAACAAAAGAGUGUCCAGUUGAAUAAUUCUAUACUCAGGCCGAGCUAAAAUUAACCCCUUACGAAUGUGUUCCCUAAGACCUGCCACAAAAGCUGCAGAGAGCAUCUGGGUGUGUGCUUUGUUAUAGGUACUGAACCCUAAGUCUGAAAAAGUCUGAGUCAACCUAGAGUGAUACUUUUCAACUGUCUCAAGUUUAUCCUGAAUUAUGUCAUUUAUGCAAGUAGCCUGAUCAGCUAGUUUAUCCUGCGCCCAGGCUCGAAGCUGUUCACAGAAAAUUUCACCAGAACGAAAAUCAGUAACAGAAGUAAGUGGAGCGUCGUUAAAGCUCCGUUCCAUGAUUGGCCAGUAUGCAUCUCCAGCCUUUAUUUCACAUAGACUAAUAAGAUCCCGCCAAGCAGCGGAGUAUGUUUUACGGAUCUGAGCCAUCCUGCGGAAAAAGGGCAUGGGGUGUUUCUCAGGAUCAGGGAGUGAGGUCACAAGGGUAGCAGCUUGGGAAGGGUUGAAGGUAACAUACAUAGGUGGUGCACCAUCCGCACCAUGGUUAAUCUGGGUAUACCCCUGGGGGAUAGAGCGCCGUUGGGGGAGCCUGUUCCCCCCUAGGUGAGGUGAGCCCUGGUCCACCACAACGACCUCUUCGGGCACCACCGGGCCACGUAGAAGAGUAGUCUCAGGGGUAGCUGUAGCGGGGGCAACAGGGAGGCCGGUGAUAGGAGAGGUAGUGGGGUGGAAACCCGAGGCCUGGGGGGAAACACCCAUCGCAUAGGGUUGGUCCGAUGUCACAGACACCUCGGACCCAACCACCAUGAUUGGGUAACUGGGACUGGCGGAAGGGACAUGAGGAACCAAAGCCGUGGAAGGGGCUGUCAUGGGGGCCGGUUGGGUUGGGCGUGAGAGGUGAGUGUUCAGGACAUGGGCAAGAGCAGAGAUUGGAUCGGAAGGCUCGGGGACGUUAGCGGGAGACAAGGGAGGGGUCGGAGGUUCGGGGGGAGGAGGAGGAGGAGGAGGCAAAUCAGUGGGAGACGGCACAGGGAUCGCGGAAUUAACCAGGGAAGUAACAGCAGUGAAGAGGGCGGAUAUCGAGCUAGACAGGUCAUUGGCCAUGGAUGAGUCAGGGGUCACCGGGGAAGGGGUCGGAGGGACGGGAACAAGGGGCUGCGUCAUAACAACGUGGGUGGAGGGUUGGGACGGCAAACCAAUCGGGGGAAGAGGAGGAGGAGGCAGCGAGGUAGAGGGGGCAGGGACGUCGGGAGGAGGUAACACUGGAGAAGGGGUUGGAGGGGUGGCAACAGGGGGUUGGGUCAGGGCGGUGAGGGCAGAGAUUAGGGACGGCAAAUCGGCCGUGGGAGGGGGAGGCAACGAGGUAGAAGGGGCUGGGACUGUGUGGAUAACGGGAGGGUCCUGGAGGAUGGGAGGGGUGUCCGUGCAUAAGGGAGCGGAGGCAAGGGGACCGGGAUUAACGGGCUGGACAAGAUUCAUGAGAGCGGAGAGUAGGGAUGAGGGAUCCGUGGAGGAGGAGGAAGGUGAAAGGGAAUGAGAAGGAGAGAGGGACAGAGAGGGUGCAGGGGUAGGGGUCACGGGGUCUCCUUGGGGUAUGGGAGAAGGAGGGUCAACAGGGGGACAGGGGUCCGGGGAAACGGGGUCGGUGGAAUGGGUAUGAGUCGGGGGAGUUGGGUGUGUAACGGACGGAGAGGGUGAGGGAGCGGGUGUUACUAGGGAUGGGGUAAUCGGGGUAGAGAGGGAGUGAGAGGAGGAGGAUGGGACUUCGAUGGGCGAGGCGGGAAUAGUCAGGGCAGGACUCGGAGUGGGGACAGGCACUGGGAAAGGUAGCGGAGGACAUGGAGGUGGGGGGCCUUCGACAGACAUGACGGGAGGAUGGCUGAAGGAGGGGGCUGGGUCACAGGAGGGUUGGUGCAUGGGAGUGGGUGGGAACGAGUGAAGUGGCACUGGGUAAUAGUAAGCAACAUCCGCACCGAGUACGGGACACAGGGGGGUGGGAGCUGAAGGCACACCCCGGGGGGGUGGGGUCUGUGCUGUGACGGGAGAAGCAGGGCGGGAAUUUACUGUUGCGCUCUGGGCGCCAUCAUAGGGCGGUGGUCGUGGGACAAUAGAAACAACAUCAUCAUUGUGAACACUCCUAUGGUAAACAUACACGAUUUGUCCCUCAAACUCCAGCUCUUCCUCGACCCAUCCUUCCCGUUUCAAACCUCUAGCUACCCGAUACCAAGCCUCUGCAACCUUUGUGAGUCCGUUAUCCAACAACAACCCUUCCUUGUCUAUGAGUAACUUUCUCCAAAACUCAGGCUGCAAUCUCCCACUGGGCAACAUCUGGAAGCCACACACCUUAGCAAUCUUUUUAAGUUUCAUCAUUGCAUCUUCCCCUGCCCUUUCUUUCACAAUGUCACAAGCCAGCAAGCCCUUAGCAGGUCUAGCAUGUUCCUGCCCCAUCUUGAGUAAUCAAAGUGUGCCACACGCUAAAGACAGAUAAAUAGAGGAGGUACAAAGGAGAAGGAGAAAGAAUGUCUACAGUGCUCGACUGCCACGAGAACUUGAGCCCCGUGCGUCUUCCCAAACGUAGACCAGUCACGGAGAUCCGCCCACCCGGGGUGGUGGUCACGGACGGGAGCGAAUGAGCGUGGGUGACUAACACAGCUCUGGGCAACAGGCACAGGAGAGAUAAAGAACAAAAGAGAAAAUGAACGUGGCUGCGCUAAUGAGAAGACAUUUGCAAAAAUCACAAACAUAUAAAUGAGCGUAAACUCCGGAAUCCAGAACUAACCACACAAUACACACACACACACCGAGGGUACCCACACUAUAACAACAAUUGAACAAAAACCACAGAAUGACAGAGAGUAAAAUGGCCAUGUACAUGUUAACACCACUGGUGCCAAAUAAUCGAAGUAUAGCAAUCCCCAGCCUUCACCCACCAGGCUGGUCCCGGUAUAACACAGGUACCAAUGAAAGCACUGCAAUAAUCAAACAAAAUCCCAGCCCCACCGGCUGUAAUGCGUUCCCUGCCCGCUAGGCAGUCAAGCUAACAUAAAAUCCCAGCCCCACCGGCUGUAAUGCGUUCCCUGCCCGCUAGGCAGUCAAGCUAACAUAAAAUCCCAGCCCCACCGGCUGUAAUGCGUUCCCUGCCCGCUAGGCAGUCAAGCUAACAUAAAAUCCCAGCCCCACCGGCUGUAAUGCGUUCCCUGCCCGCUAGGCAGUCAAGCAAACAUAUAAAAGGCGUUCCCUGCCCGCUAGGCAGUUAAGCAAACAUAUAAAAGGCGUUCCCUGCCCGCUAGGCAGUAAAGCAAACAUAAAAUCCCAGCCCCACCGGCUGUAAUGCAUUCCCUGCCCGCUAGGCAGUCAAGCUAACAUAAAAUCCCAGCCCCACCGGCUGUAAUGCGUUCCCUGCCCGCUAGGCAGUCAAGCAAACAUAUAAAAGGCGUUCCCUGCCCGCUAGGCAGUCAAGCAAACAUAUAAAAGGCGUUCCCUGCCCGCUAGGCAGUCAAGCAAACAUAUUUUAAAGGUAUAAGAAACACACACACAUACAAAUGAAUACAGGAGGCAGAUAGACAAUCGACAGGUUCACCUUAAAAAGGCACACCGGAUGAGUUAAUUACCUGUCUCUAGUAGCCUUCUGGAAGCCGGAAGUAGACUCUGAGACAGACCGACACAAAACAGGAGAAUAACACAGGCAACGGCUGUAUUAUGGAGGUGAUCAGGCUCCGCUUGUCCCACUUUCCGGAGGUCCGCUCCGGUCCGUUGGUUCCGGCCCUCCGAACCGGCCCUCCGGUGGCCCCACGUUGGGCGCCAAUUGAAAUGGAAAAAUCAAUCAAAGUAUUGAUUAUUUCUUUGUGUAUCUGCCCCUGGCCAAAUCAAUGAAACAAUGCGUGCACGCUCCCUGAAGUAAUUCACACCAGACACAGGUUCCAGGUUGUUGAAUAACUUGAGGAAUGUUUUAUUCAGAGGGGACGGCAAGUCCCUUUUAAAGCAGAAUUACAUCAUAAGCAUUGUCAGAGAUAACAUGGAAUAAUACAUCAAUAAUUGGUUAGUUGUUAAGUGGUCGCUCUAAUGCUCUGCCUACUAUAGGUGAUGUCACCGGGGCCAUGAGGGUCUCCCACGGUUUCCCAGCGCCAUCUUGCUGCACGAGGUAGUUAGUUGGUGUUAAGAAAGGAAGGGGGAGGGAGGAGGGGUUAGAAGCUUCUAGCAGCCAUUUUGAUUAAACAUGUGUGCUUAGCUUUAUAAUAUAUCGUGAAAUGAGUAAAUAGACAUUUUCUCUAACUAGGAAAUAUGUGCAGACCUUAUUUCCACAACACAUAUACCACAAAUAAGAAUUAAAAGAACACUCUAAGGUUUAAUAUUACAUUUUUGUAUGUGUGUAUGUUCCGAUAUGUGGUGUGAGGUUAUUUAUGGAGAUUAAUUAUUAUUAAUUAACUAAAAAUAAUAUUUUCAUAAAAUUAUUCAAAUUCAUAUUUUUAGCUGCUCCUCCUGACAGCUGGCGUUCCUCCUUCACGGCGGUUUGCGACGGAUGGUGAGUAAGCAGGCCGGUAUCAUUGUACCGGCCUGCAGACCACACACAGCCUGACCCGCCAGGGUCGGCUGCGGGACAGGGGCAUCGGGGGAUCACAGAGUUGUGGGUUCACUUCUUUUUGCCACCGUAACUUAAAUUAUCAUUUAACACACUUAAACGGUACCUUACGGAUUGCCAACACCACAUGCUCCUACGACACCCCAACAAUACAGGGUUCCUUUCAUCUUAUCUGAUAAUGACCUACUGAAAGGAAUUCAAAAUUCAAGACUCACGUACCUUCUCAAGGAUACCCAUCCACAUGGUAUAUUUCAUUCACUAUCCGACUUAGUAGAUUCAGCUCAUUUUGAGCACACGACCAAUACGACAAUAAAACGGCCAUACAUCAACAAUGGGUUCUUACGUCCCAACGAAUUUACCACUAAGAAUAUAACUACCACUGAAUACCUGGAAACGACUGUUAGUCAGACUCCAUAAGAUCAUUAGGUCCUAUCUCUGAAUCAGUCUAUACCUAUCCCUAUAGCACAUACGGUCACAAUACCCCUAUUACCUACUCUAAACAAUGGUGCCCGGUAAAGUUCGGGUACUUGUUGCACCACUUUCCAGAUACAACCACUCCAACCAUUAUCAGAAUUCAUGGCUCCAUUCUUACAGCAUCUUAAGUCAUGCGUAAUGUUCACUUACUGUUAACUAGGCUCGGCCUAAUACAAACCUUUCGUCAGGACACUCCUACCGUAUAGCGGCAGCUUCCUCCAGCCACAUUCCAGCUCAUAUCAUCGGAGCUAUGGGACGCUGGAAAUUCUCCGCCUAUACUCUUUACAUUCCGAACCCAGUUAAAGAGUUAAUACAAGCUUUUCGUGACUUGUCCGCAUAAACGAUGGUUGUUAUAUGAUUAAUUUUGUAUGGUAUUCUUCUUUUUGCCCACUUUUAUUACAGGCCUACUGCUCUGUCGGUUCCGGCACACCACAACCGACUGGUGUCAUUUGAAAAUGUCUAUUGGUUAUAAUAUGCUAUGUUACACUAUUAUCACGGCUAGAUUGCCCCUGCUACAAAUGUAAGGUCUUGGCCUGUAGUUGUGGGAGGGGCUUGAAUUCCCUUUAAAAGGGCCGCCAAUGCUCUCCCACCUUACCGUGGACAGUCUGUCGAAUCACCGCUCCCACCGCUCCCUCUAUUCAUAUCACCCUCUAAGGUGGGCCCACUUUUAUUACAGGCCUACUGCUCUGUUGGUUCCGGCACACCACAACCAACUGUUGUCAUUUGAAUAUGUCUAUUGGUUAUAAUAUGCUAUGUUACACUAUUAUCACGGCUAGAUUGACCCGACUACAUAUAUAUAUAUAUAUAUAUAUAUAUGUGUGUGUGUGUGUGUGUGUAUUUUUGUGUUCCGAUAUUGCUAAUUAAAAUAGAAAAUCUGUAGAAAACUUACCUGUGAUUUGGUGCCGUCUCUUCUCAGAAGCUGCUCCACCUUCUCUGACAUUGUCAUCCUUGAUUGAUCUCGGUCCAAUCCAGUGCUUCCCAGAGAAGCAUUCAGGAUCUACAACACGUUCGUGAUAAUCACAACAUUAAAUAAGGUAUACUCUAUGAGAAGAAUCGGAUGCAUGCAUCAUCAUCAUAAUGUGUAAAACACCAGACACAAAGACUUUUGAUUAUUGACGUUUUUUGAAAAACUAGCGGCUGUUAAUCUGACAUCCAUGAGAUGUUCUCAUGGCAAAUGUUAAUUUUAUGGAAAGGGGGCAUCUUUCUCCUUAUAUUCCCACUCGUGGCCAAAUUGCCCUCUCGCGUGGACCUUUUACCUUUCUAUUUACAUCAAAAACUGUUUGAGCAAAAAUAUUUCUAUUUGUGUGUGUGUAUACAGUGGGACCUCGGUUUACGAAUUUAAUGCGUUGAAAAUCAAUUGGAAUGCAUUGAAAAUCAAUUGAUCCGUUUUGGAGGUCAGAAAAAAGUAAAAAUGAGCUGGCAUGGAAACCAACUCACAAUGCAGAACACACAAUAAAAGGCAUGAAAACAAUGAAACUCAGUUCCCUACCUUUCCACAGCUUGACAAAUGCACCAAAAAUUCCCCAAACAAUUGCAAACAAUUUCCAGAAUGGCUCCAAAACCCGAUGCAAAAGCCACUCCAACACCUCCACAUGCGACGUGGCGAAGCUCCAGCUUGCAGGGGGCAAUGCUAUAAACCUCCGAGGUGCAAUGCAUCAUGGGGAAAUUUGCUUUGUAUUGCAAAAACAAUUUGUAAAACGAGACAUUAUUUUCAAUGGAUUUUCAUUUAUAAACUGAAAAUUAUGUUAACCGAGACAUUUGUAAACCGAGGUCCCACUGUGUGUUUGUAUUUUGCCCUGGCGCCUGGGAUUGGACAGCCAGUUCCCUCCUCCUCCUCCUGUUUAAAUCCUUGUGCAUCUCUUUGGGCCGGGAGGAAGUGAAGAACUGUAAUUACUUUCUUCCGUUGCAGAGGCAGCGCAGGGGAAUGGCAAGCUAACCUGGCAGGACACCAAGCCACAGAGCCGAUCCUGCUUCCCGCCCGCCUUCCACUCCGAUGCUGCAGAGCUGGCCUCCCUUUACCCUGCGUUACCUCAGAACCGGGAGGAAGUUAUUACAGUUCCCGGCACACACAGAGCUGCAAGGGGCUAGAGACAGGAGGAGGCGGAAGGAGAGAGUCUGGAACAGCGGCUGCCUACUCACAGCCACAGCCAGCCCCAUUAACCAGAUGUCUCCUGCUGCUGCCCAGUCCCACUGGACCCCAGGGGAGCCAACCUCCUGAGCCCAAAAGAUAGGAGGGUGUAUCUGUCGUGUGUAUGUCUGUAUGUGGAUUUGUCUGUGUGUAUGUAAGAAUGUUUGUGUGUAUAUAUUUUAGUGUAUCAAUUAUAAAUAAUACUUUGUGUGUCUGUCUGUCUCUCUCUGUGUCUGUGUGUGUAUGCCUGUCUGUUUCUGUCAGUGUGUGUGUGUGUGUCAGUACUGGUGUCUGUCAGUAAAUGUGUAUGUUUAGGUCACCAGCCCCCUCCGAUCGCAUUGGGAAUUAUGGUAUAACUCCUCUUUUUUUCCAGCGUUGUGUCGGUCUCGUUGUAGCUGGCCCGCCUCCGUAGCUGAGAUUAUCAAUUACCAAUCAGAAUCUCCCCACAGAGAUGCAUUAAAUCAAUUAAAAGCAUCUCUAUGGGGAAUGUUCAGCGAUCUGAGUGACAGCCACUGGAGGUUCUGGUGACUAUAGUGUUCCUUUAAGAAUUGUAUUUUUGUUUUGUUGGGGGGGGGGGGGGGGAAUGGCUUCUAACUUUUUUAGUUGACUCCUAUAUUGAAGAAAAUGUGUCAAGCCCUGAUAUAUAUAUAUUUAUAUAUUUCAAUGAAGGUAACUAUUUAUUUUUCUUUAGAUUUAUUACAGCUUUAGACCAGUGAAGAUAAAAUAACUGGUCAAAAAUUAAAAUUCCUGCCAUACGUUCAUUCUACCACAAUUUCACCCUUUAUGGUGAAGUGCACCCAUACAUAUAUGUAUAUGUAUACAUGUGUAUAUGUAAAAAUACAAGUUUUAAAGGGGAAUACAGGAGGGAUGGAGUUGUGUGCAAUUUACAUGAAGAAUUUGUAACCUUUGUAUUUUAUGUGCAAUUUGAGGCAUUAAUAUGUCAGUCACCUCUUUAUGUUUAUGACAUGAUCAUGACUUGCACUUAACACCACCAGAACCUUGGUCUGUUUUAUGAUCAUGAGACAGACACAUAGUACAACCUAUGAUGGCAUGACACAAGAGAAGGGGGAUAUUUAUAGUAUUUAGUAUGUCUUACCAAUAAUGUAAAGUUGUGCCAAUUUCUGCACACACUUCACAUCGCUUUAUUUCUCUUCUUUACAACUAAACAGAGUUGCUGAUAGGGGACUAUGGUGAAAUGUUGCCUGGUAUAUUUAUUCAGUUGGUUUUAUUACAGGGUUUUAGGGGGUACAAAUAUAACAGAAUUGCAAAAUGUAAAAAAUAAAAAAAACGGAUGCAAAAAAAAUUACAAAUUUAUUAGUGACCUUCUGUAAAUUCUGUAGACAUGAGUAUUCUUUUUACAACACACUCCACACUCAAGGAAGUAACAAAGAUUUGAUUUUCUUGCUUGUAAAUUUUGGAGAAAGUAAUUUGAUUUAUUCCUUGCUCUUACUCUGUUCUUUUUAAUGUAAAACUGAAUGCAAACUGAUGAGCAUGCCUGGCGUUCGUUCCUAGAACAUGUACAUGUACCGCAGCUUAUGUACAGUUCUCAGAUUGGUUGUAAUGGGAAAUAUCAAGUAGUUGCAUACAUAGCGAUUUGGUAUUUUUAUUUAAUUUUAAUUGGAGAAAUUGCAUUUAUAAUUUUAUAACUAACCAUUUAUUAAUGUUCAUACAGGCUUUGUAGAUCAAUAUAUAAGAAUAUCCAUUUUGAGUUUUAAAUAUAUUUCAAUAUAUUAUCAUUCACAAACAUCUGUAAUUCUUCAACUGGUACACAAUAUACACUGGUACACUAUUAUUGCAUUCAGAAAAAUAUGUUCCUUUAAGAUUGUUAGUAUAUUUAUACUGGCAGACAUUUUGUGUUAAGACAGAAAUUAAAAGUACAAUAAUUCACCGUCAGAACAGAGGUGACUCCAUUUUGUAUCACAAUGCAAAGACAGACACAAUGUAUUUUUUAUUCUAUUCACUCAAGCCUGAGCUAAGGAAUGCGACUAAUGUAAACAUUAGAGAUAAGACAUGAUGUCUACAGCAGGGGGGUUGAAUACAACAACCCAGAGACAAAUAUAUAUAAACACACAAUAUCCACAUAUAACUUUCUAUAAUUAUAUGAAUCAUAUAUAAAUAGUACUACACAGCAACACAGCUACACAGCACAGAGAGUCCAGACAGCAGCUCCCAGCCUGCAGAGACAGACUACAGCUCAGGGAAAUGAGGGAUACAUGGGGACACUGAGACACUAGGGGACAGUAGGAGAUGUGGGGACACUAAAACACUUGGGGACACUGGGGAACAUGUGGACACUGAGACACUAGGGGACACUGUGAGACAUCUUGAGGACCUUGAGGAAGACCCUGUAGGGUCGAAACGUCGGUCAGAUGAUGUAACCUUUGUUUUAAUAAAUACCAACGGAUUUAUUGUAAAGUCCUGAGAGUGCAUCUCUUAUUUUUUUCUCUCUCUCUCUGUCUCUCCACAAAAUCACAUAGACAUACACAAUCACAGACCCACAAACAUAAACAUACGCAAACAUCACAUUCAUACACACGUGUGUGUGUGUAUAUAUACAUAUACACACACACAAUCACAGAUAUACACACACAGACAUACACCUAUUGUGUGUGUAUAUAAAUGUGUAUGUGUUUGGUACAUAGCUCCCUUAUUUGGUGUCCUUAAAUAUUACAAUCUCACAUAAGAAUAACAAAUAAGGGCAUUAUUAUUAUUAUUAUUAUUAUUAUGAUAUGUAUAGGGCGCCGUCAAAUUCCGCAGCGCUUUACAAUGGGUGAACGAACAGACAUGUAUUUGUAACCAGACAAGUUGGACAAACAGGAACAGAGGGGUUGAGGGCCCUGCUCAAUGAGCUUACAUGCUAGAGGGAGUGGGGUAAAAUGACACAAAAAGGUAAGGAUAGUAUUAGACUAGUGACAGUUGCAGAAGAGAAAUCAGUCAGGAGCUAUUAACAGUUUAAUUGAUACGCUUUUAUGAAGAAGUGGGUUUUAUCUACUAAACAACUGAAAUUAAGAAAAUGUUGUUUUGUUUUUUUAAAAUUGAUGUUUUAGCUGUUUAGUUGAUAAUUCUCUAAAUUGGUGUCCUUAUGUGAGAUUUCCAUAUUUAAAGAUACCAAAUUAGGGUGUUGUUUAGCAGAUAGCUCCCUUAUUCUUAUUUGGUGUCCUUAAAUAUGGCAAUCCCACAUAAGGAUAGCAAAUAAGGGAGUUAUCUGAUAAACAAAGAUCUACUUUAAGAGGUGUCAGCUAGCCCACGAGCAAGAAAUCUGGGUGGCUAAUGUGAAUUAUAUGCAAAUAUUUUGACUGAUGCCCAUGUGCACUGCAUGCUGGCAUCAGGCAGCCAAUGGCAGCACAUUACCCCAUCCCCUAGUGAAAAGUUUUAGUGCCCCCCCCCAGUUUGGAUUGCGAUAUCUUAAGUGCCCACCCCCUAUAUAUUGUUCCCAGAGUCGCCACUGUGUCUCCAUGUGUGUCUGUGUAUCUGUGUGUGACUGUGUCUAUGAAUCUGCAUGUGUGUCAGUGUGUAUUUAGGUGUGUGUAUGUGUAUAUGUGCAUACAUCUCAGAAUCUCGCCAACACUACACACAAAUACACCCCUGCAUUUCAACAUCAACACUACAUACAAACUCCACCAUUAUAUAUAACCACACCACUGCCUUCAAAAACCACACUACAUAAAAAUGCAUGCCUGCAUUCAAAUGCCAACACCACAUACAGACACACAUCCUACAUUCACUCAAACAUACUCCAUACAAAAACAUGCUUACAUUUAAAAGCAUAAACACUGCUUAGUGCUAAAUACAUUUAAAAAGAAAAAAAAUUGUGGUUGUUUUUUACAUUUUAAAGUUGGGGGUGGAGGGGGGGUGCCAAAAAUAGGACCCGCCCCAGGUGCCAAAUGCUCUAGGUACGCCCCUGUAUACAGUACUAAAUAAAGGGGGGUGGGUGGGUGCAUAUCAAAAUCCCAAGAAGUGUAUAGAGUGAAAUAACUAAGAUAACUAUUAUUGGAUCAUCCAAUAGCAAUGCUAAAAUAAAACUGUAUGUGGCCUUUAUUGUGCCAGCCUAUUAUAGCAUAAUAACACAAGCUAAAUAGAUGAUAACCUUGUGAAAAUAAAAAUGAAACCAGUAUGGAGAGGGUUAAAUUAUACAAUUGAAAGUAUAUUGUUAACACUUACUAUUCAUGCUUUUCCAGGUCACACUUACCCACAUUUAGUUGGUUAAGUGGGUACUGUGCGCAUAUUUAUGUCAUACAUUAGGCAUAUUGUUUUACUCAGAAGAGGUAACUGAGCAUAAUUUUGGGGGAUUUUACGACAGUGGCAUUUGUCAAAUGUAUGAAAUACCCAGCAAAAAUGCAACAUCUAUAUAAAAAAUAAAAAUUUUCACCACAAAAUUUUGCAUAAAUUGGUGAAAAAAAUGGCAGCAAGUUAAAGUACAAUAUACACCAUAUAAGAUAUCCUGGAGUGUCUGCUUUCUAAAAUGGAAGGCCUUUGUGGGGUUAUUUGAACAGUCCAACUGCUAUAAUGCCACAAAAUCAGACAUAGGACUAUCAAACGCAUCUAUGAAAAUUCUUACUAAAGAAACUGAAAUAGCGUGGCCUCUUAUAUGGCAUUAAAGCUUCACAGAGUAGUGGCAAAGACAUACAAUGGGAGUAUAGUUGUACUCAGCAGAUGUAGCUGAACACAAUAUUUGGUUUUGCACAGAAAUAGACAUACACAUUAAAACAGCCUUGUUAUGUCUGUCUGUCAAAAAACAUAAACACAUUUUUACUACAAUAUUUAGCAGAUAUUGGUCGUAAAAAGUGUCAACAUAACCUUGGGUGAAUAGCCUGAGAUGUCUACUUUAUUUAAAUAUAUACUUUUGCGUUGCAAUUUUGUUUUCUGUGAUGGCUAUUAAACUUGCAAGACAAACAUACCAACUUAUAAAAUUGUUGUAUUUGUAAACAAUUGUAAAUUGUAUUUUGUGACAUGUAACUUUCAAAAUAAACUGAACUCCUACACAUUUUGAAUUACUUUUCCUAAGCUGACAUUAUACACACACACACACACACAUUUUCUUUAUACACCCUGAUUUUGUAUUUAUUGGUACAUAUAGAGAUGCCGCCCAGUAUUUGAUCCUUUUAUAGUUAUACAUUUAUUAUACUUUUCCACACAUUUUUAUGUUGGGUUUUGUUUUUAUGUAUCUGAACCAUUGCACGGAUCACUGCUUUUCUUUGUUUUUUGUUUUGUUUUUUAUAUAAAGUGUUCAUAGUCGAUACUAAAAAUGUAUGUAUGCUCCUUUAUAGAUUUUCAAUCCAUAUUCUAGGAUAAACUGUCAAUUGUAGUUAGGCUUCCUAUGUAGCAUUGAGGUAUAUGUCAUAUUUGCAGGAGAGGAGCACUACAACUGCAUCUCUGCACUCCAUAAGUCUAUGAGAGGGUCUGACCAGGAUGCCUCUCUGUAUUGGCUGGGGCGAAUGCUUGAAGGAGGUGAAGAUCCACUAUAUGUGGCUAGACGGUUAGUAAGGUUUGCCAGUGAAGACAUAGGUAUGUAUGAAUUAUGAAUUAUUUUAAUAUAUGUAUUGAAGAAAAAUAAAAACACAGUUUUGCAUGGAUGCUGAAAUACUAAUUAAAGUCUUAGCGUAGUUUUGUAGUUUUACUCCUGAUUUUAGAUUUAUAUCCUGACGUUGGGAAUUGAAAUAGCAAAGUAUAGUUAUACUUUGUAGAUUAAAAAAUGCGUGGGUGUAGUGUUCAAGUCCUGCUCUUUCUAUGUCCAAAUGGUACCCCACUGGAUACACGUACGAGUUGAAAAACUUUAGUCCAUUUGAUCUUGUUUGUGUCAUUGUAAUCAAUUUCUCUUUUGUAAAUUGCAGAUGUUUAAUUGGGAAAUGUUUUAAUGUUAUGUUUACCCAUCUCCUAUAUUUAUGAAGUAAAGUAUGUGUCUGUGGUAUCCGAAAAUGUAAAAGGAAAUGUAGAAAUCCACAACACACAAUUUAUCUAUAUUUUGGAAUGGAGUGCCUCCUACUUUGCUCUCUGUAAAUUGCUCUUGCAAUCUCUACAUUCUCUAAAUAUGAACAAAACAAACUUCUCUGUUUAUAGUGAUGUAACACUAUCAUAAUUCCUGAUUAGUAUGAUGAUAAUAAUGCAAUGUAUCCCCUAUAUGUGGUUGUGUCAACUGUUGUUUCCAUGUCUUAAUAUCUAGGACUAGCUGACCCCUUGGCCCUACCACAAGCAGUGUCUGCUUACCAAGCCUGCCAUUUUAUUGGAAUGCCUGAAUGUGAUGUAAGUUAACUUCUGCUCUCUAUAUAUUAUUAUUGUUUUAUUAUUUAUAUAGCGUCAGCAAAUUCUGUAGCGAUGUAUAUAUUAGAUAUAUCCUGGUGAAUUUAAAUGUCCAAUUGAUAGUGCAUGGUAAUUGAUAUCUUGCCCCGCUUUUUUUUUUUUUUUUUAUCUGUGUCAAAAGAAGCAGGGCACGAUAUUAUUAUUUUGUUUAAAAAAGCCACAGUUAAAUAUGAAUCAUUUAUUCUUAUUUGACUAGAACAAAAGAAACCUGUAAGCUUUUGAAUAGCUAGUUUAACCAUUAUGUAUAUAAAGCAAUUGCAGCUUAUAGAAAUAUGCAUGGUUAUAGCAUGCAAAUAAAACAUUUAUAUCCCUACUAAAUGCACUACUUUUACAUCGUGUAGUGACACAUUUUGUGAAAAUUUGCUUGAUGUUUGAAAUCUUUGCUUAUGUAACUGAGCAUUUAAGGAAGCCAUUCUCCCGGAUUUUUUAUUAUUGCUUCAAAAUAUUUUAUGUAUAAAGUGCAAGCGUUUUGAAGAUUGGCACUUUACAUAAAUGUGUUUGUGUAUUGCUUGUAGCAGAUACAUGCUUUGUAACUAACAUACCAUUAUGCUUAUUGAGGUGGUAAAUGAUUGUUGUACUAUUAUUUAAAAAAAAAAAAACAAAACACUGUAAUCACCCAAAUCACUUCAUCUCAACGAAGUGGUAUGGGUGCAGUGGCUUUGGUUUUUUUUUCUCCUACAUUGUAAGUCUUUUUCAUUAUGGGUUAAACACACCACUAGUGGUUGUCUUCCUGAGAGUUCUUCUGCAGUGAGAACUGAGUCUUGCUUGGUUCUUCACUGAUGGAAGCAUUUGAUUGCCACAUUGCGCUGAUUGCCGAGCAUGCACAUUAAUUCCGCAAUGCUUCUGCGUGAGAAGCAUUUGAUUGGACAAAAUGGUUAUCAAACCUGAUGACCUCAGCUAAGGUAGGCCAGGCUGCUCAGAAGUGGCUGUGUCAGGUAAUGGGUUAAUUGAAAUGUGUUUUUAGUGAAAACAAGGCCCUGAAAUCUAAAACAGCCUCAUUAGCACUAGGGGGCUUGGAUUAAGUGUUCACCUAUAGUGUUCCUUUACUCCAAAUAGAUUGGAAAAGCAUUUGUAAAAUCUGUAUUAUUUAAAUUACUUUCUAUUUUUCAGGUGAUACUAGCUCAAUGUGUGAUGUAUUUGACCCGGGCUCCAAAGUCAAUAGCCGUAUACAGUGCAUAUGGCAAGGUGAAAGCGUGUUUGAAGAACCACAAGGGGCCUCUACCACCUGUUCCGCUACACUUGAGAAACGCACCAACCAAACUAAUGAAAGGCCUAGGUUAUGGGAAAGGCUAUAAAUAUAAUCCUAAAUACAGUGAACCAGUAGUGCAAGACUACCUGCCACCAGAGAUGAAAGGGAUCAAAUUUGUUUAAUUAUAUUAGCCCACUGUUUUAUGAACAUAUGUCUGUGCUGUUAUGUGUGUUUCUUUUUUGUAAUUCUAAUCAUACAUAAAAAGGUAGACUAUGUACUUGGCUCUUCUAACCGAAAGUUAAAUAUGAAAUGUUUAAAAAUUACUGUUCCUUCGGCUAAAAUUACCAGUUCUUGUUUCUUCUUCUAUAUUUAACAUCUCUGUUCCAGCAACACCAAUAGAUUAGUAAUGUAGUUAUAAUUAUUGAAAUAGCAACUGCCAUAACUUAUAUAUUUUAAUAUUAUGCUUUUUUUAUUUCCUAUAUUUAACAAAUAUGUGUUUGUGAGAUCUGAAAAAAAAGGUCUCUAUCCUGAACUCUCCAACUUGACUGCCUGUCCAUUUUUGUAAUUAAAAACAAAAAAAAACAAAACCCUUUGCACCUGUCAGUAUAGAGUCUGGAGGAGUUUUACAAACUCAUGUUACAUGUUAAUUGCUGUGCCUGGACUGAACUGCAUUGUGAUGUUGGUUGCUAAAUCUUUAAAGAAACAAUCUAAAGUUAUAAAUAAUUAUAUUUAUAACUUUUGUUUUUUAUUCCUCUUUAAGUUAUUGGGUCCACCUGUUAAAGUGAAGAGAAAAACAAAGUUAAACUAAUCUUUUAUACAAAAAUGUCCUGGUCUUGCCUCAGCAGGCACUCUUACACUUCUAAUCUGGCUAAUCCAAUGCUUCUUAUAGAAAAGAUAAUGGGGCUUUUCAGAGCAUGCGUAGCAGUCACCAUACUGCAAGUAAUCAGGUCCGUCUUUUAGAAAGGCAUUGGAUCUAGUGCUUAAUUUUGAAAAGAAUCAAGUGUUUAAGAGAAACCAAAUGUGAAGACUGUCAACAAUUGCCUGGUUAUAUAACCCUGUCAUAGUCACAACUUGCAAAAUCUAAUGUUUAGUGAAUACAUUCCAUUGUGUUAGAGAACAUGCAUCUAUAAUGCAACUGUAGGUGAAAUGGUAUGAUCUAACCAUGUAAAAUUGUAAUUUGGAUGUUGCAUCUCACCCUGAAAUAAUAGAAUGAAAGCUUAACAAUACAUUAAGUCACAUUACAGAUAAAGUAGAAAAUAACUUUAAGAUUUUUUUCACUCAAAACACUUCUAAUGGUGUCUCAAUUCACUAUUUAAAAUAGUCGUAAUGUCUAUAUGAGAGAACAAUUUAUUGGGUUAGGAUCCCAGUAGAAAUUGAUGUUUCUCUAAAAGAGUAAAAAUUGAUAUUUAAGAUUAGCCAGAGAGUAGAUAUAAACAUAUAGGAUGGAAACUAAGGGAAAUUAUGGACAAUAGAGUUAAUUGAAACCCCCUUUACCCAAGAAGAAGGGACAGAUCUUUUUUCUCAUGUUAUGAUCACACACAAUGCUUUGUACUGUAUACACAGGGGAAAUCUUUCUGUUGAUUGCAGCAGUUACAUAAUCUAAGACAGGCUUCCCCAAACUCCAGCCCUCCAGAUGUUGUUGAACUACAACUCCCAUGAUUCUAUGAAUGAAUUAGGCUGAGAAUCAUGGGAGUUGUAGUUCAGCAACAUCAGGAGGGCAGAAGUUUGGAGAGGCCUGAUCUAAGAGAAUCCCUCUGUGUUAGGGUUAUUUUGUGGGUUGGCAUUGUCAUAACGGUUGGUUGAGUAAAUUCGAUAGUGUUAGGGUUAGCUAAGUUUAGGGUUAACAAUAGCAUCAAAAGUGAGACACUGGUCAGUGUGGUGACACGGAUAGUAUCACUUCAACAAAUAGCAUCUCUGGUAAGUAACCGAAGAGACAUUCAAAAUUAGGGCAUGACUGUUAUUUGGCCAUUUUUCUUGUCAAACGUAUUCAAAACUAAUGAUUUGCUCUCCAAAAGUAAUGAUCUGGUCAUAAUGUCCUCUUUAAAGACUAUAUAUUGCAGCCUUUUUAAAACUUGUUUUAAUCGGGUUAGCACAAAGCUCAGGGAUUGUCUUUCUCUCUUGUUCUGCUACUAAAUUUUUCUCACUCUUUUAUAAGACAUUUUAAAUAUGUAACUCAGUAGGUUAAAAUCUUAUUUCUACAAGUUUUAAUUUUAAAAUUCAAAGGGACACUGUAUGCACCCAGACCACUUUAGCUAAUUGAAGUGGCCUGGGUGCUGUGCUCCUAUUGCACUUAGUGCUGCAAUGUAAAACGUUGCAGUUCCAGAGAACUGCAAUGUUUACAUUUCAGGUCUAAGUCUGCCCUCUGUCGCUGUCUACCAGAAUCCAAACUGACUUUUGGUCCGUUAUCUGAUGCUGAGUGUCCUCACGGACCUCCAGUGUCAGAUUUUCUCCAUAGGAAAGCUUUCCUAUGGGGAGGUCUAAGGUCCCACGCAUGCGCAUUAGGUAUCCCCCCGGCUGCAUGGGGCCGAGCCUGACCUAGCGCUGAGGGACAUCACAGCUGGAUUCAGGUAAGUGGCUGAAAGGUUUUUAACCCCUUCAGCCAUGUGGAGAGGUGUCGGGGGGGCUUGUGUUCCUGGCACUAUAGGAUCCCUUUAACCAAAUAGACUUUGAAAAAAGCAAUUACUGUUGUGGAAGUUGAUGUAAAUAUUGCCGUACCCUUGUCUCAAAAGUCUUUGGAUUUUUAGUGACUGGUAAAGAAUUUUAAAUAGAUUAGGCAUCUUUCGGACCAGAUUUUAUGGAUUACAUCACCAUGAAUGCACCUACAGCCACAUUACUGGGAAUGGUAGUUACAACAUCUGGAAUGCCAAAUGUUUAUUUCCCCUGAAAUAGUCCAGUUGCAUUUCAGAUGUUUGCUACUUGAUCACAUGCCAAGAGUGCACUAUGCAUUCUGUAGAGAGGCAUUAAACCACCGUUAGAAACAUAGAAACAUAGAAACAUAGAAUGUGACGGCAGAUAAGAACCAUUCGGCCCAUCUAGUCUGCCCAAUUUUCUAAAAACUUUCAUUAGUCCCUAGCCUUAUCUUAUAGUUAGGAUAGCCUUAUGCCUAUCCCAUGCAUGCUUAAACUCCUUUACUGUGUUAACCUCUACCACUUCAGCUGGAAGGCUAUUCCAUGCAUCCACUACCCUCUCGGUAAAGUAAUACUUCCUGAUAUUAUUUUUAAACCUUUG